GUGUGGAGGGGGGUGCGGGGAGAGUGACUUUGCUGCGGGGAUGGUUCGACGUCCAACCUGGACAGCAACUUUCUCCAAGGCCGCGGCUGCUCGGAAGCGCAGCUUGGCGGAGAAGCGCAGCACCUUUACCUGGAGAGAUGGUGGAAGGCGCGAAGAAGAGACCCUGCGGCGCCGGGUGCGUUGAGCCGGGGGACGGGUGGGGGAGGCAGCGUUGCCUAGUGGCGGGGGCGACCGCCGCCCAAUGGGUGGGCCGGGGAGGGGGAGAUGCGGGGGAGGGGGCGGCGUGAGCGUCCACGUUACCUGCGCGUCGCCGCCCAGCCCCCAGCCCGCCCGGUCGUCCUCGGCAGCGCCGCCGCUGCCAUCAGAGCGCGGAGAGGCUGGGCCGCGCCUGGCGAGGCUGCUGGUGGGAAGGCGAGAUCCUCCCCGCCGCCGCGGCCAUCAUGACCGACAACAUCCCCUUGCAGCCGGUCCGGCAGAAGAAGCGGAUGGACAGCAAGCACCGCGGCGGGUAAGGCAGCACCGGGCCCGGCUCCCCUCGCUCCCCUUCCCGCGCGCGCGCCUCCGACGGGCCUCGCCUGCGCCGCAGCCAGCGCGCCUUCCUGGGUUCUCCUGCCCGGCUUGGAUGGACGCCGCGGCGGCCUCCUUUUUCUCGCUGUCUCUUCGCUCGGCGGCUCUCUCGGCGAGGCCGGCUGCUGCGCCCUGGCCCUGCCUUCGUCGCUCGGGCUCGCCCCUUCCCAACGAUCCGGGGCGGCGGGCAUUCCCACGGCCGGGUGUAAACGUUUUUCUUUUCUCUGCCGGUCUGUCUCCAAGCCGCGCGGUGGAUCUCCCGUUCCCCGAUCCGGACUCCCCCCCCACUGCCCUACCACCACCGUCUCCGGUUGUGUUCGCCAUGUGAAUUUGCUUUCCCAGAUCUGCGUUUAUUUCAAAGGCGCUUCAGUCGCCAAAGCUAGAGAUUGCCUUGGAGGCGGGCAGCGCUCUCCACGGGCAUCUGCGCGCUCCCGGGACGCGCUGAGUGGGUUGCAUUGCGCUCCCCCACCCUCUCCUUCUCCUCGGGAGAUAAAGAAACCCGCCGAUGCCCUUCGGGGGACUGGGUGGAUCCUUUCCCUAUAAGCUGGGACUCCGAGGGAGAGGUCGACCUCUGGAAGGGGCUGUUUUGCUGGCGGGGGUCUCGCCCAGGCAGCCGGAGCUGACAGGUUGCUCCUGACGCCAUUGCAAGGUGGCACGCCCAGGCGGAGGCUGCCAUUCCAGCCCACGGAUCCUGGUCGAGGGAAGGAAGGCGGAAAGAGAGCGAGGCGGGCGGGCGCUGCUCCUGCCAGCAUUCUUUUGCUCUGUGCACAGGCCUGGAUAGAAACCAGGACAAGAGGAGAGCCCGGGCAGCCAAAAUCCCUUCUUUAUCCUACCUUUGCUUGUCUCACCCAGGUGCCAGGAAUUUUACUUUUUGAAAUAUGGCAACCCUACUAGUGGAGAGAUGCAAAGGGACAUCUCCUUAGCGGAUGCGCUGUGUUACAACCGGCUGUUCAUUCAUUCCUUUAUUUUAGUAUUGUACUGUAAAAGCAUCUAUGUGCCCCCUCGUUUUGCUAAGUAAAGGAAUGAGUUGCCUCAAUGUGGUUGCACUACAACUCCCAUCAUCCCUGACCAUUGGGCUAUGCCAUCUGGGACUGAUGGGAAUUGUAGUCCAACAGCAUUAGGGGGACACACACACCCAAGGUUGGGAAAAGUGGUUUUAGAUCAUAGCCUUACAACUACCGCUUCUUUUUUUUAUUUGGGUAUCUCACUCCUUUACUUAGGGAAAGAGCGGGGAUGUAAAUCCCUUCACCAAAAUAAAUGAGAGACUGAUCUAAAAGACAUGGCAUGCGAGGAAAAAGAGUUGGGGAGGGAGGAGGGGGAAAGCAGCUCAGGUACCACUUCUUAAUUUUAUGAUUCAUAUAGCAUGAUUAUACAGCUCUGUCUCCUGUGUAGAUCCUGGCUGACUUGGAGAGCAACCUCUCAUCAGAAAAAAAACCUCUCCUUUUCCGAGAUUAGACUCAGCAAGGAGUGGCAGGCAGGCAGGGGUGGCGUCAUAUACCUGGCCUCCUGGCACCAGCACUGUUGCUGUCGCUUACCAGGGCAGUGCAGAAGCAGGGUGGCAGUGAGAUGUAGGUGGGAGUACUGAUUGGCUCUGCCCCUGCUACACCAAUGUCCCGUCCCUAUUUGCUGUAAAUAAAGUGAUGCUGCAUCUGAGAGGCCAAAUCCAUUUCACCUCUUGCGUCCGGGAGCAGAGGAGGGAGCAAUGUCCAGUCCAAGUGGGUGGGGCUGAUCCUGCCACAAAGUUAUUCCACCCGAUAGCUGACUAAUGGCCACCAGAAUCAUCGCAGGAGUUGCCCUCCUCCUUUGCCAAUAUUUCUGGCUUCUAGGAGCUGCUAGAUGACACAUCCAAACCCUCUUCUUAUAACAAUUUAAAACAAAGGGAAACUUUAUGGCUGUUUGAUCUAUGGCAUGAAUCAAGAGUGCUUUCUAAAUAAUGAAUAAUUUCAGCAGAGACAUGCUCAUCACAGAAAAGCUGUUACGUCUGAAUAAAUCACCCAGAGUGGAUUUUUCUGGAAUACCAUAAUCCCUGCAAUGGUUAAUUUCUGAAAGGUGACCUGCAGGAGAUUGUGCAUGUGGAGAAGCCAUGUCCUCUCAUCUGUAAAGCUUGACCCUAGAGCAGUGUUUCUGAAACUUGGGUCUCCAGCUGGUUGGACUGCAACUCCCACCUCCCCUAGCUAGCAGGGACCAGUGGUCAGGAAUGAUGGGAAUUGUAGUCCAAAAACAACUGGAGACCCAAGUUUGGGAAACCCUGCCCAUGAGAUUUGCUUGGUACCUUUAAAGUCACCAAUGAAGUUAAAGAAGAAGAGCUUGGAUUUGAUAUCCCGCUUUAUCACUACCCUAAGGAGUCUCAAAGGGAUGCGGGUGGCGCUGUGGUCUAAACCACAGAGCCUGGGACUUGCUGAUCAUAAGGUCGGCGGUUCAAAUCCCCGCGACGGGGUGAGCUCCUGUUGUUCGGUCCCAGCUCCUGCCCACCUAGCAGUUUGAAAGCAUGUCAAAGUGCAAGUAGAUAAAUAGGUACCGCUCCAGCGGGAAGGUAAACAACGUUUCCGUGCGCUGCUCUGGCUCACCAGAAGCGGCUUAGUCAUGCUGACCACAUGACCCGGAAGCUGUCUGUGGACAAACGCCAGCUCCCUUGGCCUAUAGAGCGAGAUGAGUGCUGCAACCCCAGAGUCGUCUGCGACUGGACCUGAUGGUCAGGGGUCCCUUUACCUUUACCUAAGGAGUCUCAAAGCAGCUAACAAACUCCUUUCCCUUCCUCCCCCACAACAAACACUCUGUGAGGUGAGUUAGGCUGAGAGACUUCAGAGAAGUGUGACUAGCCCAAGGUCACCCAGCAGCUGCAGGUGGAGGAGCGGGGAAUCGAACCCGGUUCACCAGAUUACAAGUCCAGUGCUCUUAACGACUACACCAUACUGGCUUAAAGAUGAAGCUGAACAGUUCUUUCUUUGCCCUUUCCUCCACCUUCCUCCCUUCCCUGCUGGCUGUGUGCACCUGGAAUCCUACUCGAAAUAGUCAUUGGCCAUGGUGUAGUGGAGAGAAUGCAGCAGAGGUGGCUUUUGGGGAGCGCAAGUAAUUGGGUCGCACUGGGCGCAGAGCCUCGGAGGCCCUGCAGGGGGUGCCUCAACUAUGAUGUUGAAUGGAAGGCGAGAGACUGUGGUGCCAAAUUUUGGCAUCACACACUGAAAUUUGAGACCCCAAGGUCUGCCCUGCAUGCAGUGGGGUGCCACUCUGGGACUGUUUUUUUUCAGGACAGGAGUGAUGAUGUCAUUUGCUUGGGUGUCAGGGCAAUUGACAAACCUUCCUUGCUCUAGCAAGGGAAUGAGGUGAUAAGGAGGCUUUCAAGUGUGUUUGUGACAGAUUGCCAUUCAGGAAGUCAGAGGAUGAGGAAAAUGACAGAGAGAAUGGACAUCCCCUCCUUUCUUUGAUGGGCUUUCAACUUUACACUAGCAACAGGGGCACCCUGUGCAAGGCCAAAAUCUGGUGCCCCAGCCCCAUGCCUUCCGUUCUACUCAAUCCACUGUGUCAUAUUUGGAAUUUUCUGCAGCGCCCCCUUGCCUUGGUGUUCAGCGCGGCAGAACCCGUCACGCUGCCCCAGAUCCUCAUCUGCUGUCAAUUUAAAUCAGGCACCCCCAAACUCGGCCCUCCAGCUGUUUUGGGACUACAGCUCCCAUCAUCCCUAGCUAACAGGACCAGUGGUCAGGUAUGAUGGGAAUUGUAGUCCCAUCUGGAAGACUGGGUUUGGGGAUGCCUGAUUUAAAUGGUAAUACUUUAUUGCACGAUAUGCUUGUAUUUCUAAUUAAAAGCUAAAGGUUGCAUUUCAGCUAGUGGAAGACGCUUUAUGUUUUAUAAGUUGUGUUUUGCACCAUGCAGUUGAGUUCAGUGGAGUUUACUUCCAGGUUUGCAGGCACACCAAUAAAUUGGGCAAUUAGAAACAGUUGUGCUGGCAGAACAACCCCCUCAUUAUGGCACUGAAUGCAAUCCAUGUUCUUUUUCCUAAAGAAAUAUUAAAGGAUACUAGUCGGUUGGUUUCAGAAUUGGUUCCUUGUUUGUUGACCUUACUAGAUAUGUUCAGUAGAAUACCUCAUAAUGUGCAACGGGCCUGUACAACUUGUGAGUGACUGAAUGCAUCUCGCCAGUCCUACAAUAACAAUGCAGUCUGCUAGGUCUUUGAGAGUCUCCCCAUUCUAGCAGUCUGGGGCAGGAUGGAUUCUAGCUUGGUGUAGUUCGCAAGGCUGUAAAUGAAGAAGAAAGCACUGGUAGUCAGUCUUUAUCUCAAAGCCAACAUUUGGUCACAGUCUCUCUUUUAGAAAUUGCACAUCCGUUGCAGAAUGUGUGCUGCCGUGCUUUCGACAUUCGUUUUAUGGCUUUUACAAGCUGUUUUCAAGUCAGGCUGCCAGCAGCCUAAUGAGGUUCUACAAAGCUUCCAAGAAUGAAGUUUGGGUGCUUCCCAGUGUCAGAGGCAGUAUCCCUCUGAAUGCCAGAAGCUGCGAAUCACAAGUGGGGAGAGUGCUGCUGUGCUUAGGUCCCAUAAGCAUCCAGUUGGCUAUGGUGAGAAAUAGGUGCUGGGCCAGAUUUGGUCUAAUCAAGCAGGACUCUUCUUACAGUCUUAGUCACCUACAGUAUACGCACUGUGUUCUAAAUCUGUGUUCUUUAGCCUUGGGGCUUCAUGUUGCUGGACUACAAUUCCCACCAUCCAUAUCUGUCUUAGCCAUCAGGGAGUAUGGGUGUUGUAGUCUCAACAACAUCUAGGGACUGAAAGCUGAAGAACACUGUUCUGAACAGUUAGUACAUUAGUUUACAUUAGUACACAGUGUACAUUAGUUGUUGUUGUUGUUUAGUUGUUUAGUCUUGUCCGACUCUUCGUGACCCCAUGGACCAGAGCACACCAGGCACUCCUGUCUUCCACUGCCUCCCGCAGUUUGGUCAAACUCCUGCUGGUAGCUUCGAGAACACUGUCCAACCAUUUCAUCCUCUGUCGUCCCCUUCUCCUUGUGCCCUCCAUCUUUCCCAACAUCAGGGUCUUUUCCAGGGAGUCUUCUCUUCUCAUGAGGAGACCAAAGUAUUGGAGCCUCAGCUUCAGGAUCUGUCCUUCCAGUGAGCACGCAGGGCUGAUUUCCUUCAGAAUGGAUAGGUUUGAUCUUCUUGCCGUCCAUGGGACUCUCGAGAGUUUCCUCCAGCACCAUAAUUCAAAAAAAUCAAUUCUUUGGCGAUCAGCCUUCUUUAUAGUCCAGCUCUCACUUCCAUACAUCACUACUGGGGGGGGGGGAACUAAGAUCAUGGCCACUGGGCCCAUCACCUCCUGGCAAAUAGAACGGGAAGAAACAGAGGCAGUGAGAGAUUUUACUUUCUUGGGCUCCAUGAUCACUGCAGAUGAUGACAGCAGUCACGAAAUUAAAAGACGCCUGCUUCUUGGGAGAAAAGCAAUGACAAACCUAGACAGCAUCUUAAAAAGCAGAGACAUCACCUUGCCAACAAAGGUCCGUAUAGUUAAAGCUAUGGUUUUCCCAGUAGUGUACAUUAGUACACUGUUCUAAACAAUUAGACAGAACUGCCUCUCACACUCUAGGGAGGCACACCAAGGGAGGAAUCAGAGCUCAGUGGUAGAGGUUAUGUUUUACAUGCACAUUAAUCUGUGGGAUAUCUCCCUGUAAAAAGAUUUCCAACCACCAGGCUAGAAAAGACUACUGCCUGAGAGCCACGGCUAGGUGAUGCCUUUGUAGCUGGGCUAGUUGACCCAAUGGUCCGUCAAACAUAAGGCAGCUGCAUAUAUUGGGCCCGGCCUGUACAACCUGUGGCCUACCAUGCCAAACAUAGCACAAUGCAAUGUUUUGAGGCUAUUGAUGAUUCAAAAUGACCACCACCUUAUUUGCAGGCAGAGGCCGUGAAAGCCAGCCAACUUCUUUGCUUGCCACUUGUUAAUCCUCUGCUUUUGCAGCCUCAGACAUAGAGUGAACGCAGAAGACCUAACAUACAUGACUGAUGGGCUGUGUGUGACUUGGUGGGGUUCACAAGACACACAGGUCUCUUGUUAGGGCCAGGCGACAUGUGACUGGAUCUUCCAGAGCUUGCUUGUUUGUUUAAAGUAGCCAGAACAUGUGAAUUGGAUCAAGGCUGCCAUGACAGAGAUACGAGUUUAACCUUUUCUCCCCCACUUAGUUGUUAAUUUGUUUAAAAUUUAUUUGGAAAACCAAAUUUUUUUAGUAAAGGUAAAGGGACCCCUGACCAUUAGGUCCAGUCGUGACCAACUCUGGGGUCACGUUGGCAUACAGCCGGCGUACAGCUUCUGGGUCAUGUGGCCAGCAUGACAGAGCCGCUUCUGGUGAACCAGAGCAGUACCCUUUCCUCCCCAGACUAUUAGCCUGAUUUGAAUCAACCUUUUCCAAACCUUCUCACCACCACAAUUAUGAUUUGUUGUGUGGGGUGAAGGGAGUCACUGGUGCAUAAUUUAAGUUGGGUUGAUAGCUCCCCCACAACCACAUAUACACACAUCACAGCUCAUUUGGUCUGAAAAUAUACAUUGAGAGAGCUGUCCAUGGAUCUCCCAUAUAACUGUGGUUUGCCCAUUAGACUACUUAUUAUUGUUAUUUUAUUUAUUAAACAAAUUCAUAUGUAUUUAUAGAUUUCUCCUAAUGAACACAUAUGUGUGUGCAAUUUUGCCUACUGCACACAUUUUUGGCAUGCAAUUUCCUAGCAUAAUGCAUCAUUUUGAAUUUUGUUUUCACCUCCCUGUGGAACACCCUCCCUUCAGAUGGAGAUAAAGAGCUACACAACUUUUAGAAAACAUCUGAAUGCAGCCCUGUACUGGGAUGUUUUAAAUGCUUGAUAUUUUACUAUGUUUUUAUAUAUGCUGUAAGCUGCCCAGAGUGGCUGUGGAAACUCAACCAGAUAGGUGGGGGUGGUAUUAUUAUUAUUAUUAUUAAUGCAUUUUUGUAAAUGUCCUUUGGUUGGAAAACUGCAUCUCAAAACUUGGAAAAGGGCAGGUUUUGAGGGACAGACGUGCUUUCAUGCACAUACAUUGUUUCCAGAAGUGUGAAUUAGCCAGCUUUACAAACCAAAUUAGCCUCUGUUCCUUUGGCCAGCCCUGGUGGCCAACACCCUGUGGUAAUGAAGGGUAUUUUGCUAGUUGCAUGAUAAUGGUAUAAUGGUGAAAUGCCAGAUGAUGAAAAUGGUAAAGGGAAAUGGCAAUGUUUCAAGGCGGUUCCGCUGACACAUAAAAGCAGCCUCAUGGCUGUGGAGCAGAGAGGCCAAUUAGUACUCCUUGGCUGAUCUUGCUUUCUUUGUAGAGAAUUACACAGUCUCUACUGGAGUUUCGUUGACAUCCUUGUAUGGCUUGCCUUGUUAGUAGUGCUUGCAGCAAUUGCCCUGAGCUAACCCGUGCUCCAGAGCUACUAGUCACAACUAGGGAAUCGGUUUGCUUCAAUUGGGUCACAGAAUUGUUAUUUCCUAUAACCAUCAAGAGCUGUUGAUAGCACAGAGCUGUGCUGCCAGUUUCGGGUGUUUUCAUUUUGUUUUUUAACCAUCCACAUUUCUGCUCUUUAGGAUUUGUCUGUGUGUGUGUGUGUUGGUUAGUUGAGCUUCAGAUCAGCUUCUGAAGUCCGAGUAUUUACACUGCUGAAAACAAUAGGACUUCUGAGUAGACUUUCAUAGGAUCGUUCUGUGGGUCAAUUGGCUAGAUCCAUUGCACUGUGGAGAGUGUACUAACUUAUGGUCUGUGUGUGUGGUUUGGGAGCUGCACGGCCAGGGAAAAAACAAUGCUGUCCAGGGUUGUAAAGACUGCAGAGAGAAUAAUUGGGUGCACUCUUCCCACCUUAGAUCAAAUCUAUGCUGUCGGGUGCCAUAAGAAAGCUGCAGAGAUAGCACAGGAUAGUACGCACCCCGGAAAUGAUCUCUUUCAGCUUCUGCCUUCUGGAAGAAGGUAUAGGGUUAUAAAGGCCAGGACUAGCCGCCUGAGAAACAGUUUCUACGCAAAUGCAAUUCUGGUUCUAAAUGCAGCAUAAGGAGUCUCUAUAGUAUAUUGUAUUUUAAAAUGGGGUUUCAGAGUUUUUAGGGGGUUUUGAAUGUUUUAUGUAGUUUUUCAAUUUCAUUGUUCUGUAUGGGACAAUGACAAUAAAGAUAUCGUAUUGUAUCAUUAACAAGCAAACAUUUUGAUCAACUAAAAAGAUCAACAGUUGCUUACAAAAACCAAAAGAAAACAAACUUCACUGAGCAGGUUUGCUCUUUGUAGAUUUUUGCAGGAGGUUCAGGAUCCCAGCUUGCACCAUCCGUCAUCAGCAUUGUUUGGCAAGCAUCAAACAUCCCAAAUUCCCCCAUAGCUUGCCCCUCCUGGAAUGUGGCAGCAACAUUGCUAGCAGGAGACUAUGGAGCAAGUGGCUCCAGCAAGGCAAGGUGGAAUAACAAAUAAGAUAAAGUAAAGCUAUCAUAUUUACUUACUCUUUUUUUGAGUUUUAUUUAUCAACGUUCUUAUGUUACAUCGGUAAACAGUAUCAUAUUACAUCACAAAGCUUAUUAUAAUAUAAUUUUUGGCAUGUAUACAAAGUUUAUAUACCUAAAGAAAAGAAACAAGGACAAAAAACUAUUCCAAAAUCAUAUAUGUACCAACACUUUGGACUUUCUGUCUAUCCCGUUGUACUGUAUAUUCCUUUUUUACAAAUGAAUGUACUCUUAUUAUUGUAUAUUUCUUUACAUUUUAUCUAAUACAUUCCUAUAUCAAUAUGUACCCUUGGUCUUAUUUCUCAACUCGGUCUCUCUCCAACUUUCUAUUGGACAGAGGAACCCUGGAAAGGGACAGGGAGUUUCCUGCAUCGCAGUCGUACAGUCAUAAGCAGGAGACUCCCCACCACCACCACCUUUGGGAUGCUUUCGUUCGUGGGCAACCUUCUAGUGCACACUUGUGGUGGGUGGGGUCAGGGGCAGGAGGGGGCAGAGCAGCAGACAUGACUCUUCUCUUUGCUCAAUCGGAUACAUUCCAGCCAGGCAAAAGCCAGGGGUUUCUGUAUACCACACCACCUAAUCUUGCUUGCUUCUAUCCAGGCAAGCUAGGGGCAUUGGCAUCAUUAAAGGGCACAUUCCACCCUGGCGAAAGCAUGUGGAGAGGGUGUGGAACAGAGCCAAUUGUGGGAAGAGUCCAGAGGGCUGGAUAGAGACACUCAGAAGGCUGCAUCAGUCUCAUGCGCCAGGAGUUCCCCACCCCUACUUAAGGGUCUCUAGUCGAUGUGGCAGUUAUCUGCCUUUGUGGUUUGUUCUGUAGUUAGGAGCACAAGAAAUGCUAGCCAGCAAAAAUGCAGGCACCUUUAUACAGUGGUACCUUGGGUUACAGAUUCUUCAGCUUAAAGACACUUCAGGUUACAGACUCCGCUAACCCAGAAAUAGUACCUACCUCAGGUUAAGAACAGUUUCAGGUUAAGAACAGACCUCUGGAACAAAUUAAGUUCUUAACUUGAGGUACCACUGUAUUUGGAUCAGUGGGACUUCCCUUUGCUAAAUGCAAGAAGCUAACCUGGCUGGAUUAAACAUGACAUACUCAGGAUAGUCAGAAUGUGAUCCGCAAUAUAUUCAGUUUCCAAAAUAAUUCUGGUGAAGUCAUGCCUCAGUUCUCCCGCCAAGAACAGAAUGAGUGUUCUGCAGCUUUGCUGUAAUGAAGGUUAUCCAUCUGAAUAUGAGUUAAGUGAUCUUUGGGUGUUGGCACAGCCAUUACACGCUACCAGAGUGGCUGGGGAAACCGAUCCAGAUGGGCAGGGUAUAAAGAAUUAUAAAAAAUUAUUACGAGAGAGAGAGAGAAAUAAUAUGUUGACUAUGCUGAAAUCAAACGUUGCUUUAUAGCAGGAAAUGGAUGAGUAAUUUUGGCCUUUUGCUUUUAAAACAAAUUAAAAGCGAAGGUAGGCUGGAACGAUUAAAAAUGGACGAAGGAUCAGCCGGCCACCAUUCUGGAGAGAUAAUGCUCUUUGAUUGUAAAAUAUAAGCUGAUGGAGAAGUUGGAUGCAUGUGUCAGGAACUCAUUUAGCUGAAUGAGCUCAGAUGGUCUGUAGGAAAUUUCUCAAUAUAGUGUUUAACUGAAGGGCUACAUAGAUGGGCGUCGGCAGGAGUUUCUUCAUAAGUACCCCAAAUAAAUAACUAAACAUAGUUAGCGUGCCUAUUCAUUCUGGUCCAUCUCUUGACUGAGUGGUGGUCAUACAGUGAGAAGCUUGUAUUCCAGGUCUAACCCUGCAUUGCUUCUCAGUGGGUAUUCAUCUUCUUAUGUAUAGAUCUGACAUCCAGACACUCUCUUUCCACCCACAGCUGAAAUCCCGCUUUACUUUCCCUGGCUCCUGUCACCCCCUUCAGCACUUAAUUAAGCACAUUGCUGCUACAGUCAACUUUGCACACACCCUGCAUUGCCCUAAAAACAAACAAGCCCACAUCAACUCACCAGGAUAACAAUUGCAUCUCAGGCUUGUCAUACGUCAUUCUGACUCAUUCUUUCUCCCAGUAAAAUGGGCAUAAUAAUAAUGAGCUACUUUGCAUGGUUGAUGAACCACAGCCCUGCCCCUACAAUAUUUGUAUAAUAAUUGUGGACUUUAUCUGUAUUGGCAUAGUAUCAUUUAAAAUGUUUUCUGACUCAGGAGGGAGAGAUGCUUUCUUUUGGUAUGAAAUAAGCCUCAGGUUAGAAAGAUCAUGAACUCCUGUCUUUGCGGCUACCUUUCAUUUUUCAGUUGACACACAACUUCCCAUUUGCAGCUAAACUAAAAUCCUGGAUAUCUGUGCAGCAGCAGCAGCAAUCACUUCCCCAGGGAAGACCAGCAGAAAAGGCUCAAAAACAAACUGGAGAUGUUCCUGCUCCAGAGUUCAGAAAAUGGGCAUUUCACUCUAGCCUUUAAUGGGCUUGAUCUGCAUUCCUACAUUUCAACCAUUGCUAUGACUUCAUUCAUUGGCUAAAAGCAUGGAAAAGUGGUUAGUUUCUCAUAAAACAAAUUAGGAGAUGAAUGCGUGUACUUUUUGUCUCGCAUCUCAGGUUCCCCAAGUGCUAGGAACUUGAUUUUUUUUUAAAAAAAUAAUGAAUACUGGGAGUCUUUAGGUUUAUGGUUCACGUCAUGGGCCACAUGGUGCAAAGUGAGACAGUGUGGCAAGAGCAGGAUCCUUCAGAGGAGGAGGACCCUGAAAUUGGGGAAAGUUCAGAUAGUGAUGUUGAAGAGGCCAUGCUCUGUAAGGGAGGGUGAGUUGGCCAGUUCCUCCUCUGCUUUCUGAGAACAAAGUUCAAAGGGUAGUCAUCAAAGAGGCAGCUGGCCAAUCAGUGGACAUGGCUGAAUUGGAUGUGGUGGUGAUGCACUUCCUGUUUUUUGGUGAUAUAUAAGUGAGCACCCUAUAGAUCAUGGGUAGGCAAACUAAGGUCCGGGGGCCGGAUUAGGCCCAAUUGCCUUCUAAAUCCGGCCCGCAGAUGGUCCAGGAAUCAGCACGUUUUUACAUGAGUAGAAUGUGUCCUUUUACAGUCAUACCUUGGGUUGAAGUCGCUUCAGGUUAAGCCUUUUCAGGUUGUGCUCCGCGGUGACCCAGAAGUAGCAGAGUGUGUUACUUCUGGGUUUCACCGCUCACACAUGCGCAGACGCUCAAAAUGACGUCACACGCAUGCAUGAAAGUGGCGAAUCGUGACCCGCGGAUGCGCGGACGAGGGUUGCAUUUGCUUCAGGAUGCGAACGGGGCUCCGGAACGCAUCCAGAGGUACCACUGUAUUUAAAAUGCAUCUCUGGGUUAUUUGUGGGGCAUAGGAAUUCGUUCAUUUGUUUUUGUCAAGAUAUAGUCCGGCCCCCUCAAAGUCUGAGGGACAGUGGACCGACCCUCUGCUGAAAACGUUUGCUGACCCCUGCUAUAGAUUGUACCCAGAAAAUAUCAAUCCCCCCCUUUAAGACAAUAUUUAUAUGACCAGGUAAAGAGAAAAUUUGGUUCCCCACUAAUUUUUCACUCAGCACACGAAAAUAAACUGUAGAAAAGUAAGCAACGAAAAUUAUCGCCUCAAGGAAGAGAAAAUCAGCCGAGCCUAAACAUAUUUAUAGAAGUGUAAUUUCCCCUCCCAUGAAGCAUUAUUAAAGCUUGAUUUCAUAACUGUUGAGUGUGUCUAAAUCUAUGAACGCUUUUGGCUGUAAUUCUCCAGGGCAGAUCUUGUCAGCUACAUUUGCUCAUUUUGUUGGGAGUUGUUAAAGAAACCCUUCUGCUGCCUGGGUAGACGAAGGCCUUGUCAAAGGAGAGCAUAUUUCCAUACCCUGCAACAUGUCCCAGUGGAAAACCUGGACGUCCAUCUUUCAGGACCUUGAUCUCGUGCACUUUGCACAAAAUGGAAUGUCAGGACAGUUGAGGGGUAUGUAAUUCAGUUGGCAGAUUGCCAUAAACCCAAACUUUUAAACUAGAGAUUACAAUGGGCAGGGAAUGUUUUUGAGACUGAGGGCCACAUUGCCUCAUGGACAGCUGGCUGAGGGCUGCAUGCCAGUGGUGGAUGGAGCCAGAGAGUUCCAGGGGCCAGAGAGAGAGAAGCUUGGAAAGCCGUAUACACCCCUUGGGCUUGAGGUUGCCCACCCCUAAAUAAUAACUAGGGAUUGGGAAUUAAUUGGUGUGACAGGUGGCAGUGUCAACCUAGGCCUCAGAUCCAAUGCAUGAUAAACUUCAGCCACUUUCUCCUAUGAAUCCUUGCACAAAGGGUGAGUUAGAUGACCCUCUUCAUGUGUACUGAAAGAAUCUGGGGGAAACUGGUCAGGCUAGACCCAUCCCUGUUCCAUGCACACUGUAACCACAAAUUUAUCAUCACCGUCACCGUCACCAUCACCAUCAUACCUGCAUGCUUCCCCAUUUAUCUGCCCUAAAUUGUAUUGUUUGUUCUGCCACCUGAUUCUGCUGCAUGUUUUCAGCAGCUCUCAUUUAUUUGUAAGGCUAAAGCAGGGGUAAUAAUACACACAAACACACACACACACACACACACACAGUUCCGUGGCUGUUCAUACUGAGGAGGAGGGAUAAAAGAGCCUUUUGUCCAUUUCUUGCUUUGCAUUGGCCAGCAUGCAGGCAGAACCAGUAUUGCUGGUUCUUCAUCAUGCUGUAUUCAAAUUGUUAUCCCUGAAAGAGGUUUCAGUUCCAAAGACCUACUCUUAACAAUAUUUGUGUUUAAAAUGGGGGGGGGGACCUACUGCAUUUCAUUCUUCAUAACUGAAUGACCCGUAUGAAAGCAUAGAUUCAUUCUCAGUGGGCCUUUCAGUGACUAUUUAUGUCUACCUAAGCCAACAACCAUCUAAAAAUUAUUAAAGAUCCUUACAAUAAAUUCCAGCAUUUAUUUACUGAGGUGGGUGGACGUAUUGUAUCCACAGGAAUAAACUGUGUCUUAAUAGUUGCUAUUAUGCAUUCCUGAAAGGUGUGGUUUGCCUUUCAACUUUAGUUUCUUCUUGGAAGGUAAAAGGCAACAGAAUUCAGCCUCACAGCAGGGAAACAAGUUUUACACCCAGAGGCUGUAAAAGUGGGAUUUACUUCUGAGUAAACAAGUUUAGGAUUACAUGCCACACCUGAGUUGAAGCCAGCCUAUUGAAACUGUUGAAACCUAACUUAGGUAUGUACCUAAAUUUCUGAGGGUCUGCUCUGAAUAUACCUUAGUUGAAUAACAGCCCCUAUUUCCCUGAAAGCAAGUCCCAUUGAUUUCAGUGGGAUUUAUUUCUAAGUAAGCGUGAGUAGUUCAAAGUGCAAAUAGAUAGAUAGGUACCACUCUGACAGGAAGGUAAACAGCGUUUCCGUGCGCUGCUCUGGUUCUCCAGAAGCGGCUUAGUCAUGCUGGCCACAUGACCCGGAAGCUGUACACUGGCUCCCUCAGCCAAUAAAGCGAGAUGAGCGCCACAACCCCAGAGUUGUCUGCGAUGGGACCUAAAGGUCAGGGGUCCCUUUUUACCUUUAAGCGUGUGUAGGACUGUUGACCUAGGGUCAGCGCACACGGAGGUGGCCAGAUGCAAAAGAGAAUGGGGCUCUUGAACCUUUUAGUUGUGAAGAAGUGGGAAUGUGAGCAGGUGUACCUUCGUCAUGCAAGCUAUACUUACUGAAAUCCCUUCUUCUACACAAUUCUUAUAGAUGUAAGAGCUCUGUCCUGCCUUGCAUCAGACUACCUUAUCCCACACAUUCCAUUUGGGAGACCUAUCUCUAUGUGCUGCUGCUUAAUAAUGUGCAAAAAUCACCACUGACUUAUCUUAGACAUCUUUUGAACACCAGCAAGCCUUUGAAACAGGAUCUUAUUUUUACAAACUGAUAUUUACCGAUGUUUUCAUUUGUGCAUUUAUCAACAUUAUUGCAAUGCUGUGUUUUUUAGGCCGUAUGCAACCUUGCGGUCUUUCUCUGAAAGUGUGCUCUAUGACUAUUUAAACAAAUAACACUGUAGCGUGGCUACAACAAAUGCUUGUACGGCGCAGGUAAACACAUCAGGGGCUUCUCAGUGACCGCACCUGGAGGCAACUUGAUUUUCCGGCCUGUGAAAAACGUGUCCAAAACAACUCUGACAAACUCUUCCUUAUUUCUAGGGAAGUCACCUGUUGCAGCAGCAAGAAUGAAGGGUCUUGGUAAUAUUUAUUGUGGCACAAGCCUUUUGUAGAUAGACUCUGCUUUAUAAUACAUGUACUUGCAAACCUGCAUAACAGUUACAGAAAGAGAAAUAGUUAUCAGUAGUGUACACAGGGGGUGGGAAAGACAUUAUAUGUCUGUCACAGCAUCAGGUCUAACAUUUCUGUGGAGAGCCCAAAUCAUAACUGGGUAGCCAUUUAGAACAGCAAUACUGCUACCCCACCCCCCAAGCUAUUGUGUGCUUAUUUAACUCUCUUGGUGUGGCAAGCGAAUCCCCAGUUCUGAUUGUGCAAAUUGAUUAGAAUCAUAUUUGCUGAUAAGGUCUAAUACAGCAAUUUCACUCUGGAAUCCUGCAUUUGAAGCCUUCUUGUUGGUUACAUGGUGGCUUUGAGGUCAGCAGCAGCGAGCAGAGCAUCCUUGGAGAAUGAAAUGUUCUCUUGUUGCAUCCUGAGUGUUGCCAGCUUCUAGGUCAACCUUCCCCCAUGCCCUUCUCCUGUUUGCGCACAGUACAAACAGGGCACUCUCUUGGCAAGGGAAUAACACAGUGCAAACCUGACAAUUGAAUGUUAAAUGAAUGGGAGGUUCACAAGAGCCAUUUCCAAUUUUUAACGCUAACUAAAAUACAUCUGUUAUAGAAAGCGUGCAGCAACAUGGUUUGCCUUCAGGCAUUAUGAUGAUGGAAAUGAAGAUUAUUGUAAAUAUUAUAUGUAAUAAGCCAAUUAACCCCAGAAAAAAAUAAGCAAUUCCAAUAUCAAUGAAAAUAAUGAGGCCUGAAUUCUGUUGGCAACUGAAUGCCAAUGCAGACAUUAAUUCUUCAGCUAGCAUUAUUACAUGUAUCUCUUGUUUAAAAAAGAAAAAAGAAAAGAAAACCAGUUGGGCAGGAAGUACCUACUGGUGUGUAAUUGUGCGUUCAUAAUUCUUUCUUCAAUCAUUAUACGAUUAUGACAUUUGUGGUUAGCUGGAACUGCUAGAUAUUGCAGAAUGGAGGCCUUUUGUAAGAAGACCUUCCGAUUUUCCAAUUUUGUGGUUUGGUGGAGCAAUGCCAGUGGUCUGUUUCUCUCCCUCCCCCCUCCCCAACACACUCACUUUCUCACACAGGCACACUUUGGCCUCCCCCUCCCAUCUUAGCUGCAUUGGAAUCUUGGGAUCACCGGGAGCGUAGGCUUUAAUCUGUGCUCACCCAAUGAUUCUGAUCCAGUGGUCCUGAAAUUGCAUGGAAAUGUAUUUCUUUUCCCAAUUGAUGACUGAUCAGCUGGGCAACAAGGAAAAGUGGGCAGGGCUCCCCAGAGCUUGGUGGCUACACUGAAAGCUGGCAAGGUGUGGGUAGUGUAGAUGUGUCCUACAGCAAUGUUCUUUCCCCAUACAGUAACUUACAUUAAGGACUCAGCUAUACAGCUGCAAAUGAAACAUUUUCAGUGUGUUGUAAAGUGCAAUAUACAAAUAUGGCACUAGAUGGCAACAAUGAGCUAUGCCAAAUUCAAUGUAUUUUUCACAACUUUUUUAAAAAAAGCAUUUUCACGGCAUUUUUAAUAUGCGUGUAGAUUCCACCUGUGUCUUUUAACGUGAUUAGAGAGGCUAUUUUGCACAUCCUAAUCAUCACUGUUGAUUGGGACAAACCCUUCCUUGUUCUCAACAUCUUAACCUUAAUCAGUCAUAGAGGAAGGCCAUUUUAAGCUCCAUGGAAAUGAUUUGCAAUGUACCAGUCAGCACUUGUGGAACUCCCUUCCUUAUUGGUCCUCAGGUGCCAGUUGCUGUGCCAGACCUAUGUUGCUUUCAGGAGAAGGAAAACUCUGAUGGAGAAGGAAAACUCUGACCCGAAACCUCCUCUGCCUUGUGGGUAUACUGUAGCAGGAACCCCCCACCCCAAUCAUUCAGUUUGUACAAACUUCACACACUCACACUCACACACUACAUAUGCCACACUUCUGUUAUAAAUUCAUAGAAAAAUCAACCAUACAUCGGAUUUGCACUGUUCCAUUUUUAUUUUACUCCAUAUGACAAGGACUAUCAAAGGGGGGUGGCUUGGUUCUGGUCAGCCAUAAUCCCUUCACCAUCCCAGCACAUCCACAGGAGCCCUGCCCAGUUGCUAUGCCAACCCUGAUGGUCCUAGACAGAAGACCAUCAAGAUCACAAAGAACUUGCAUAUGGGAGUGGAUUCAGCAUGGACUGAAACAAAGGACAAUGAUCAGAUCUUCCCUCUGGGGGCAGGAAACUGCCAACUCCCCUUUGUCUCCUGGAAGUGACUCAUGGGCAGGGGGAAAGGAGGAACCAGCCAGGUGACAGGACACUCAGGUUACCACCACAACUCCUCCCUCAACCCCUCCUUUCUGUAAUGUAUGCAUGAUGUCAACCCCUCCUUUCUGUAAUGUAUGCAUGAUGUCAACCCCUCCUUUCUGUAAUGUAUGCAUGAUGUUUCUGGGGGUGGGCUUGACCUAGAGGAUGGGAAUUUUAAAAGUUUUUAUAAGGUCUUGCACACCAUCUUUCUGGGUCUUUCCUCUCUCCUGCAAGUGAGGGGAACACCCUGUUGCAACAGUUCAAUAAAGGCCAAGCCUACAGGCUGCUGUUUUGCUCCAAGUUAUCCUGGUUGGUGUCUUUGUUUUUGUCCAAGGGAGCCCUCGGAUUUUUCCGGUAACAGUUUACAAUACCCAUCCAUGAGAAAGGCUUCGGGAGUAAACCCUCAGGAAAAAUCUGUACCUGCUGCCUUGCGGGACCUUUUUGGGAGAAGAAAAGGCUAUGGAGUAAACCCUACACAUAUCUGAAGUGGAGUCCCUAAGAUGGUUGGAUGGAGCCUUGUAUGCCUCCUUCCAGCAACUCCUGCAACCAAACUGGUGCUAAACAUACAGUGGUACCUCGGGUUACAUACGCUUCAGGUUACACACUCUGUUAACUCAGAAAUAGUGCUUCAGGUUAAGAACUUUGCUUCAGGAUAAGAACAGAAAUUGGGCUCUGGUGGCGCGGCAGCAGCAGGAGGCCCCAUUAGCUAAAGUGGUGCUUCAGGUUAAGAACAGUUUCAGGUUAAGUACGGACCUCCGGAAAGAAUUAAGUACUUAACCCGAGGUACCACUGUAUUGCUCUGCUUUCCUUUGGGCCACAUCAGCAAGACCGAAAGGGGCGUUGCUGGGCAGCGCAGAAUCUCCAUACACACUGCCCACGCUUGUGUCCCAUAGAAGUCAGUUCAGUGCUGCUAAUGCAACAAAAACAACAUAGGAGGCAGAAGUUACGAGUUACCAGUUUCCACAGACACAGCAGGCACUGUGAUUCUCCAGCGGCUUGACUUCCCCCUUGGAGGCACACGCUCUCAAGGCAGACAGAUGCCAACAACAACAAUGUUGUGUUUGGUUCUUGAAUGCAAAGAAGUAAUCCCUAGAUCAGAAUCUGGCAACCCUUCUCACCCUUGUAAGCCGGGGGUAGGCAACAUGGUGCCCUCCAUAUGUUUUCUCCUACAGUUCCCAUCAGCCUCAGCCAGUAUGGUCGAUGGUCAGGGAUGAUAGGAGUUUCGCUCCAAAGUACCGUAUCUGGAGGGCACCUUCGCAUUGAGUAGGAGGUUGGACGAAAUGACAUGAUUUUAUGAUCCAAUGAAAACCACAGCUUCUCUUGACAUCCCUUGGAGAGAUCCUCUUUGAGAACCAAAAGCUGAGAGUCAGUACCAAAUCUAAAUAUUAGGAUUUUACCUAUUGGCUUUCAUUAAAUAUUCCCCACUGAAAUAUUUAGCCUUAAAAAUAUUGACCUGGCAUGGAAAUCAUCUUGUGUUUGUUCUCAGUAGGGUGGCUGAAAAAUACCCGCUCAUGAAAGUUAAUCUUUCCGCUGCCUGUUGAGUAUUCUGAUUUAAGCAAAGCUAACAUUUCCUAACUCAUUCCUUCUAACUGGAUUUUUCCAGAUGUUGCUUUCCUUUUUGGAGGGUGGUAUUCUAAAAGCAUUUCCUUAGCAGAUAAGAUUUCUUUUAUUCUUAUUUGCAGGCACUGAGGUGGAAAGCAAGAAAUGUGAUACUCUUUUCUUUUCUUUUUUGAAAAAUAAGAUGAAACUACCUUCCCUAUUGUUUGCCAUUCCCCAAAGUGUUUCCUGUUCUACCUGUUGAAAGCGCUGAGCUCUUUCUUAAACAGAGCUUAGUUUGCUUCUAAUCAGCAAGUUAUUUGCUUACCUAAAUCAGUGCAACAGACAAGCCUCAUUAUUCUUGGUAGACUGGUAGAUAUUUAACCUGUGCGUGUGAGCCACUGCAUGUGUUAUUUUUCCCCCAGCUUUUCCCACCCGUGGCCAGUGUGUCUCUGACAUGAACCAAUAUUUCAACAUGUCAAUGGAGAACAAUGCACGAACCUUAUUAAUCUGAUAUUGUGGUUAAAUAGACCCAGCUAAGACAUUGGCUUUGUUUCUAGAAUAAGUUAAUUUAAGAAAGUUCAAGGAAGGAAAGUUUGCCACAUCUUCCUUUGCCCUACACGACACCUGCAACCCCAAAAGGCAUGGAGGCUGCUGGGGCUUGGGCUCCAAAUCCAGUUUGGGGAGAUUGACCCUCUAAUGUUAAUUCCAAAGAGUUCUUGCAAACCCAUGAUUCUCAUGCACUUUUUUUUCCAGCUUGGCUCCUCCUUGAGGCAUGAAUUUAAAAAUGCAGUAUCUAAAUCUGUUGCAGCAACACAGUGUAAUCAAUAUGCUGUUAAACGCUUAAAUGAAAGUUUUCAUCAUGGAUAUAUUAAAAUCUGUCGUCUCCUGAAUAGGAAAUUCAGGAGUGAUCAGGUAGGAGGCACCAACGUUCCUGAUACAUUAAAGCAAAAAGAAAGAAAAAGGAAAAAAGGAAAAGAAACAAAAAAAAAAAUGCUUGCUGACUGCUAAAAAAAAAAUUCUGAGCAUGCUUAGUUUUGUAUUUUAAAUAACACUAUGAUAACUACAAGGAAUAAAAUUGUUGGUGUAUGCACACCACAAAUAUAAAUCCACUUCUGCUGUUUUGGCUUGGUCACUGUUGUUGUUGUUGUUGUUGUUGCAUAUGCCACCCAUCAGCCCCAGCCACUCUGGACAGCUUCCAGAAAUAAAUAAAUAAAUAACCAUCAAACAUCAAAAACUUCCCUAUACAGUGGUACUUCGGGUUACAGACGCUUCAGGUUACAGACUCCUCUAACCCAGAAAUAGUACCUUGGGUUAAGAACUUUGCUUCAGGAUGAGAACAGAAAUCGCGUGGCAGCCACGUGGCGGCAGCAGGAGGCCCUAUUAGCUAAAGUGGCACCUCAGGUUAAGAACAGUUUCAGGUUAAGAACGGACCUCCGGAACGAUUUAACUUCUUAACCUGAGGUACCACUGUACAGGACUGCUCUCAGACUUCACUGUAGUUUGGUUUGUUUCUGUUGUUAAGAGACUCCCUUCCCAGCACCUUCACAGGGCUGCAGUCCCCAAGGGGUAGGCUUGAGGUGUUUGCUUCUGCUGCCCUGAUAAAAUGAGUACCUGUAUCCAUGCACGUGUCUGGCUUGUUGAUUAUAAAAUGUACUUAAAUAGAGGAACAAAGAAAAGGCAAGUGGCAGUUGCUGCAGAGUCUGGAAUGCUCAAGGUGACUAGCUGCUGACUCCAGCACUGUUUGUGCCCAUCAGCUGCCAUCUGGCUUAUAGUUUCAGGGGAACCCUGCGUUGUGGGGCCCUGCACCUCUGUAUGUGAAAGCCCUCUAUAUGUCAGGUACCUACAUGUUAGGGGAGACUUUGACCACACAGUCCCUUCAUACCACUCAAGGUGUACCCAAGUUUCACCAACUUAAAAUAAGUUUUGUUUGUUUCAGUGGUAUCCCCCCCCCCCCGGGAGUGUUUACAGUUGCAGCCCUACUACUACUACUACUAAUAAUAAUAAUAAUAAUAAUAAUAAUAACAAUUUUUUAUUUAUACCCUGCCCUCCCCGGCCAGAGCAAGGCUCAGGGCGGCUAAAACCAGUAAAAUUACAAUAAAAACAUAAUGCGGGGGGGAACCCAAUUUAAAAUAUGGGUUAGCAACUGGGCAGGGCUCCUUUGUAUGUGCUGGUAUGCUCAAGGGAUUAUGGCUGCCCUGUAUCAAACCUUCCCCAUUUUUUAGUCCUUCCUUCAUGGAGUAAAAUAAAAGUGGAACAGUGCAGAUCCGAUGUAUGGUUGAUUUUGUGUGUGUGUGUGUGUGUGUGUGUGUGUGUGUGUGAAGUUUGUACAAACUGAAUGAUUGGGGGGGGGGUUGCCUGCGACAGGGUUAAAUUACAAUUUAAAAUGCAGCCUCAUUUUAAUAGUAGGCCAUAGAUCAAUAUAGGCAUAACCAGGAUUUUUGUUGGGGGGCGGGGAGCAGGACUUUGUUAGAGGGGGCAGAACCGUGAUUGGUCAGUUAGUUAAGUAUUUCUAUUGCUUUACUUGAUCUAUGGGACAGCUGCCCCUGCCCCCCCCCCCCGGCUAUGCCCAUAGCCCUACAUCUUUUUACUUGUCGUUUCCCUACAUCCUGAUUCUUCAUGUUUGCCUAAACCCAGUGAAAUAAAUGUGUUUUGUUAGAACACACCUAGAUUUGCGUAGGAUCAGGUCGCAAAGGACGUUGUUGGCAAUUGAGCAGAAAUAUUCUCUGCAGGAGCUGAGCUGGGGGGGCCAAUUCUGCCCCAGAUGCUCACCAAACUGCAGAGGCACAAGACAGGAGCAGAUGGGAAACAAAUCAAGCUUUGGAGAAACAAGCCAUUGCAUGUUUGCUCAGCUGUAAGAUGACUCAUGGUUUGUUGAACAAACCAUGCUUAAAAUAAGCCAUAACUUUUGUGUUAUGUGUGAAUGCAGUCAGAGAUUGGCCCAAUAUCACCCAUGGCUGAAUCUCUGUGCUUCUACUGCUACAUUCUAACCAUUGCAUCACAUUGAUGUGUAUUAUUAACCUUUGCAGCCUGACUGUUUGCACCCAUUUACUCAGAAUUAGUCCUUACUGAGUUCUUUGGGGAUUGCUCUAAGAGCCAGGGCAGAAGGGCUGAAGUUUGUUGUUGUUUAGUCGUUUAGUCAUGUCCGACUCUUCAUGACCCCAUGGACCAGAGCACGCCAGGCACUCCUGUCUCCCACUGCCUCCCGCAGUUUGGUUAAACUCAUGCUGGUAGCUUCGCGAACACUAUCCAACCAUCUCGUCCUCUGUCGUCCCCUUCUCCUUGUGCCCUCCAUCUUUCCCAACAUCAGGGUCUUUUCCAGGGAGUCUUCUCUUCUCAUGAGGUGGCCAAAGUAUUGGAGCCUCAGCUUCAGGAUCAGAAGCUUUCGUGUGCAUGCACACUUCUUCAGAUACCCAGAUACACAGGGAAGCUUAUACCCAGAACAAACUUAGUUGGUCUCUAAGGUGCUACUGGACAAUUUUUAAAUUCAUUUUGACUGUGUCAGACCAACACGGCUACCUACCUGAAUCUGGAGGACGACACAGUUAGUCUGUGUAGGACUGCAGUCUUACAGUCUGAUCCUAUCUUUGUUAUCUUGGAAGUUAGUUCUACUUAUUUUAAUUUCCUCCAAAGCGUGAUAGGAUUGAAGCCUUCUGUGUUCAGGAUUGCACACUUGUAUUUAAAAACAAAACCCUACAACUGGUUUCUACACACAUGCACUCACAGUAAGUUUCUUGUAGUUAAAUGAAACUUCCUUCUUGGGCUAUCAGCAUUGUAGCCUGACCCUAUGCAUGUUUACUCUCAAGUAAGCAUAUGUAGGAUUACAGCCAUGCAGCGAGCCCUACAUAUAUGUACUCAGGCAAAAGUUAUAUGAGGGAUUUACUUCCAUUUUCCAGCUCUAGUUUUUUGUUUUUUUUACUUUCAUCAUGAUUGAUGUGAUGAGAGUGACAGGGAACAUUGACUUUACGAUCAAGGGGAGGUGCCUCAGCCUACCACUUUCUGGAUCGUACAGCUUUGGCAAGUUAAACAAAAUGCAAUUAAGCCUCAGACAUGAACUGCUUGAGAGUUUCGCUUCAUUGCUCUGUAUCCCAAGCCUUUGCAAAACCAGCCCAUUACGGAAGAGAUUUGUUUCAAUCAUUAAACUGCAUGUGCUGUAAGGGUGCUGCAGUGUACGCUAUGGUUUAUUUAUUUAUUUAUUUUUUAUUAUUGUUAUUUACGUAUUAUUAGUUAUUGAAUUUAUAUACCACCCUAUACCCGGAGGCCUCAGGGCGGUUCACAGAACAAAAUCAAAAAUAUAAAACCACAAAAUAUAUAAUCAAAAUACAAACAACAACCCAAUACCCCCCCCAAAAAAACCCCACAUUUUAAAAGGGCAGUGUUGACUAAAGGCAGUUGCUUGGUGACACAGUGCAAGUGCAUACUCUGAGAUUGUAUACAGAUCCGUACCUAAGUAUUCAGAUCAAAUAAGCAGUGACUGUGAACCCAAGUUACAACAUAGAAAGUUGCUCUGGCAGUUCAGUUAAAACUUUAUCAUUUAAUUUCCAGGUCACUUUUUGAAAGUGUUCAGAGCAGCUUACAUAAGGCCCAGAUGGAUCAGCCAGACCAGUGGCUUGCUGUGUUCAUCUGAUAAAACAAAAUGUACACUACAAUCCUAUGCAUGUCUACUCAGAAGUAAGCCCCAAGGAAUUCCACAGGGCUUAUUCCCACUUUUGCAGUGUGCAAAUGGCUGAAUUCUUUCCCAGGAUGCGAGAGUUAAGGACAAGAAUGGAAAUUAAAAUGUGGGAGAGGAUAAAGUUCUGGACAGAAUGGGGUGCUAAUCUUUGGGUUGAGGCAAAAAGUAUUGGAACAGACUGUUGAUGAGAGUUUCCCUUAGGUCUCUUAUGAAGUAAGAGGUUCUUUGCUGGGCUGUGAGGAGUUCAAUAUAUCUGUUGAUAAAGAAAAGUUUUUAUUGCCUUCCCAAGCUUCACCUGUGUUGCAAUAAUACCCUGCAGGCUAUGUGAGCAAAACAUUGUAAAAAGAAGGGUGGAGCCCAUGUAUUUUGCUUGUGUCCUUAAGACUGGUGAAGGUGGUUUGGUCAGGUGAUGGUGAGGUCAGAGGGAAAUCUGCAGCCUUUUACUUUUGGCCACAGCAAGAGUAAUAGAAUCAGAGCACAGGGCUAUCACCCAGAACCCAGUAUCUGACAACCAUUCAAUAAGGGAAGGCUUGUAGCUGAGAUGUAGAGCAUCUUACUUGCAUGCAGAAAAUCCCAGAUUUGAUCCUUGGCAUCAUGGGCUAUAGCCAGCGGGGUGGGAAGGGGGGCAGCUCCCCCCUCCAAUCAAGUAAAUAAAUAAAAACACUUAACUAAAAGUAGAAAACAAUUGGAAUAUUUGAAAUCAAAAUGCUCACUGAGGUCACAUGGAUGCAUUCUAGCGACACAACUGGCAUCCCGACUGUUGUUGAGACAUUUUGUUCCGAAUCUGCUAGACAGAGACAGACAGAGGAUGAGGGCAGGUGGGUGUCCUGCCCCUCCACAACAUAAAUCCUGGCUAUGCCCAUGCUUGGCAUCUCCAGGUAGGGCUCAGAGAGACCCCGGUCUGAAAUAUCUGGAGCCUCUGCCAGGCAGAGCUUGUUGCACUAGUAUUCUGACAUGAUGAAAGGUAGCUUUCUUUGUUCCUAUAGCCUAAAGUUUAGUGGACUAGGGUCUAUUUCAUCAAAAGCAUGAAGUACUGCAGCAGCAGCAGCAGCAGCAGCAGCAGCAAGGGGCUGGAUUUGUUAGCAGUGAGGUCAGAGGGAAAUGAAACCCAAGAGAGAAUAUUGGUUCUUAGUACAAGUAUAACCUGCCCUCCUUUAUUUAGAUAACUAACAACCCCGUAGGGACGCGGGUGGCGCUGUGGGUUAAACCACAGAGCCUAGGACGUGCUGAUCAGAAGGUCAGCAGUUCGAAUCCCCAUGACGGGGUGAGCUCCCGUUGCUCGGUCCCUGCUCCUGCCAACCUAGCAGUUCGAAAGCAUGUCAAAGUGCAAGUAGAUAAAUAGGUACCACUCCGGCGGGAAGGUAAACGGUGUUUCCGUGCGCUGCUCUGGUCUGCAAAAAGUGGCUUAGUCAUGCUGGCCACAUGACUCGGAAGCUGUACGCUGGCUCCCUCGGCCAAUAAAGCGAGAUGAGCGCCACAACCCCAGAGUCAGUCACGACUGGACCUAAUGGUCAGGGGUCCCUUUACCUUUACCUUUAACAACCCCGUGAGGCAGGCUUAGAUAGGCAUGGUUUGCCUAAGGCCAUCCAGUGAGCUUUAUAGCUGAGUUGGGAUUCAACCCAAACCAGCGGUUCUCAACCUGUGGGUCCCCAGAUGCUGUUGGACUACAACUCCCAUCAUCCCUGAGCUCUGGCCUUGCUAGCUAGGAGUGAUGGGAGUUGUAGUUCAACAACAUCUGGGGACCCACAGGUUGAGAAAGUCUGACCCAAACACUCUAAUGUGGGAAAUGUUUGGGGCUCCCAUCAUGGGAGUUGCUGAACUACAACUCCCAUCGUCCAGUUCCUGAACAACAACUCCUAUCACGCCUGGGCAUUGGCCGUGAUUGCUAGGGCUGAUGGGAGUUGUAGUUCAGCAGCUACUUGUGGGUCAAAGGUUCCCAUUGCUGCUCUGCUUUCUGCUCUGGAGGACGUAGCAGCUUUCCGAAAGGCUGGAGAAAUACGCCUGUGCUUAUUUAACACUGGGUUAAAUGGGUAGCAUCCCUAUUCAGAACUGAGGCAACAGCUACUGCAGGCAGACAGGAACUACAGUUGCCAAGCUGACCAGGUAAAAAUAAGCACCUCACCUCACUUAUGCCUUUUUCAUCAAUUUCAGCUCCAGAAAUCAACCUGGGAUUUUUCACAAUGUGCAGAUUAAGAUCAGCUGCUAAUGUCUGUGAUUAAACAGACCCUGCUACAGAGGCCAGGGGAAGAACUGACAACCCUAAUAGGGACAAUGGAAUCCAGUAGAAUGCCAAUAAUGUUAUUUUAGAAAAGUGUCUCCCCAGUUGCAGUGGGGGUUUACUCCCCAAAUAAUGUGUUUAGGACUGAAGUCUUAAGGCAAUGGGGCUAAACAAAUACCUCUCAACACAGACACACAGGAACAAACAUUUAAUCAGCCUUUGCUCAAAGAGUGGUUGGAUGUGGCCAUUGGCAGUUUCUGGCACCUGAUUAACAACCAGGAAGGUAGUCUCUGAUUGGAUGCAGGGUAUUUAAGAGGAGAAGCAAGCAGCUAAUUACAUUUUUAAAACCCCAAAACUAAGCAGCUGCUUUCCGUGCCUAUCAGUAGUUUAGGCCUCUUCUGGGAUUACUGGGCAGCGAAGGCUAUGAAGGAAUGGAGAGAAUUUGCCUAAGAGCUAAGUUCAGGUGAAUUCCUGGAUGAAUGUUGGAGUGUGCUUGUUCUUCCGGGAUCACAAGGGGAGGCUAGGGUGUGGCUUACAUGCUAUGCAUCAAGUUCAUUUUUCACAGUUGUGUGACUGUAUUUCCAGACCCUCCAAGUGUCCCUAUUUUCCAGGGAUGUCCCUGAUUUUUAGAAGCUGUCCCGGUUUCUGAUUUUAUCCCGGAAUGUCCCACUUUUCCUUAGGAUGUCCCUAUUUUCACUGGAGAAAUGUUGGAGGGUAUGGAGUUAUCCAAUCCCUGAGCCAUCUGAAGGCAAUCCUGUAUAGGGAAGUGGUUUCUUUAAGAAAUGUUUAAUGUUUUCUUAUUUUUUAUGUAUGUUGGAAGCUGCCCAGUGUGUCUGGGGUAAACCAGUAAGAUGUGUGAGGUAUUAAUAGUAAAUUAUCAUUAUGGAAUGGGAAGUCCCUAUUUUCACCAGAAAAAUGUUGGAGGGUAUGUAUUUCAGUUAUGGUAAUAGCAGACCCCCAACAUUUGAUUGCUUAUACCCUAUCUGUAAUUGUCUAUAUUCUAUUAAUUGGGGGCAAAGUAUAUUCUGUGAUCAUACUGUGCAGGUGUAACAAUCUUGGUUGUGUGUAGUUUUAGGAUUUGUUUGUUGUUUAAGCGUUUGUUGUCCUCAAGGAAGGUCAUGGGAUGGAGCCUCUCAUAAUUUUUAUAGUACAGUGGUACCUCGGGUUAAGUACUUAAUUCGUUCCAGAGGUCCGUUCUUAACCUGAAACUGUUCUUAACCUGAAGCACCACCUUAGCUAAUGGGGCCUCCUCCUGCCACUGCGCAGCCGGAGAACAAUUUCUGUUCUUAACCUGAAGCACUAUUUCUGGGUUAGCGGAGUCUGUAACCUGAAGCGUAUAUAACCUGAAGCAUAUGUAAUCUGAGGUACCACUGUAAUAAUUUUAUUAUUUGUAUCCCAUCCAUCUGACUGUGUUGCUCCAGCCACACUGGAUGUCUCUCAGAGGGUGCAAAGUUUAAUGACUGGAGCCCUGAGGCCCUAUCCAUUUCAUGUCUCCUUUUCCUCUUUACAGAGAACUGUUAUGGGGCCACACUUCCUUUAUGAGGCUGACCUCUCUGUGCCAUCAUCCUAAAAUGGUGUGGAAAGAGUUCCUGCUUUGUCGCAAUGCAGGAUUUGCAUGUAGAUUUAGAAUGUGGGGUCCGGUUCUAUUGUUCUUUAAUGCUAGUGUUUGAUUAGUGCUCCUGUUCAUGGACCUUUGUAUGUAUGGCACUACAUACAAGGAUAUGUUCAUGAUACGUUUCAAAGCAGUACUUGAAAUUCAGCAGGUGCAUUUUGCACCUGCCUCUUGGCCACUUAUGACCAAGUGAAGAUGCCCAGGCGCCAGGAUGGUGCCUGAUGUCUCCACCAUCUGGAGAUGCAUGCCUGGGAAUUCUUGGAUCUUGCCUCUUUUCACACACUAACAACACAUCUUGUAGAAUUCUAUCUGUGAUAUUUUAUUUGCAUGAUCAGAGAGAAUUUCAGGAACCCCAAAAUUGCAUUGAAAAAUACGACUUUUGAGCCAUCUGACCCCAAAAUGGCAACUAGACAUUCCGUUUUGGCGACAGUAACCCUGGUGUAGGAGCCAUUUGGUGCCUAGCGAUUGUCUUAAGGCUAUGAGACAACUUCCUGAGCUCCGGGGAAGAGGAAUUGAUUGUUGAAGCGCUCUGUAAACUGUAGCUCUGUGAGAGGAAUAGGAAUCGCUGAACAAUUCUCAGCACACUUAACCAAACUACAGCUCCCAGAAUUCUUUGGGGAAAGCCAUGACUAUUUAAAGUGAUAUCAUAGUGCGAAUGGUGUGAAUGCAGCCUUGGUCUGUAUGACUCAGACUGCCCUUUCCUAGUAUGUACUGUGGUACCUUGGUUCUCAAACUUAAUCCAAAACCAAAGCAUUCGAAAAACCAAGGCACACUUUCCCAUAGAAAGUAAUGCAAAACAGAUUAAUUCAUUCCAGACUUUUAAAAACAACCCCUAAAACAGAAUUUUAACAUGGAUUUUACUAUCUAAUGACACCAUUAAUCCAUAAAAUGAAACAAUAAUCAAUGUAAUGUACUACAAAAUAAGACAGUAUUUUAGAUGAUAAAAAAUAAGUUUUUUUUCCUUACCUUUGCUGAUGAUAGUCAUUGUUUGGAUGGGGGGCUUUUUUUUUAAAAAAAAUGAUAUUUAUUAAAGUUUCCAUAAAAGAUUAAACAUAAAACAUAAAAAAGAAAUACACAAUUCAAAAAAUACACAAUACAUAAUCCAAAAAAGAAAAAAAGAACAAAAAACAAAAGACAAAAAAGAGGAAAAAAAAACAGUUAAAAACAAUAUCACCUUUUCAUUUCCAUUUUUAAAUUUACUUAUUUUCUGGACCUUCUCAUACCUCCCUCUUUUGUAUUCCAGUUCAAAUUGUUUGUCCAGCAAUUUCUUUCCCUCUUUUUUAAUCCCAAUCUUUGGUCUUAAUAUAAUAUGUUUGGAUGGGGGGCUUUUAUCCAUUUCCGCAGUCACACAAUCAGUCAGUCAGUCAGUAGCUAAACUGGGUUCCACACAGUCACAAAAACAAUUUAACUGAAAAAGCCUCAAAAACAAAAACGCAAAAUAAAUGUUCGAAAUCCAAGGCGCAGCUUCUGAUUGCCCCAGAAACAAUAACUGACAGCCGGAUUGGAUGUUCGGCUUCCGAAAACCGUUCAAAAACUGGUACACUUACUUCUGGGUUUUCGGCAUUUGGGACCCAAGGCAUUUGAGUACCAAGGUGUUUGAGAACCAAGGUACCACUGUAAGUUCCAACAACAUCCAUUGUACUGACCACUCCUGGAAAAGGUCAUUGUCUUCUUGGCAUCCUGUGGGCUUCCUGUUUGGCCAUUGUUGAAAAUGGAAUCCUAGACCGUAUGGGCCCAAGGACUGAUCAAUCAGGGCUCUUAUGGUAGCUGUCCUCAAUGCAAUACAUUUUUAAAACUUCCCCCACCUCCUACAGAUGUUGCGAGUGCCUAAGAUGUUGUGGAAGAAGAGACCCAAGGCCUCGGACGGUUUGGCUUGGCCAUCCAGAAAAGAGGGACCAGCGAUACCCACGCAAUGUGAUCAACAACCAGAAGUACAACUUUUUCACUUUCCUACCAGGGGUAUGUAUUCCAUGUUGAAAAACCGUGUGCUUUCCUCUUCUAUUGAUAUUUGAGGGUUGAGUGCCAGUGGUUUAUUUGGAGUGGGCAAUCAAGACAGCUGUAACCUGGAUUGGCUCAAUCUACUCUUCUGCAUUUAAGUGAAGCUUAAUUUUGCUUCUCCCUGUCUGUGCACCAAUAAGCCAUCCUGUUGCCUACAGUAGUGAAGAAGUCGCUGAGGAAUUUCCCAGUCCAACACAACUGAAUGGAGGGAAGAGAAGGGGCUGAAAUUGGGACUUUUCCUAUUUCAGUCCUCUUUCCCUGUGAUAUAUGUAUCAAUGGACACACUGUCCUUUCCGUAUAGAUGCAGCGUUUAAACUGUGCUAUAAUGGGGAAAAUAGAGGGGGGAGCCACAGUUGACUCCAUAUCUUUAAUGUCCUGGAAUGUGCUGGAGUUUGCAUUUUUUUUCUUAAAGCUUUCCUGGUUAGCUGAAUUCCUAAAAUGUUGCUAGAUGCCUUGGAACAGCCUUCAACUUGGUAUCCUCCAAAUAUUUUGAACUACAACUCCCAUCAGCUCCAUCCAGUUGAUGGGAGUUGUAGUCCAGAACUUUGGGAGGGCACCGGGUUGCGAAAAGCUGUCUUAAACAUUUCCAUGGUGAGGCGUGUUAACCUUAGAUGUGCUGCUACAAAUGCCUUUCUUGUUCCUCACUCUGUUUCUUAGGUGCUGUUCAACCAAUUCAAGUACUUCUUCAACCUCUACUUCUUGUUUCUGGCCUGUUCUCAAUUUGUUCCUGAAAUGAGGCUCGGUGCUCUUUACACGUAUUGGGUUCCUUUGGUAGGUAGUAUCGAGUUUAUUUAUUCAAGAAAAGUUUCAGUGUUUGAAUACAAGAUGUCCUUUGUUACCUUAUCUCAGAGAUCCAAGUGGUGCCGUAACUUAAAAUGGUUUUUGUUAGCUUGUUUCAUGAAGCCUGUCCUUUAUGUGUUUGGGAAUUGUAGCUGCCGAAAGUGAUUUAAUAAAGGUUUGCUAUUCAAAAUUGGGACCUUCAGCGGUCUAAGGAAAUGCACGAGGGAUAUUUGAUCCAAAAAGGUAAUUUAUCCCAUAAAUCAGCCAUUCUAGGAGUACAGCUAAGGGAGAUUCCCUUGGGUUAACCCUGGGAAGAGUAAGACAUCAUGUGAACGUUCCACCAGUUAAUCCCGCAACAAUUAACUAUACAGGUGAAACUCAGAAAAUUAGAAUAUCGUGGAAAAGUUCAUUUAUUUCAGUAAUUCAACUUAAAAGGUGACAUGGCUCCCCAAAUAUCUUUUCUGAUGAGAGCAGCUUUUGCAUCUCGUUUGGAAACCAAGGACCCAGAAUCUGGAGGAAGAAUGGGGAGGGACACAAUGCCAGAUGCUUGAAGUUCAGUGUGAAGUUUCCACAGUCUGUGUUGAUUUGGGGAGCCAUGUCAUCAGCUGAUGUUUGUCCACUGUGCUUCAUUGAGUCCAGGGUCAACGCAGCCGUCUGCCAGGAGAUUUUGGAGCACAUCAUGCUUUCCCCCCGCAGAUGAGCUUUAUGGGGAUGCUGACUUCAUUUUCCAGCAGGACCUUGGCACCUGCCCACACUGCCCAAAGUACCAAAACCUGGUUCAAUGCCCAUGGGAUUACUGUGCUUGAUUGGCCAGCAAACUCGCCUGACCUGAACCCCAUAGAGAAUCUAUGGGGCAUUGCCAAGAGACAGAUGAGAGACAUGAGACCGAGCAAUGCAGAAGAGCUGAAGGCUGCUAUUGAAGCAUCCUGGUCUUCCAUAACACCUCAGCAGUGCCACAGGCUGAUAGCAUCCAUGCCACGCCGCAUUGAGGCAGUAAUUGAUGCAAAAAGGGCCCAAACCAAGCACUGAGUACAUAUGCAUGCUUCUACUUCUCAGAGGUCCAAUAUUGCUCUAUUUGCAGUCCUUGUUUUGCUAAUUUCAUUUAACAUUCUAAUUUUCUGGGAUUGUUAAUUUGGGGCUUUCAUCAGCUGUGCUCCAUGACCAAUUAUAACAAAUAAAGGCUUGACAUAUCUUGCUUUGCAUGUCAUGAGUCUAUCUCAUAUAUUAGUUUCACCUUUUAAGUUGAAUUACUGAAAUAAAUGAACUUUUCCAUGAUAUUCUAAUUUUCUGAGUUUCACCUGUAUAUUAUUUGGCUAGUGUUUCAGACAUUUUGUAUGUUGGGUUCAGAAUUAAGCUUGUACACCAUAUUAAACCAAAUGAUCUAGAGCUAGGGGUGAGCAGUAUGGUAGCCAAGUUUGUGGAUGAUGCCAAAUCAUUCAAGGCGACAAAAAUAAAGUGGGAUUUCAAGGAGCUCCAAAAGGAGUCCAAACUGGAUGAAUGGGUAGUAAAAUGGCAAAUGCAAUUCAAUGUAAGCAUGUGUAAAGCCAGUGGAAAAAAUAUAUUUAAAAAUCCAAACUUCGUAUAUAUGCCCAUGGUGGUCUGAACUGGUGGUCACUAACCAUGAACAAAACUGUGGGGUCAAAGUUGAUAGCUCAGUGAAGAUGUCAACCCAGGGCAUCUUCCCAGGAAGAUUCCAAGCCCAAUUCAAAGUGUUGGUGGUGACUUUUAAAGCCCUAAACGGCCUUAGCCCAGUAUACCUGAAGGAGCAUCUCCACCUCCAUUGUUCUGCCCGGACACUGAGGUCCAGCGCCAAGGGCCUUCUGGCGGUUCCCUCCCUACGAGAAGCCAAGUUACAGGGAACCAGGCAGAGGGCCUUCUCAGUAGUGGCGCCCACCCUGUGGAACACCCUCCCACCAGAUGUCAAAGAGAAGAACAACUACCAGACUUUUGGAAGACAUCUGAAGGCAGCCCUGUGUAGGGAAGCUUUUAAUGUUUAACUAACCACUGUAUUUUAAUACUUCGUUGGAAGCCGCCCAGAGUGGCUGGGGAAGCCCAGCCAGAUGGGCGGGGUAUAAAUAAUAAAUUAUUUUAUAUUAUAUAUGAAGCAACCCACCAAGUCUAGAUUUAAAUGACAAACUAGGCUCUGUCCAUGGGAACUUGUUCACAUUAAACCAUUGUUUGCUUUUGUUUUUAAUAUUACUUUAUAUGAUGUUCAGACAGGUUUGCUGUGUAGUUUUCCCAGAAGGUUUUAUUUUAAUUUUAAGCCAAGGAGGGUAGCUUUAAAUUUGAUUGGAACAGUGUGGUGUCUUUGUCUGAAUUGCACCUCCCUGAAACCUGUUAGAGCAAUUAAUUAAUUUGUUUUCCAAAUUGUCUUGUUUUGCACCAUCCUUUUAUUUUAACUCCUUUGCACGUUGUUGGGUUUGCUAGUCAUUGGGAAGGGCAGGAAACAAAUUCAAGGUAGCUACUGGAAGCCCCCAGCCACGAGCUUUCUGAGAUUUCGGCAGACUUUGCCUGCACCCUUUCAAGCAUACCUCUACAGCUGCGAGGACAAGAAACUUGAACCCGUUUAAACAAAAGCCGAGAUUCUUGUGAUCCCGAAUUCUGCGGCCUCAUUUUAUAUAUGCCAUUGUGUCAACAAUCGGGUGCUUGCCUGUAGCUGCACUGUUUCAUUUGUUAUGGCUUGGGAAAGAGAAGUUAGAGGCUAGUUUUUGCAAGGCUGGCUUGCAAACCUAUAAGGCCAUUGUGAUUUGCCCCACAUCACACGAACCAUUGAAAUUCAGCAUGUGAGCGGCCAGGGCUAUAUAUAAAAGGCCUUUUGUUCAUUGCAGGCUGCUAAUGCAACCAUUUUGGUAUAGAAUAGCAACUUGGGAUAGCUUAGUGAAGCAGAACAUGAAGGGGGUUUUUUUUGGGGAGGGGGAAGGAGUGAUUAUUUGAAAUCCUUGAUUGGCAAAUGCAUAUAGAUUAUUUAUAAAAAAAUAUAUACUGCUGUAUCAUAAAAAUACAUCACAGCGGCUUAUCACUUUGUGUGUGUGUUGCCUGUAGCAAUAACAAGCUAUGUUUUUGGACUCUUUAUCAGAAUGCUAAUUAAAAGCAAUAGUUUGAAAUGCUGCAAAACAUUCAGAAGCCAUGGUAUAUAAAGUCUAUAAGUGCCAGAGGAGAUUUCCAUCUUUUUGGGGGGUGAGGGGGGCACAUGCAUGCCAUGACAACUUGGUGCCCUCAAAGGAGAAAUAAUGAAACCCCUUAGGGCUGGCUUCAUGCAGUGACUUCCAAAUUUGUGCAGCUGUCCUGUAUCCCCUCAGCAGGAUUUGCAUCUCUUUGCAAAGCGUCCCCAAGCCUUGAGGGCAUGUAGCAAUGCACUUCUGAAUUAAUGUUCAUGAGAAGUUUUGUAAGGGAUGCCCUGAAAUUAGCCAGACAGAUUAGUUUCCUUUGAGGAGGCGUUGUGGCAGGUGGGUAGGGCUUAAUUUCAUUUAAGUAACAAAUUAUAAUUUCAUGAUACAAGUAAGGAAAAGAAAUAUUAGGAGACAUGUGUGCCAACAUUGAGAAUGUUCUUUUGGAUAUUUUUGUGCAUUGGUUUUUUUAAAAACAAAACAAAACAAAACAAGGAAUUCCUCCAGACCAGGGGUCAGCAACGUUUUUCAGCCGUAGGCCAGUCCACCGUCCCUCAGACCUUGUGGGGGGGGGCGGAUUAUAUUUUGGGGGGAAAAAAAUUGAACAAAUUCCUAUUCCCCACAAAUAACCCAGAGAUGCAUUUUAAAUAAAAGGACACAUUCUACUCAUGUAAAAACAUGCUGCUUCCCAGACCGUCCGCAGGCUAGAUUGAGCAGGCAAUUGGGCCGUAUCCUGCCCCCCAGCCUUAGGUUGCCUACCCCUGCUCCAGACUGUCAAUAUUUUGCAGGAGGGAUUCGAAUGCUUAUGCCAGACCCUCCAAGUGUCCCUAUUUUCCAGGGAUGUCCCUGAUUUAGAGAAGGUUUCUGAUUUGAUCCUGGAAUGUCCCGCUUUUCCUUAGGAUGUCUAUAUUUUCACUGGAGAAAUGUUGGAGGGGAUGGAAUUAUCUGACUCUGGAGCCCUCUGAAGGCAAUCCUGAAUAGCGAAGGGUGGUUUUUUUAAACAUGUUUAAUGUUUUAUUAUGUUUUGAUAUAUGUUGGAAGCUGCCCAGAGUGGCUGCAGCAACCCAGUAAGGGGUGUAGGGUAUAAAUAGUAAAAUUAUCAUUAUGGAAUGGGAUGUCCCUAUUUUCAUCAGAGAAAUGUUGGAGGGUAUGUUACUCUGGAAAUUUAGGUUUUUUGCAAUGUCAGUGGAUUAAAGCACUCUGUCACCCUCAUAUAACAAAUGCGAUUCUUAAAAAGAAACAGACUAAAAGAAAAAAAUUAUUGAAUAAACAUAGUACAAAAAGAUAAUACGUUAAAUAAUUAUAUGUUUGUGUUGUUAUUAUAAUAUUUAUUUAUCCUGCCUUUUCCCUAGACUGGGACUCAAGGCAACUUACAGAAAUUAAAACAAUAAGGUUAAAAUGCAGAAAGCUUUAAAACAUAUAGAGUAACUAAAAAGCAAUUAAACUGUAAUAGAAUUAAAACAAUAUAAAAUUACAUAAAAAAUAGAAUACAAAAACAAAUCUAUUAAAAUGCAGAUAGUAAAAACAGCACAGCACUAUAGAAAGUCCUUUCCUUAAAACUAGUCUAUUGCCAAAAACAUGCUGGAAUAAAAUAGUCUUCACCGGCCAAUGAAGGACAUCAAGGCGUUUAACAUACAUUGAGUGCUAAGAAUCUCAGGGCGGAUUAUAUAAAUAUAUAACCAAGUAGUCCUUAGUCCUGGUAGCUAUCAUUCGACCCUUUCAUGACAAAUGAUUACCAAAACAUUCAGUUUAUAAAUGUGCAGUCAGCUUGCGGAUACAUAAAAUCUACACCCUUUUUGCACAUAGGAACAUAGCAGAGAACUGACCUGAAAAGUGUGUAAUGAACAAAUGGCUAAUGGAAAGAUGUAUAAAUACUCCACAACCAAAUCAGGAAUAAGGCAAGAUGAGUGCUCAUUGUCGUAUAAUUUAAUAUCCUCAUAAACGUUGUGCAAGCAAAUCAGGAUAGAUGUUCAAUAAAUAAACAAACAGGUCCUCUGGAGCUGCCCAAGUACUUAAAACAUGAAGAAAGUUUAGCUUUAAGGUUUUGUGGAGCUCCUUUUUAAAUGAAGACACAGCUCAAUGCUUAGUUUUCUCUAUAGAGUCUGACAAUUUUAAUGAAAAGUGUCACCGUAUAUCAUCUGGUAGGCCGCACACUCCAGAAUGUAUUCCCGACAUUCAGUGGCUUUCCAUGCACUGAGUGGGAGUUCCUUGGGCUUUUAUCCACACAUUUUCAAUGACCCCUCUCCCUCCCGCUCUCUCCUAGGGCUUUGUCCUCGCCGUUACCAUCAUCCGCGAGGCUGUGGAAGAGAUCCGGUGCUACAUGCGUGACAAGGAAGUGAACUCGCAGAUCUACAGCAAGCUCACAGCGAGAGGUCAGCUAUUUGGCUCCAGCUUUCUACAUCUGCUUGCAGAGUCCCUUAGCUGACUGCCCGAACAGCAGGGAGUUGCAACUCAAUCAAAUGUUGCUGACAAUUGGAGGAGCAAAGUUUCUGAAAGGGGGGUGGGGUUUGACUGUGGGGAGGGGGGAAGGUUGCCAAGCACACAGGCACAUGGCUUAGCAAGUCCCCUCUGCUUCAUCUGGCCCUGGCAGAGCAUCAGAGACUCCUGAUGACAGUACAGAUAAAUUUCCAGCUACAAUUGGGCAAUAAGUUCUCAGGGAAUGGGAACCUUCCACAUAUUCAAUGCAUAUUGGGAUGUGGCCAGUUACUCAGAAUAAUUAUGGCGUAUGUUGUAUCGAAGGGAAGAAUAUGAAGGAGUUCCUAUUUUUGAGAUGAUGGCUGCUACAGCCACAUCCAUUUUAUAGAUUAUAAGCGAUAGGUGGUCUGAAUUUGUUGACUAUCCUAAUCCUGACUUGGAUCUUUUAAGAAUGGGAAUGCGUGUUGCAAAUUAGGCAUGCAACCUAAUCCCAUUCAUGUUUGUUCAGAAGUAAGGCUCCUUGGGUGAAAUCCCAUUGUGAGCAUCCGCUAGCAGAAUGGGCUUAAACUCCUGCACCAGGACUCUCCCUCCCUCUCCUCCCUCUUGCAAGCUGCAUGCUGACCAGAUUUGCUUUGGACAGUUGGAGGACCCUGUAGAUAUAUAGGGUUAUUGGGGGUGGGGGAAGCUGGAGGACGAGGAGGAGGACGAGGAGGAGAGAACGUGCCAUUUAAAAACGAUUUAAUAUGCCCAAAUCUAGACCACCUUUUAAUUCCUAGGAUGUAGGAAGCACACUCCUAUGAAAUUAUGCAAAUAUUGCUAUGAGGGCUGUCACCUAAAUGGAGAUGCUUGAGACUUGAUCCUGGACAAUUGCAAUAAUGGGGAUCCUGAAGUACAUGAAAUUCACAGAAGGGGGUCUACCUCCAAAAGGCUUUUCUAAGUACCAGGAGCCCUUGCAAACAGCAUGAAGUAUUUUGGGAUGACUCAUCAUAUGUCCUAUUACACUUCUCACAAGAAAAUUUCCCCUUCCUCCUCCUCCUCCUCCAGCUCCCCCACCCCCAAAUAACCCUUUAUAUCUGGCUUAUUUGAAACAAGUCACAGUUAACCGCAGUUCAGGUUUCAGGUGAAAGACUAAACUAUAUGACAUCUAAUCAUGGCCAGUGACCAACCCAAGGGAGGAAGUUCCAAAACUUUGCUUGCUCUCUCCUCCCGCCCACCAACUGCUUAUAUAUAGAGUAUACCUCUCCCUUCUAGCAAUGACCUGUUUUUCUGGAGCAGGUGUUUCAGGGCUUUUUUUGACACAACCUUGAUGGCAGAAAGUGAGGAGGAAUUAAAGAACCUUUUAAUGAGGGUGAAAGAGGAGAGUGCAAAAUAUGGUCUGAAGCUCAACAUCAAAAAAACGAAGAUCAUGGCCACUGGUCCCAUCACCUCCUGGCAAAUAGAAGGGGAAGAAAUGGAGGCAGUGAGAGAUUUUACUUUCUUGGGCUCCAUGAUCACUGCAGAUGGUGACAGCAGUCACGAAAUUAAAAGACGCCUGCUCCUUGGGAGAAAGGCGAUGGCAAACCUAGACAGCAUCCUAAAAAGCAGAGACAUCACCUUGCCAACAAAGGUCCAUAUAGUUAAAGCUAUGGUUUUCCCAGUAGUGAUGUAUGGAAGUGAGAGCUGGACUAUAAAGAAGGCUGAUCGCCGAAGAAUUGAUGCUUUUGAAUUAUGGUGCUGGAGGAGACUCUUGAGAGUCCCAUGGACUGCAAGAAGAUCAAACGCAUCCAUUCUUAAGGAAAUUAGCCCUGAGUGCUCACUGGAAGGACAGAUCGUGAAGCUGAGGCUCCAAUACUUUGGCCACCUCAUGAGAAGAGAAGACUCCCUGGAAAAGACCCUGAUGUUGGGAAAGAUUGAGGGCACAAGAAGGGGACGACAGAGGAUGAGAUGGUUGGACAGUGUUCUCGAAGCUACAAACGUGAGUCUGACCAAACUGCAGGAGACAGUGGAAGACAGAAGUGCCUGGCGUGCUCUGGUCCAUGGGGUCACGAAGAGUCGGACACGACUAAACAACAACAACAUUUGCAUCUGAUUCUUCUGCUGCUAUUUUGAGUGGGGGGUGGGGAAGGAUAUGAUGUGAACUAGCUGUGCUAGAAGAGAGAAGUGUUCUCUAUGUAUAAGCAGUUGGUGGGCAGGACUUGUUUCAAACGAGCCAGAUUCAUAACUCAUGGUUUGAAGUUGGCUUUUUUGGUGUCGUUGUUGUUUAGUCGUUUAGUCAUGUCCGACUCUUCGUGACCCCAUGGACCAGAGUACACCAGGCACUCCUGUCUUCCACUGCCUCCUGCAGUUUGGUCAAACUCAUGCUGGUAGCUUCAAGAACACUGUCCAACCAUCUCAUCCUCUGUCGUUCCCUUCUCCUUGUGCCCUCAAUCUUUCCCAACAUCAGGGUCUUUUCCAGGGAGUCUUCUCUUCUCAUGAGGUGGCCAAAGUAUUGGAGUCUCAGCUUCAGGAUCUGUCCUUCCAGUGAGCACUCAGGGCUGAUUGGUGAUAAACUGUAAUUAAGCUGAACCGAAGUUUGUCAGAUUCAGAUGAUAUACUAAGCCAGCGAUGGGGAACCUGUGGCUCUUGAUGUUGUUGGGCUCCCAGCUCCCAUCAGCCCCAGCCAAUGUGGCCCAUGGUCAGGGAUGAUGGGAGUUGGAGUCCAGCAGCUUCUGGAGAUUCCCCAUCCCUGUGCUAAACUGUGCUCGAGGGAAGUCAGAGGUGUGGCCUUGGACCUGGGAUAGCUCAGUUAGUAGAGCAUUAGUCUCUUAAUCUCAAGGUUGUGGGUUUGAGCCUCAUGUUGGGCAAAGGAUUCCUGCAUAGCAGGGAGAGUUGGACUACAUGACCCUCGUGGUCCUUUCCAACUCCACAAAACUAUGAUUUUAAACUUGUGAUGGGCAGCGGAAUACCAUAACUGGAGAAAGGGUAGGAUGCAAGUAUAAUUGAAAAUAUGAUGUGGCAGCCCCAAAUCUUUUCAAAUUUCCCUUCAGUUUACUGGGCUGGUUAUGGGAGAGGGUGAAAUAGAAGUAAUUGUAUUGUGAAAAUUUGACAACUUUCUUUUACAUUUAAUUUUAUAUUGGGCAAUCACAGCUUGUUAUCUUUACGACUUGUUUUACUGCUACCUUUUGAGGCAGCAAAGAGGAGCUUUGCAAAUAGUUUCAAACCAUCUGUAUAAAUCAGAUUCGGGUUUCCUAUUCAUCCAUCCAUCAACCCAACUUUGCUAUUAAAUUUGCAGGCCAGAUUUCUGUUUUGAUACUCACUAGGCUGUUGAUUUAAAAUUCCAGAGUUGUUUUUCUUUUCUUGCUUCCCCUCCUCAACCCCCUUUCAAGAUUACAGAGCGUAGUAAGGGAGAACUACAUAAAAAAACCAAAACCCACCCUAUGAAAUGGAAAGAGACCUCCUGCCAGCAGAGUGCUCCUUUGAUACAGAUCACUGGCAUUUACCAGCUGUAUCGAAAAACAAUAUUUUCCCAAACCUUUUGUGCUCUUAUUUUUGCAAGUUACAGAGCGCAAGGCCACCUAAAAGCCAAAAGCGUACCAAAACAGAUGAAAACUGUCUUGGGUAUGUUUUGAUUUGUUCCUGGGGACGUUUUGUUUUGAUUUUGUGUUUGCAAAUGAUAGGCAUCCCGGUCACUGAGGAGCUCAGGGCUGCAGUGAGCCAUCACAGAUAUGUCUCCGCUGGGAGUUUUAUAUAAAGAGGGCAUUCCCCGUUGCUAGUGCUGGUUACCUUUGCAGUGUCAAGGAUCACGUCAGAGAGGUCUAUAUAAAGAACCCGAAAGCAAACAGCUAAUUGGCAAUACCAGUUGCAUUAUCAGUUUUAUCUUGGUGCCACUUUUUCAUACUGUAAAGGCGCAGUGCUGCCAUUAAUGGGAUAUAUUAAAUUUUCACUUCCGUAGUAUUAUUAUUUUGCAGUUGUGGCACUUGGAUCAUCAUGAACCUCAGUUGACUCUCUUAAAAAAAGUUGGUAUGCAUAGCUGGAAAUUAAGACUGGAAUGACAUAGUUGCUUGCCUAAUUUGGAUAAUAAUAAUAAUAAUAAUAAUAAUAAUAAUAAUAAUAAUAAUGAUGGUUUGGACUAUCACAGUUUAAUAAGCUGUGAUAUACACGUGCUUCAUCCUUGUGCAGCCACUUUUCUCUUCCCUUCUCAACACAAUUAACCCUGGAAGUCUUCACCAUAGCAUCCAUUGCAUUGGAACUGGGAAGCUAUGGUUAAGGAAAAGCCAGGAUCUUAACCCUCUGCUUAAUAUGCCUUGUAACCAUAGCCUUGUAUACAACCAAGUUUUACUCGGGAGUAGGACCAUUGAAAUUAGUAGAUCUAAUUUAGUGAGUCUUACUAAUUUCACUAGGUUUACUCUGAGUAGGACUAAUGUUGGGUGCAACCCAUAGUUUCCUUGUUCAGCUAUCAUGGGGAACUAGGGUUUAUUGAAGACUUCUGGGAUUAAUGGUGGUAUGGCCAGAGGGGAAGAAGGAAGGGGCUGCGUGCUCUGGCAGGUCCCCCUUUUUCAAGUCCUGAGGAUCAGAUGAUUGUCAAGGUUUGCAAAGUGCCUGCAUGCCCAUUUGGGGCCCAGCUAUGUCUUUACCUAACAACACCAAAAGGGUAACGUAAGACACAGUAGCAUAUUGGCAAAGCAAGAGCAAACAAUAAACAAUUAAUGCAGCUUAAUAUAUGAGCCCCUGAUAUAAUAAUAAUAAUAAUAAUAAUAAUAAUAAUAAUAAUAACAACAACAACUUUUAUUUUUAUUUAUAUCCCACCCUCUCCGGCCAAAGUCAGGCUCAGGGCGGCUAACAUCGCAUAUAUAACAUUGGUAUAAAAUCAAACAAUAAUUAAAUUACCUCCUAAAAACAGGUCAGAAUCAAAUUAAAUUCUAAUUACAUGGCUUUCUGCAGGGUUAGGGUUGGGAACAGUAAGUGCUCAACUGCCCAACUGUUUACUCUGAUCUUAUAUGGGCCUAUGAGAAUGCAACAAGGAGCUGCAGUGUGUGUGUGUGUGUGUGUGUGUGUGUGUAUGUAUGUAUGUAUGUGUGUAAGACCGCCCAAUGUGUGCACAUUCAACUCUCCCUGAAAAGAAUAUUUGAGUCACACAGCCAAUAUUUUGCUGCUGUGCAGCGUUGGCCAGCAGUUGUGAGCGAAAGGAAUUUGUUAGAGCCUUUUUCUCCCCCUUUUCCUCUUUACCAGUGAAUCGAUAUUGUUGCAACUGUUUCCCCAUGACUUAGUUUUGCAAUUUGUAGCAAUCAUUACAGCAUCAAAGGAAGUCUGUGGCUUUUAUUAGCAGAAGCCAGGAGGCACUUUUGUUAAAUGUGCUGUUUGUCACCAGCACAGCAGGGGUUUAGAAGUAGUUUCAGUUGUUUCGCUCAGGAGUCAGGACACUGGGCAUAUGUCCAGCCGAGGCAUAAAAGUGUUUUAAAUCCGGGGCAACUCCUGUUUUGGCCUAAUGUGUCCCUUAAGUUGGGUGCAAAGAGCUAGCUCUGCCUUUGUGGAAUGAAGUGGAAACCACUGAUGAUGGUGGUGGCGUCCUGUUAUAAAGAUGCUCCAUGGUGUUUGGUUGUUCUAAAAGGGACUUUUGGAGAGCCUAGGGCUUGCCGAUCAGAAGGUCGGCGGUUCGAAUCCCCGUGACAGGGUGAGCUCCCGUUGCUUGGUCCCUGCUCCUGCCAACCUAGCAGUUCAAAAGCAUGUCAAAGUGCAAGUAGAUAAAUAGGUACUGCUCUGGCAGGAAGGUAAACGGCGUUUCCGUGCACUGCUCUGGUUCACCAGAAGCGGCUUAGUCAUGCUGGCCACAUGACCCGGAAGCUGUACGCUGGCUCCCUCGGCCAGUACAGUGAGAUGAGCGCCGCAACCCCAGAGUCGUUUGCCACUGGACUUAAUGGUCAGGGGUCCCUUUACCUUUUAAGUGAGGGAAUAAAGUUGACAAGCAGUACACGAUUUCCUUCCUAGUGCAAUGCCCUAAGAUGCAUGGCGCCUUCCUCUUUGCACCAGCACGGCAUUGCACCGGUUGGGAAGAUAUACCAGGGAAGAUUGGAGUCAUAGAAUCAUACAAUUUUAGAAUUGGAAGGACCCCUGAGGGGCAUCUAGUCCAACCCCCUGCAAAGCAGGAUUCUUUUUCCCCAACACAGGGCUCAAACUCAAGACCCUGAGAUGAAGAGCUUCAGGCUCUUCUGACUGAGCUAUGUCAUUAUUCUUUUUUAAGGCAUGGGACCAUAGCUAAGUGUCAGAGCAUGUAGGUUGUAUGCAGACGGUUACAGGUUCUAAUCCUGGCAUCUCCAGUUACCAGGAUCAGGAAACGGGGAAUGUGAACAGCCUGUGUGGUCUCAGAGAACUGGCAGGCAGAGUAGGCAAAUAGGGUCACUCCUCUAUAGUAUUAGACAGCUAACUAUUCUCCUAUGGUGCAUGAAGCCAUGUUAACUUGUCAUCCAUGUGUUUUAUACUUGACGACCCCGGUGUAGACCUGUAGGACCACUAGAAUAAUCUGGGGAGGAUUUUGCUCAUGGGACUAGACCAGGGGUCAGUAAACUUACCGCACCUCGGGCCGGUGUCUCCAGCGCCAAUGGUGCAGUGGGCCGGAGGGCGGGGGAGCGCAUGCCCAUACGCGUGCGCACACACUAUUUCCGGGUCGGAGGAGCACCGGAAAUAGCUUGUGUGCAUGUGCACGGGCCUCCUCCAACCCAGAUGUGCACCGAAAAUAAUGCUUACGCAUGCGCACAAGCUAUUUCUGGUGCUCCUCCAAUCCGCAAGUUGGCAGCCGCGCAGCGCAGUGCCGGUAAGAGCGGGUGGCGGGGGUCACUGCCGGCUGGAUAAAUGAGUCCCUCUGGCCUUAUCCAACCUGCGGGCCUUAGUUUGGGGACCCUUGGACUAGACCCUACAAAAUAUUGCAGGGUGGUGACCUGGAAAUAGGAUUUUUUUUUCAUCGCCCCUACACUGCAGAGGGUCUUCAUUCUGCUUUAUGUUAAAUAGUACCCACUUGCUGCUUCAGAUGUCUUGUAAAGAUAUAUCUCUUUACCUAGGCUUUCCCUGAUGCAUAAAAUUGACUUUGGGUUUGGGGGUGGGUUUUUUCCUUUUACCGUAUUUUUCGCUCUAUAAGACGCACCAGACCACAAGACGCACCUAGUUUUUGGAGGAGGAAAACAAGAAAAAAAAUAUUCUGAAUCUCAGAAGCCAGAACAGCAAGAGGGAUCACUGCACAGUGAAAGCAGCAAUCCCUCUUGCUGUUCUGGCUUCUGGGAUAGCUGCGCAGCCUGCAUUCACUCCAUAAGACGCACACACAUUUCCCCUUACUUUUUAGGAGGGAAAAAGUGAGUCUUAUAGAGCAAAAAAUACGGUAAUUCUGGUUUACUAGUUUUUGUGUUGCAUCUCUGUUUUUAGGAUGCUGUUUUAAUUGUUUUUAUAUUAUGUAUGGUAUACUGAUUAAAAUAUUUUUAAAUAUUAAGCUUUUUAUAAAUGCUUUUAAGUAAAUAAAAUGUAAGUUUAGAUGUUAGAAAUGCAGGGCAGGAUAUCAACAUAAAAGAAGAAGAAAUUUUAGUUGAUUGAUUUUUAUUUUUUUGGAGGACAAUUUCAGUCAAUCAACCACUUACUUUGAAGUUCUUUUAAUGGCGCUGCAGUUUAAGGCAAAAAUAUUGAUUCCACAUAUUUCCGAAAUGUGCUACCAAGGUAAACAACAUGGGAGAGAUAUGAAUGUUAUUAAAGUGUAUCUUUCCCCCCACAACAGGUACAGUAAAAGUGAAAAGUUCCAGUAUUCAAGUUGGGGACCUUAUUAUUGUGGAAAAGGUACAUAUGGAUUUGUAAAGAUUUUAUACUUUUCUUACUACUUCUAGCAUGCUGGGAGGGAGAACCAGCUUAGUCUGACAUUGUACACUAUCAUUUUGUCUCUCUUUUCCUAACACUAUUAACACUGAAAAUGUACCUCUUCAGCUGAGCAUUUUCUUGACCAUUAAUACUGGUUCCUGGCCUUCCAGGUUCCUGUGAUUGAUAACUUUAACUUUGCUUCACUGGGCUGCUUUUAUUGCAAUAUUCUGUUGUUUUAGAUUGUGAACCGCCUUGACAUUUCAUUUUGAAAUGGAAGGAGGCAUAUAAAUUCUCUUAAUACAUAAACACCCUAGCUUAAAUGUUUCAAAGUCUUUAAAGUAGUAAUGCACAGCAUUAUCAUAGAAACAAGGAUAACAUUUUAAUAAAAUAUGCGGAACUGCUCUUUAUAUUUUAUAACACCCACCCACAUUGUUAACUUAAUUAAUAAUAUGGGGUUAGACCAGCAGGUGCAGCUUCCUUUAUGUGAUCAUAAUCGUGUGGAGGAUAAUAGCCAAAAAAGUGCUUUUCUUAACCACUCUGUUGCACCAGUUAAUAUAACAAGAGCCCCGCCAGGUGAGACCAAAGGCCCAGCAAGCCCACCAUUUCAGUGGCCAACAAAAGGCCUAUGGGAUGCCUAGUUUACUAAGCAGUGACUAGUAGCCAUUGAUUGUAUGCUGAACACUCAAAACCCACCUUCCAUCUCUCAAAACAGAACCAGAGGGUCCCUGCUGACAUGAUCUUCCUCAGGACGUCAGAAAAGAACGGUAAACAUCUGGAAACAAUAGUGAAAAUGAUCUUUAAUGGUGGUUUGUUGUUGUUUUUAUGGGACAAAAGAAUCGUUUUGAAAACGUAACCCAAGUGGAUACGAUUUUUAGGCUUAGCAUGUCUGCCCGAUUCAGAGGCUCCUUUUUCGAUAGCGUGGCUACUGUCCUUGUUUUAUCAUUUGUGAUUGUUCAAACCAUAGCAAUUAGUUUAUCCUGUAGGGUGUCCUGUUGCGCGAGGUCAGGCAAUGCGAGGAUAAAGGAGAUUGAUGCUGCGCACCGUCGCUCACUGGGAGCCUCAUACUGGCUUGUCUUUUGACAUGUGCCGCCAUUUAUUCAGAGUGUGAAAAAUGCAUCCUUUAAAACCGAUAGAUAGAUAGAUUAUAUAUAUUAUAUAAGCGGUCAUCCUGGGGUUCCUUCUCAUGUUUAUUUUCUUGGCCCCCAAGAAGAACUGCAAGAAAAGAAAAGACUUUAUUUUUUUAAAAAAAAAAGCUUGCAUGGUUUUGCAGACACUGGGACCCUGUCUGUGUGCAAUAAUAUUUAUCAAGCGGACAGCUGCCGGUAGCAGUGUUUAUUCAAGUGCAGUCAUAUUACAGUCUUGGUGGCCGCGGUCAAAUUGUUUGUGGGUCAUACGGAGACAAUGACCCAGAUCAAAAGUGCAGUGGGGAGGCACACAUGGAGCCACCCCAAGCACUGGAGCAAUUGGGUUGAUAGGCUUGCAGCCAUGCCAAAGAAAGAGAGAGAUGAUGAAUAGGAAAGCCUCUGCUCACAUCACACCCCUAGUGGGAUACUGGCUUGGACGAAUUAUGCCUAGUAGUUUUGCUUCCAUUUAGUGUGGAUGGGGCCAGUGUGGAUGGUCAGAGCUAAUAGACUUCAGACAAGUAAAUAGGGUCCUUCCCUCCAUGCUUAACACCAGCCUUCUCCAAACUGGUUCCCUCCAAAAAAUUUGAACUACAGACUCAGCUACAUUAGUCAAUUUAUAACGUUAUAAAUGCAUUAUAACAAUGUGACACCAGGUGGUGCCGUGGAGCUGAAAUCCGAAGUCAAUGAUAAUUUCCAUUGUGAGCUUUUAUAACUUUUUAAAAAUAACUUUUUAAAAUAGCUGUGUAGAUCCAGCCUACAACACCUAUCAGCCCCAGACAACAUAGCACAAGUCACCCUGUUCUAGGCUGCUGUGCUAAGCUCUUGAAUCUGUGCAGCACAUGCAAAUCAAGCAAAUUACGUGGUUUUUGCUUAAUUUGCACUAGGAAUGUGCCCGGCAUUGCUUGGGAAUUCUAAGAAACAUUUUUGAAGCCUGCUUCUUGAUCUCGGGAGUCGUCAUUCAAAAUCUGAUUGCUAUACAUUUUGACACCUGAUAAGAUGUUGUAAUAAGACAAACAACUUUUCAUAAUGUGUAGAUUUAAUCAAAUUAAAUCUUGUCUGCAAAUCAUGGAGGAGGAGGAAGGGGCAAUGAAGGAUUCUGGCUCAUGGUUCUGUUUUGUUAUAAGAACCAAUGGCAUGCCACAUGAAACAAGAUGGUGUAUCCUUCUGGUGUGGUGCUAUUCAGUAAGAGUGUUUAAACUGCACAGAAAGCUCUCAUACCAGUUCAGUCUAUUUGUCCAUCUAGCAGUAGCUCUUAUGAAUCUUAGGGAGAGGUCUUUUGUCCUCACAAGCUCUCUGAUCCAUCUUACUGGGUAUGCCAGGAAUUGAACACAACCAGAUGAAGGUUUCAUUUCUGGAAUACAAUGGUACCUCGGUUUACAAAUUUAAUCCAUUCUGGAAGUCCGCUCUUAAACUGAAACCAUUCUUAAACCAAGGUGCACUUUCCCUAAUGAGGCCUCCCACUGCCAAUGCCCUUCCACCGUUUGGAUUCUGUUCUUAGACCGAGGUAAAGUUCGCAAACCGGGACACUACUUCUGGUUUUGCAGAGUUCAUAAACCGAAUCGUUCGUAAACAGGACUGUUCUUAAACCGAGGUACCGCUGUAUCUUUAUAAUGCAGAGUUGGUCUGUCAGCAGGCCUGGUGCCUGAGGCCAGCUCCAAGGUCUACUGGAACACUCUCUCCCUAAAUAUGUAGCUGCCUUGGAGAUGCAGUUUGAAGAGCAACCACCAAAGCUCCAUUAACACAGAUUUAAAACCCACAGGGUCCUGCUUUCUACGUACGGAUCAGCUGGAUGGUGAAACAGACUGGAAGUUGCGCCUGCCUGUUAGCUGCACUCAGAGGCUGCCCACUGCUUCUGUACGUAAAGUUUUCUAAUUUGUCGUUUUUAACCAUUGCCCUCUAAAAUGCAGCCAUAAUUUUUAAAAAACCAGGGACACAGUUCACAGUAGCAUGUAUUUUCCUGCAGCUCCAAUGAGAUUGAUGGCAUCUGUAAAAAACAAAGUAUGUUGAAGCAUUCUCUAACCAUGAUAGUCAAUUAGAUGGAAAGUUGGUGUACAUAUUUCACUAAUUUAAAAGAAGUUUCCUCUUCAUCUGCCCUCUCCUGCUUCCCCCUCCUCAGAAGCACCUGUCAUUUAUUUGAAAAAGAGGACUUACUUUAAACAGCAAUGUUUUUAACUCGUCGUUGUAACAACUCAUUUUUAUCCUUCUCCAUAGGACCUUCUCCAGAUCCGAUCAUACGUGUAUGCAGAGGAGCCUAACAUUGACAUCCACAACUUUGUUGGCACUUUCACUAGAGUAAGUGGUUGCUGUUGGGCAAGAAAUCUAAAAACCUCUUAAGAACCCUGGGGUAGUGGAGACAACCUCCAGAUUAUUUCAAAAGAGGUUGGAGAUGUUCAGUGUGUUGGGAGGAUCAUAAAACAUGACUUGCAGAAGUGCCUUGCGCUUUCUGGGACAAAUAAGUUGCUGUUCUUCUGUAACAAAACAUUGCAGUGCAGAGUGCUGCUGCUCAGGGAGCCAGCCAGCCAUUCAUUCCCUUUCUAAGGUAUUCCAUUCCAUUGCUCGUCUCCUUAGUUUUCCACCUCCCACAAUCAUGUUCAGGUCUCAUUAAGCUAUUCCCUCCCACCCCAAUCACACACCACACUUGGGGUUCCACCCAAACUUUUUUUCUGACUUGCAUUUCCCCAAGCUUGUAGAUACCUCCCCCAUGUGUCGAUAGAGCUAUUUUGACCUAUUUUUGGUGACUCUUUCAGGAGGACAGUGACCCUCCAGUGAACGAGAGCUUAAGCAUCGAAAACACCCUGUGGGCCAGCACAGUGAUUGCUUCAGGUAAGGCCAGAGUAAAUGUUGAAUGUCUCUGGGAGUAUGUUAGCAAUUUUUUAAAACUCCCUUUGCAAUUUAAAUAAUCAUCUCUUGUCAGUGGGAAUUAGUGGCUGGGAUGAAGUUCCCCACUUGUCCUAACACCUCUAGGGACUUUGAGCUGACGUCUAAUUACCCCUCGAACAUUUAUAGAUGAGAAAGCCUUUGGAAUUCCAAUAACCUUUGGGCAAAGCAUCCCCUGCUUGAAUAACACUUAAUUGCUCUCAAUAUUGACAUUUGAAAUCUGUAACAGAAAGGGUGUCAAAGAGAUUUUAAAUGGAAGCUAGGGUAAAAGAUCUCCAAAUAAAGGCUACCCCCUGGUUUGUAGCUCUGUAAGAGAGCAUCUUGUAAAAGCAAGACCAGAUGUGUUAUGCGUUAAGGGCAGGGAGUGGAAGAGCUCAUUAAUAUAUGGAAGAGCCUAAUAUCUAAUAUCCUCCAUGGAACCACAACUCCCAUUAGACCCAGCCAACGUGACCAAUGGUUGGAGCUGAUUGGAACUGUAGGAGAAGGGCAUAUGUACCCUUACUUUGCUCUAGUAAAUGCAUUUCAAUAAAGAGCUAUUUUUUUUAUUCCUGCUAGUGCAGCUUGUGCAUCUCUCCCUUAGAAAGCUUUGUGUUUAGUUGAGGCAUUAAAAGGUGCAUCUGAUUUGAUGUCAGUUUGGUACUUGCUGUCAAGGUCUGACAGCACUCAAGUGCUGGUAUAAUUUUGGACACUCAGCAGUGUUCAAGGGGAGAAAUCCCAUGGUGUGAAGUUGAACCUGAGCCCAAUGCUCAGUGCCAUGCAAUGCAGGAAUCUCAGCUAAAGCAUCCAUGAUAGAUGGCCAUCUAAUUUCUGCUUAAAAACCUCCAAUGAAGGAGAGACCACAACCUCCUGAAGGAGUACAUUUCCACGUGUCCACUUUCCGUUUUUUAAACAACUAUUUCCUUUCCAAUUGGGAUCAAUCUGGAAUCUGAAUCUUUUUGUUUCCUCAGGAACGGUUGUGGGAGUUGUUCUAUACACAGGGCGGGAGCUGCGUAGUGUCAUGAACACUUCAAAUCCACGGAGUAAGGUAAGGAGAGAUUUCUUGGUCCGCUCUACUUAUUCUCAUCUAGCAGACCCAGGUUUCCCAGCUUUGACCAGUCCUGACUUGCAGGAUUUGUACUUGUAUAAUGGGUGUGUUUGUCACCUAAGUGAGCUGUACCCCUAAAAAUGCAGUGUGCGAGCUGACAUUUCUUGAUGGGGUGGCUUUGCACAUUAUGGCUCCCACAUGGCAACCAACCCAAACAGCUUCUUGGGUCUUCGAUAUUAAGGGCAUUGUAGCCUUCAGGCGCUUGGCCUGAACAUGGAAGGGCCAAGAUAUGUAAAGGAAAAUAAGGACCAAGCCCUGCUCUACUCCCCAUGUUUGUGUGGAGAACCGACGCAAGCUUGUAAGUGCUUUUGCCUGAAUUACAACCCUCCUCAUGAACAGGCCCCAAAUACUUGGAAGACCACCUUCUUCCUGAUAGACCCUCUUGGGUGCUAAGAGUAGCAGAGGGGGCUCUCUUGGUCAUUCACCGCUCUCAGAAGCCCUGGGGGUGGAGGCCUGGGAAGGGCAUUCUGGUAGCAGCCCCUAAGUUGUGGAGCUCCCUCCCCACAGAGGUGUGUCUGGCACCUUCAUUGUACAGCUUUUGACAAAUGCUGAAGAUUCACCUCUUUACCAUGUCUUUUGACGUUUGAGAUGUUUAGUUUUUAGGAUCUACCUUAUUUCUGUGAUUGUAAGUUGUUUUCAGUGUUGGGUUUAAAUUGCCUUUACCUACCCUGGGAACUUAGGGCGAAGAACCCGGUUGUUGUAGUACUAGUAGUUGUUGUUCAGAGUUCCCAGUCGCAAGGAGGUUUGUGAGUGCGUUCAAGCCAACAUACUUAGAAACCCUCUUCAGAGAGGGAUGAGUCCAAGUUCCUUAUGAGACGGGGAGGGGAAACUACGCAAUAUCUACUUUCUCCACACCUCAGGGUGUGACUUUGCUCAGCAUGGACUACUGAGAGUGAAUAAUAGCCCAUCACUGUUGUGUGUUGCAAGAAAUAUCUUUGUUGCUGUUCUCCUCCUCAGAUUGGCCUCUUCGAUCUGGAAGUGAACUGCCUCACCAAGAUUCUCUUUGGGGCCUUGGUGGUGGUCUCUCUUGUCAUGGUCGCCCUUCAGCACUUCGCUGGCCGCUGGUACCUUCAGAUCAUCAGAUUUCUUCUUCUCUUCUCAAAUAUAAUUCCUAUUAGGUAUGAUAUUCUCCCCUCCCAUUACUUUCGUUGUGUUAUUCAUAGCUUCUUAUUUGCUUGGCCCUUACUUGAACUAUACCAUAAAUAGCAAGCUGAGCCCGCUCCCUUAUUCUGAGCACCAUUAAAGCUGCGUUUCAGGAAAAAGCUGCUUUUAGAACUAACGCUAAAGAGUAGGAUUCCACAUGUAAUGCACCUUUGGCCCAGUUCAGACAUCAUAACAAACCAUGGUUUGUUACACAGAUGAGGCAGCAUGAGCUCAGGCAUGUGUGCAUUGUCCUGCCCUUGUGCGCAAAAUGAUAUUUUAAAGCUUCCAUAUUUGGUAAUAAACCAAACCAGGCCUGGAUGGAAAAACACAUGGUGGUUUGCUGCUAACGAGUUAUUGGGUGCUUUACAUUUCCACUUGCACACAAAGUGGCAAAGCACGGUUUACAGUGUCUGUACCGGGCCUAGGAGUGGAAUUCUGAGAGUUUGAGCCUUCAGAUAAAACAGUUUCAUGAAUCAUGAAACUCACGUGAAACACUGCAUGCUGAUUUCAUAUGUACAAGGGAUGUUUUAUGUGGGGGAAGUUGACCGACAUACUCAAUCCAUGGGGCCACAGAGGAACUUGGGGGGAGGGGUUGAUUUCAAUCAGAAAAACUGUACAGGAAUUGUUCCUCAGUUGUUUUCCCUGCUGAAUUUUUCACCUCUCUACAGUUUACGUGUCAACCUUGACAUGGGGAAAAUAGUUUACAGCUGGAUGAUCCGGAAGGAUUCUAAAAUUCCUGGCACUGUAGUCCGAUCUAGCACAAUCCCAGAGCAACUUGGAAGAAUAUCCUAUUUACUUACAGAUAAAACAGGUAUGUUAGAGAGAGACCUGGUUUUUAUUUAUUAAUAUUAUUCUUAUUUUAUUUUCACUACUCUGGGAAACUUUUCCCCCCCAAGGGCAGGAUACAAACCUUUUUAAAAAAAUGAAUACAGUCUUUGCAGGGAAAGAAGUCAUAAUGUACAUCUUGCAUAGCUAAAGGUUAUUGUUAGAGGCAAAUGAAAUGAUAAGUAACAAUAGGAAAGGAGACUCUUGUAAUGGUGUGCUGGUUUAUUUUAUUAUUACAGUUGUACCCCAAGGGCUCAAGGUGGUAUACAGGGUCCUCCCUACUUUCCACAUUAUCCUCACACCAACCCUAUGAGGUAGGCUAGGCUGAGAGGCAGUGACUGGCCCAUGGUCACCCAGUGAGCUUUGCACUUGAGAGGGGAUUUGAACUCUCGUCCUAGCCUGAAAAUCUAAGCACUAUGCCAUGCUGCCUCUCAAAGUGGUUGUGUGGGUAUAUGUGUAGCUGAUGAAAAUGCAAGAUUGUAAGAGCAAUUGUGUGGGAGCUUGAUUUAUGUUUUAAGGUAGGGGUGUGUGUGUGUGUGUGUGUGUGUGUGUGUGUGUGUGAAUAAAGACUUCUUUUAAUUUUUAGAAUUGCAGACUGAUAGAAGAUUAUUGAUACAUACAGUCAUACCUCGGGUUGUGAACGUGAUCUGUGCGGGAGGCACGUUCGCAACCCGCUGCGCCGUGUCUGCGCACACACGUGAUGCGAUCCGGGGCUUCUGCGCAUGUGCAAAGCACGAGUUAGUGCUUCUGUGCAUGCGCGAGUGCUGAAACCCAGAAGUAACCCGUUCCGGUACUUCCGGGUUCAGCACGGUCCGUAACCCGAAAACACAAAACCCGCAGCGUUCGCAACCCGAACGCUGCACAUGGCUAUUUGUGCUGUAUUAUCUGUGUUUAGAUUUUAUUUUAUUCAUAAAUGGUUUAGAAUAUGUUUAUGAUAUAUUUACAUACCUGGGUUGUUGUAGUUGUUAGAUCUGUUGCUUGUAAGUGGUCUGUAAAUGUCUCAAAUUAGUAAAAUAAGUAAAUAAAAAUGAAAGGAGGGUGGCCUUUCUCUUCUUCAUAAAUUCGAUAGCAUGGGUAUGUGUGUGAGAGAGAGAAACAGCCAUUUCCACCUUUUUGCACUUACUUGGGUCUUGACUUUAUAAUUCUGCACUUGUUCCAGGGACCCUGACUCAGAAUGAGAUGGUUUUCAAACGCCUUCAUCUCGGAACAGUUGCUUAUGGACUAGACUCCAUGGAUGAAGUUCAGAGCCAUAUAUUUAGUAUAUAUACACAGGUGAGCUCCGCACAAUGUCAGAAUAAAAAUGGCAACCCAUAUUCUUCAUGUAGUUAACCCAGAUUUUCCCUUUUCAUUGAGAAUUCAGUAAGUUGUUGUUGUUGUUGUUGUUGUUGAAUAGUUGAAUAGUUGUGGUCUCACCUUCGCACAAUAAUUGAAAGCAUGAAAAGUAGAUGUGCAGGUCCCUUUCCCCUUCUGUCCAUGCUUUCAUGGUACUGAGCAAGGCAGUAUUCAGGCAGCUCAAUGUAUCAAACUGUAUUCAAAACCCAACUUUAACUAAUACAGCUUUAUUUAAGAAUGAGGAAAGCAGCCCCUAACCACAUUAAAGAGAGCUUCCAAGCAAGUAUAAGUUUAAAUAUAAUUAAAAGGUUAGAUUCUUUGGUAAUUGGAAGCAUUUGCUGGCCAUGAUUCAUUUAAACUGUAGUUCUGAUUCAUUGCUCUAAUUAUUGUUACCAUGCUAUGCCCUUUGACCUGGAAGUGAAACUUCUGUCCUCUUGACACAAGAGGUUAACAGAGCAGGAAACUGGAUGACUAUAUGUUCCCCCUGUGGCCAGCAUAAUUUAGUAAUUGUAAAAUUACCUGGAAGGUCCGAUGCAGACUCUAAAAAUAGUAUUAAAAAUCAAAACGAUCAGCUUUCUACCUACCUCUAUGCUGACCCAUCUGUUUUUUCUUUUUCGGUUGGCUGUGUGUUUACGAACAUAAAACCCUGUUCAUUUCAAAUUAUCCGUCUCUCGCUGAGGAAAGGGAUUUCACUGAAAAGACCUUUAUGGGGCUGAGUUUUAGAGGCCAAACUGGUGGCGGGAUCUUUAAGAAACCUACUUUUCCUGACCAACUAGGAAAACUUAGGUACAGUUGUCUCACGUCAGGAAUCUCCUUUAUUGCUACAAACUGGAGUGGGCAGAAGGCAAACUGGGAUCUAAUGGUCAAUCUUUAGGUGAUUUGCAGAUUGGUAGGAAUAUCUGACUCCCAUUUUUUAAUUGUUUAAUAAUAGCAAUAAGAAAAAGAGGGUCUUCCGCCCCGCAAAAACUAGACUCAGAGUUUGUGACGUAGGUUGCCUUUGAAUUGUUGACUUUCUAUUACCUCUCUCUCCAAGUUGGAAACUAAGAGUCUUUAAUUUCAAUAGGUCUUCUCUGAGUAGAAUGUAACUGAAUACCACCUUUCAAUGACACAAGGGCAAAUUGUAUUUAUUCCAUAGAAUUUUAUACACUGCUUGAUUUAAAAAAACAACAGAAAACCCUCAAAGCAGUUUACAAAAGAAAAACAACAUGAAAAUCAUGAAAAAUUCACAGCCAUACUUUAAAACAUACAAAAGACAAAAUACUAAAACAUUAAAAUUACCUCUUUGUAUGGCAAAGGUGAUGCCUGGAUUUGCCCUAAAUUAGGCUGCUGAAGGAAAGUUUAUGAGAAGACCUGAAGUGCAUUUUUAUGCAAUGAGGACUGUGGGCUCGGUUCUGAUACUGGGAAGACGCUCCUGGGCUAAGCACAUACUCAGAGGCACCCUCUUCCCUAGUUCUAGCCUCUCCUGCCCCACGUACCUCCAAGCAGCUAUUUGUACCUGGCUCCAGUAGGUGGGCUUCAGGAGUCUAGUAAGUCACUUGGGGACUCUUGUGUACCAAGCAGCUAAUACAAGAAAUAAACAAUAAUAAUCCAUAACAGUGGCAAGAAAACAGAGUUCCCACAAGUCUGCUUCCUUUCCAGAUUCAGGUAAAAGUUUCACAAUAGGUUUCAUUGGCAUGGAAGCAUUUAAAAAUAUUCACUUGAUACUGAUUUUGAGAGUCCAUUGUGUUUUGGAGGAGAGGGCACUGGUUUUGGAUAUAGAUCUGAAUUCAAAUCCUGGUUUGGAAUCCCCAUUGAGCUGUAGAGGGUUUGCUCAACUUGGUCACUUUCAGCCUUAGUUCCCUGUCUUUCAGUGACUCAUGAGCAGGCCUGAUGAGGCAAGGUGAAGCACACAAGCUCUUGUGAGGGCUUCUAGACUGCAGAGAAUGCGGAAUAUGUGGCCUGCCACAUGUUGUUGAACUUCAGCUUCCAUCAUUCUGGAGCAAUGGCCUUAACCACAUGCCAUUGAUGUCAGUUGUCAGCGUCUUGCCAGUCCCUGACACCAGGUCCUGGCUUGCAGUGGCCGUGGUGACCUAUUUUUGCAUUCUUCAGCAUAUUUUUUGCAACCAAAUUUGUAUUUGCUCAUCAAGGAUCUCAGCCUGUAUUCCUAGGCUUCCCACCCUUCCCCUGUGCAAAUGGCGAGUAUUAAUGAAAGCCAGGUCUUUUUUUCCUAGCUAAUAUAAUUGUGCUUUAUCCUCUUUUCUUAGCAGUCUCAGGAGCCACCUGCUUUAAAAGGCCCCACCCUGGCUACCAAGGUACGGAAAACCCUGAGCAGCAGAGUCCAUGAGGCAGUGAAAGCGAUCGCCCUCUGCCACAAUGUGACUCCUGUCUAUGAAUCGAAUGGUGUGACGGAUCAGGCUGAAGCUGAGCGGCACUAUGAAGAUUCUUGCAGGGUGUACCAAGCUGCUAGUCCUGAUGAGGUAAAUUGUGCCUUGGAAACGAUGGUUUGACUUCCUGUAAACUGUUUGUUGAAAUGCAGCUAUUGAUAUAUUGCUAGUCAGUAUCUGUGCACAGCUGUUAAAUUUCAGACAGCAUCAGGGAUGGAAGAUUUGAUGGUAUUUAGAAGAAUAAUAAGGUAAAGGUAAAGGGACCCCUGACCUUUAGCCCAGUCAUGGCCGACUCUGGAGUUGCGGCGCUCAUCUCGCUUUAUUGGCUGAAGGAGCCGGCAUUUGUCCACAGAAAGCUUCCGGGUCAUGUGGCCAGCAUGACUAAGCCACUUCUGGCGAACCAGAGCAGCGUACGGAAACACCAUUUACCUUCCCGCCAGAGCGGUACCUAUUUAUCUACUUGCACUUUGAUGUGCUUUCAAACUGCUAAGUUGGCAGGAGCAGGGACCGAGCAACAGGAGCUCACCCCGCCACGGGGAUUCGAACCACCAGCCUUCUGAUUGGCAAGUCCUAGGCUCUGUGGUUUAACCCACAGCUCCACCUGCGUCUUCUUUAGAAGAAUACAAUUUAUCUAACCCUAUAGAAAAAGGAGCUUCUAGUCUAUACCAUCAGUCCUGCCCAGACUGCCUUGCCAUUGUUUAGAAAAUGCACAAAUGACAAUUACAAAAUAAACAAAAUGUACAAGAAGCUCAUUUCCUUUUAAAAGCAAAUUCUAAAUGGGUGAUUUUUAUGUCUCAUACUUUGCCCUUCCUCUUAUGAAGGCUCAAGGACCCCAAAAUGGAACAUUAAAAGCAAAAGUAGAGCUGUGGAAUGAAGCAAACAAUACAGUAAUAAUCCACAUUAGAUUAUGGUAUACAAAAUUCGUCACUCCUGUCGUGCUCCAACGCCCUGCCACAAUAAAUAGGUCGUAAGCAGGUCAGGAGGGGCAGCGGGUGGUGCUGUGGGUAAAACCUCAGUGCCUAGGACUUGCCGAUCGUAUGGUCGGCGGUUCGAAUCCCCGCAACGGGGUGAGCUCCCGUCGUUCGGUCCCAGCUCCUGCCCACCUAGCAGUUCGAAAGCACUCCAAAGUGCAAGUAGAUAAAUAGGGACCGCUUUCUAGCGGGAAGGUAAACGGCGUUUCCGUGUGCUGCGCUGGUGCUGGCUCGCCAGCUGCAGCUUCGUCACGCUGGCCACGUGACCCGGAAGUGUCUUCGGAUGGCGCCGGCUCACGGCCUCUAGAGCGAGAUGAGCACGCAACCCUAGAGUCGGACACGACUGGCCCGUACGGGCAGGGGUACCUUUACCUUUACCUUUAAGCAGGUCAGGACAAAUAAAUAAGACAUUAUUGAGCAUUGUGUGGGGGACAAAUCUGAUAUCUUUAAAGGGAAGGAUGAUAAGAAUCUGGCUCAGUUUUGAGGGGGGAUGCAAUUGGCACAGCAAGCGUUAAGCAAUAUGAAAUACACAUAUCAUUUACACUGUCUCAGCUCUGCAACAGAUGGUUGCUGAGUAAGAGCUGGACGCUUCCAGGAACCUUCAAAUACAAGAUACUAUGAAGCAGCAAUUCCCUAAGGGUGACUCCCCGAAAAGCCUCUUUAAUAGGCGUCCAAACUCUGCCUUUGAAAUCCUAUAGCAAUAAAAGAUUGUUAAGGCAGGAAGGUCAGUUUACCCUCCGAAUCGGAACAAAACCUUGGAGGUGUUUUCCUCCCCCCCACCUCCACCAAACUUUUGAACAGCAAGGGUAAUUUCUACCAGUUGGCACAGAAUUCAUUUCCUGAAACACAAAGCAGGAUUUCCUAGAUUUGUUUCCUGUAUGCAUUCCUGGGCAGAGACUCCUGAAAGCAUCUUUAUUGAGAGAUCAGUUACAGCCUCUGGGGCUCUGUGCUCCUGUCAGGUUGAGGCCAUACAGUAACAGAGAGGGGAAAUGUAAUAGGUAGAAUCAGAUCAGAGAUAACUCGCCCGGGAGGAAUCCUGGCAAUCUGGCCUUUAACCCUGACGACACUUCGCUGCGCUCGAGGAUGUGAAAGAAUGUGCAGAUCAGAUGUGUUGCCAACAGCGGCAGUCCCUGGGACCAGGCAGCCCAGUAGAAGCGUGGGGCAGCGACUAAUGACAAACAGGGGUCCAUUUCUCUCUCUCUCUGAUUCUGAAGUGAUUUUAAUAGCCUUUUAUUUUUUGGUUUGACGCAAUUCAGUGAACGGAAAGCGUUAACGCUCAGUCGGAUGAGCUGGGGAGUUGCGGAAGGCUGAAAAUUCGUAGAGAGCAGUAAUUCAUAAAGCGUAGUAACGAUCCACUUUUGCCCACCGAAGUCCUACUCAGAGUUGACCCAUUGAUCUCAAUGAAUGAAUGUAUGUUUAUUAUGAACGGCCAAGCAGCCAGCAUACUAAGAAAUCAAUGUUAUGGAGUUUGCAGGGCCCAUUAAUUUGAAUGGGUCUACUCUGAGUAGGACUAGGAUUGAAUGAAACCCAAUAUUGUUUCAUGCUCAUUGUUUCCCUGGGUGGAAACUCUGGGACGGUUUUAUAGGAUCAUGGUCUCUGUCCUUGUCUGCCCCCCCUUACCUUGUCCCCCCAUAGAUUGUUUACAAAUAUGCAGGUUGAGUGGGCAGGCAAGCAAGUCCCUUUAAACUGGAAGAGUUAGCUCUUCAGCAGCAGCAUUUUUCAGAAACAGGACCACAAUGGUACCUCGGGUUACAGACGCUUCAGGUUACAGAUGCUUCAGGUUACAGACUCCACUAACCCAGAAAUAGUACCUCAGGUAAAGAACUUUGCUUCAGGAUGAACACAGAAAUCGAGUGGCGGCAGCAGGAGGCCCCAUUAGCUAAAGUGGUACCUCAGAACAGUUUCAGGUUAAGAACGGACCUCCGGAACGGAUUAAGUUCUUAACCCAAGGUACCACUGCACUUCCAAAACUGCUUCAGCUCCAAAUUCCCAGAAGUUUCUCUUUUCUAGGGUAAGUGCCACUCUUUUUCCCAGCUCAAAGUCCAAAAUCUUCCUUUUAGCUCCCACGUAGGCCGGUGGGUGUAACAUUCCUAGCUAAGAGUAGUAAAUAUUGCAUAAUACGGUAGAAUGUUUGGAGCGUUUAGUAUUUGUAAAGCAACCUGGUGAGGUUUUUAUUCCUAUAUUUCUGUUUGAGGGCAAAGGCUCCGAUGUUGGCUUUCAAGCGCUGCUCGUACCUCAUUCUCAUAACCGCUAUGUGUCUUCUAUUUGCCUCUUGUGAAAGUAAAUGAAUUUGAAUUGCUUUGUUUUUGUGAAGUCUGCAGCAGAUAUUCCUCUUGGGUGUGAAAGCAAAUUUGUGGUGGAGUGUGUUUGUUGCACAAAAGUUGCACAUUGGUAUGAAUUGCACAACCUGGAUUUGCUGCUGUGCGAUUGAAUCGCAACCCAAAAUAGCAACAAUAUGGAAGCGCCUAGAUUGUGGGUCCUUAUGUUGCAAAAAUGGCACCAGUCACCCACUGGAGAAAGGGGGGUGGGAACCGGCCUCUCCAGCUAUUGACGGACUACAAAUCACAUCAUCCUUGAUCAUUGCCCAUGUUGGCUGGGGCUGAUGGGAGUUGUAGUCCAGCAACAAUUGGAGGGCCACAGGUUUCCCACAUCUGCAGAAGGAGGAAGUAUCGGCAGGCUUAGGAAAGCCCCAAGGUUUGCAGAAGUGCACAUAAAAUAUAAUAAAAUAAAAUAAGGCUGUUUUGCAAUUGUGCCACCUUAUGAGGACCAAGUAUGCUCAGUGGGAUUGGAAAAUAGGAAACAUAUUGUGGGAGGGCAGAUGGAAUGGAGUUUCCAGGAAGACUCCAUGGGUGACUGGCUGAACCCUGACCAGGAACACUUCCUGCUGCAACAUUUUGGUUGCAGUUCCUGCUUGGAGUUUAAAACUGGAACGUGAAAUUUGAAGAGAGAGGAACAGAGGUCAGAGAAAAGCAUCUGAUUAGUGUUACUUAUUAAGCUUUAAUGAUCAGAUGUCUGGGAUAACUGUCUUAUCUGGAGGGUUAUGAAGACAAUGAGCAAUAGAACAACCUGUAAGAAAGCUCUUUAAUGCUACAUGCUUGCAUUGUAGAAGGUUUGGGGAAAGAUAGGCAGAACAAAGACAAGGACUUGUUAUCGUCAAACAAUUUCUAGAGAUUGUUAGGGCACACAAUAAAUUAUCCAUAUUAGAAACAUGGAAUUGUAGAGUUGGAAGGGACCAUGAGGGUCAUCUAGUCCAACCCCCUGCAAUGCAGGAUUUAUUUAUUUUUAUCCAAUGUGGGGCUCGUACCAAUGACCAAGAUAUUAACAGUCUCAUGCUCUACCAACAGAGCUAUCUCAAAUAGCAUAACGCUGUAUUUUAAAAAUGGGGUUUGGGAUCAUUAAUCUAUUUAUUCCUGAAUACCCCAGUAAUCAAAACUGGUGAGAUUUUAUUAUUCUGGGCAAAUAGUUACGUACUGUCUAUUUAAAGCAGUACCAUACUACUUUAAACAGCUGUAGCUUCCCCCCAAAGACCCCUGGGAACUGUAGUUUGUUAAUGGUGCUGAAGUUCCCUAUUCACCAAAAGGUCCCAGAAAGAAUAUUCGAUUUAUGCAAUCCUGUCCAAGAAUGCAUGUCAGCUGUUGAGUAAGGGCAGGAGAGGCUUGUGCCCUCUACAGAGGUCUCUUAGUUGUGUCUCUUUCUCAUAGGAUAUAUACCUGGUCUGAUCACUGUCUUCCUUUUGGCAAGCUUAUUGGGUUGUUGUUUUUAUUUUGAUUAUUUUGACGCUCUGUCACAAGAGACUAGGGCCCUGCGGGACUUGACAUCUUUCCACAGGGUUCCACCUGGCCUUUGGUUUGGACUCGGUCUGACCCUUAUGUUUUCCCUCCCCUUAUGGUCUUGAUUUAUCAGCUAUUUUAAAAUGAGGCUGCAUUUUAACCUGUAUUUUAAAUUGUCCCCCCCUCUCUUUUUCCCUUAUUAUGUUUUUACUGUGAUUUUAUUAGUGUUAGCCAUCCUGAGCCUCGCUCUGGCUGGGGAGGGUGGGGUAUAAAUAAAAGUUAUUAUUAUUAUUAUUAUUUAUUAUUAUUAUUAUUAUUAUUAUUAUUUAUUAUUAUUAUUAGAGAGAGAGUUGUUUUUAUGUUUAUCUUUUCUGUGAUAAACCUGGUAUAGGGCACUAUAUAAAUUCUAUAAUAAUAAUAAGUAAAGUAAUAAUAAUAAUACUUUUAAGCUGGGAAGGGCUGAAGUUUAGUGAUGAAGCAUCAGUUUUUCAGAUUCCUGAAACCCUGUAGAGCCUCUGCCAGUCAGUGUAGGCAAAACUGGGCUGGGUGACCUAGUGAUCCAACUCAGUACAGUGGUACCUUGGGUUACGAACUUAAUUCAUUCUGGAGGUCCAUUCUUAACCCGAAACCAUUCUUAACCUGAGGCGCACUUUCGCUAAUGGGGCCUUCUGCUGCCACUGCACCACCGGUGCACGAUUUCAGUUCUCAGCCUGGGGCAAAGUUUGCAACCCGAGGUACUACUUCUGGGUUAGCAGAGUCUGUAACCUGAAGCGUUUGUAACCUGAGGUGUUUGUAACUCGAGGUACCACUGUAUAUGAUCCUAACAGCAGCUCAUUGCUAAUAAGCUCCUAAUGUUCUUCAGUGGCUUCUUAAUGCCAGCUGCAUAAUUAUGAGCUUCCUUGAGUGCCCUCAGCAUAAAAAGGUAGGAUCCAGAUUGUUUUAAUAUAUGAAUGAAUUUAAAGGUAGGAUCCAUUUUUUUUCAAUUUGAAAAUGACAUUCCACCCCGUCCAUUUAAGGGACGAAGGAAUAUUCCUGACCUCGGAACCACGUGCACUGGUGGUUUUGAUUUCCCAGCUAUGCUUAGAAAUCCCAGCACUAGCAAAAUUGAGAUUUUUAACCUCAUUUGUGCCAGUGAAGACAUGCAAGCACUGCUGCGGUCCAUGCAUUUUUUCCCUGAAUUUUUAGCAGCAGCAGCAACAACAACAACAACAGAUGACUCCAGUGGGGGAAAUGUACAGUUAUCAAUUGAGUAACUUCCUCUCCCAUCGCUCUCCUGUUCCAUAUGCAUCACUCUCUAAGCUUAGCAGUCUACCUGACCUUUGACCUUUCUUGUGUUUAGGUGGCCCUGGUGCAGUGGACAGAAAGCAUAGGCUUAACACUGGUGGGCAGAGAUCAGUCUUCUGUGCAGCUGAGGACUCCUGGCGGCCACAUCUUAAACUACACCAUCCUCCAGAUUUUCCCCUUCACGUACGAAAGCAAACGGAUGGGGAUCAUUGUUCGGGUAAGUUGUACAAAAUGGUAGCAAAAACCGCCAUAAGCAAAAUAAAAGCCGUAGGUUAUCACGGAAGACUCAAGAUUUUAUCAGCUCUCCCUCGGCUGAGAUUUGAUAUUUUUUUUAAAGCUGCUUGAUUCACAACCACAGAUCUGCAAGACCACAUUAGUACUGGGUUUUGCUUUCAAGCACUGGGUUUUGAAAUAAGGUCAAGCACUCUACAUUACAACCACAGCAGAAGUUCAAGUGCUUGUCAGCCAAGAGGGUGGAGUUAAAUGCCGUGCUUUCUGUGGAUUCCACUCUUUGCUUGUCACCAACAAAUAACGAUAAAGGCUAUGAGUUGUGGUGCAUUCUUGUUUCCUAUAGACAUCAAGUUGACGACUUGCUGUUGCAUUUGGGGAAAAGGGGCAUAUACAUUUGCAAAGGCAGGUAACUUUGACCUUGAGGGAUGACACUCUCAGAUAGUUCAAUCCCUGUAAUGUGAUACCUUUUCUUAUCUUACAAAUUUCGAAUAAGUUGCUCCAAGUAGUAACUACUGUUACUGUGUGGCGUAGUGGUUAAAAAUGUUGGUUUGGGACCAGAUUUCCCCCCUUUCCCAGCCAUGAAAGCUGCUGGGUGACGCUGGGCCAGCCACUCUUUCUUAGACCAGCCAACUUCACAGGGCGAUCGGGAGAAUAACAUGAUGGGUGGGGAGAGUUGUGAGUUUUUCUAGGCCUGACAACAACCCUGCAAGGUGUCUGCAAUUGCAUUUGAGGGGGUGGGGAUGAAACUGAGAAAUAACGAUUUGCUUAAGGCAACUUAGUGAGGUCAAGGCAGGGGUAAGGUUUAAACCAGGAAUUUACCAUUGGCCACGGCAUUAGCUCUGCAAAGAACUAUUUCCUGGGCCCAGGAAAUGGGCAGAGAUCACAUGGUGGGCCAUCAGUGUUAAAGCUAAGCAGGUGUGGACCUGUUUGGAUGGGAGACCAGCAUGAGCCACUUUAAGAGUAGUUUUAAAAUAAUAUAUAUUAUAAAUAUAUGUGUCUUUAACUUCGUGCCUGCCAGUUUGCAGAGAGGGAUAGCUAUGUUAGUCCUUUGCAGGAAAAAACAACAGGAGGCCAACACAUUUGCUAUGGCUUGACAGUUCAUGGAUUACAGUCCACUUAUCGGCUGCAGCAAGUCCACAAAACUUAUGCGUAAUAAAUCUACUGUUCUUUAAGUCACCAUGAGAUUUUGUUGCUGCUGUUGCUCAUCUUCAUUGGAAGCCUUUUGUUGGAGUUUGUUAGAAUAUCAGGACCUAUAUCAGCAAGCCACUUGGGCACACAUUGCUUUUAACUUCAACCAACUAUCAGCUUUUACAGCCUUGCUUUCAUUUUGCACUGUUCUGAAAAACCCAGCUGCUAGGUGUGAAUAGAUGUCCAGGAACUGGAAGCUUCCAUCGGAUGGGGGAGGAAAUAGCUGCCAGACACUAGGACGGGGUUGUCAGCAGUUGGCCUCGACUUCCUCCAUUCUCCUUUAUAUAGUUGAAAUCAUAGCAGCAUGGGCAUAGUCAAGGCAGGGCUGGGAGGGGCCGCUUCCCCCCAUCAAGUAAAACAAUGGGAAUACUUAACUAACUGACCAAUCACGUCGGUUCCGCCCCCCCCCCCCCCGGAACAAAAAUCCUGGCUAAGCCCAUGCAUAGCAGGUUUGUGAAACAGUUCUGGAAUACAGUGGUACCUCAGGUUAAGUACUUAAUUCGUUCCGGAGGUCCGUUCUUAACCUGAAACUGUUCUUAACCUGAAGCACCACUUUAGCUAAUGGGGCUUCCUGCUGCCACCGCGCCGCCAGAGCACGAUUUCUGUUCUCAUCCUGAAGCAAAGUUCUUAACCUGAAGCAAUAUUUCUGGGUUAGCGGAGUCUGUAACCUGAAGCGUAUGCAACCUGAAGCGUAUGUAACCUGAGGUACCACUGUAUUUGACUGCAUGUGCAUCAGUUUGUGCACUGAAGGUUCAGCAAAGGAGAUGUACUAUUAGCAGUAGACUUGAUUUACCUGUUGACCAUUGACUGCGUGGAUAGGAUUGCUGACUCCACUGUGAUUCACUGCUUUUCAUUUAGCGGAAUCUCAGCUAGCUCAGCUUCUUCCAUAGCAGUGGGGGGGAGAGUUAUCUACCCGCUGAAACAUUCCCUGCUUAAUGAAGGCACAGGAUACAUAGAAGAACUGAGAGGUCCACAAGGUGCUGCUGUCUUGCCAAGGGAUGCUGAUGCAUCUUGCUUCUGUUUCCUGAGCUUAUAAGGGCUGUUUCCAGCAUUCUCCAUCUGCUGGCACAAGGGCUCUUGCACUAGCAGACAGGUGGAUUUCAAUGUUGUGCAACAGAGGAGUCCAACACAACAGGUGUGUCAGCAGAAACCCUUUACACAACAGAUUGCAUAAUCUAUCAUGCAGCAGUGUUACCAGCAGGCUGCUUAUGCAUUCUCAUGUGCAGCAAUGUUCUCCUUGCGCAAAACAUCAGUGGAGCAAGCAUACCGCUCAGUGACUUUGACGUAGCGCUACCUCAGAUGAAACUCUCAGUUGCUUCUACCGCGUCUAUGCAUGUGGUAGAACUUUGACACACCUCUUUGGCAGGAGAUAUGCAGACUUACGCUUUUGUGAAACUUCGUGUUUAGUGGUUACGGGUGAAGAAAAGGAUACAGUAAUUCUAUUUUGUGCAACAUGGAGAUUUAUCGAGGAAUGCUUCUCCAGUCUUAUGCACAAUAAUUCUUUAGUGGCUGUUCAAAGAUGCUUGCUGUUUACUUCUAGCCUUUGGAGCGGAGUGAAAAAAUUCAAAUACCCUUUUCAAAUUCUCGAGCUGCCUCUGGAGGUUUGCUUGCUAAUAAUUGGCAGAGGAGGGAAUAGCAAUUUAUGGGUGGGAUGAGAUGCCUUCAGACUGGUGUUUUAUCAUGGGCAUAUUUUGCAGCAAGUUCUUGACUCAAUAAUAGUGUGUCAGCGGUGGAUUUAUUCUGCUUUAGUUUGUUCUGCAGUGCUUCCCCAAAGUUACCAGAUUAUUGCUGUCUGGAAGGCUAUAGCACAUCCAUCAGCCAUGAAUGCAUUUGCUGAGAUUCCUGCAUUUCACAUAACACCAGUCUUGAAAGACCUACAUUGACUCCCAGUACGUUUCCAAGCACAAUUCAAAGUGUUGGUGCUGACCUUUAAAGCCCUAAACGGCCUCGGUCCAGUAUACCUGAAGAAGCAUCUCCACCCCCAUCGUUCUGCCCGGACACUGAGGUCCAGCGUCGAGGGCCUUCUGGCGGUUCCCUGACUGUGAGAAGCCAAGUUACAGGGACCCAGGCAGAGGGCCUUCUCGGUAGUGGCACCUGCCCUGUGGAACGCCCUCCCACCAGAUGUCAAAGAGAACAACAACUACCAGACUUUUAGAAGACAUCUGAAGGCAGCCCUGUUUAGGGAAGCUUUUAAUCUUUGAUGCAUUACUGUAUUUUAAUAUUUUGUUGGAAACUGCCCAGAGUGGCUGGGGAAGCCCAGCCAGAUGGGCGGGGUAUAAAUAAAAUUAUUAUUAUUAUUAUUAUUAUUAUUAUUAUUAUUAUUAUUUAUUUAUUUCAGGGGGAUUAGACUAGAUGACCCUUAGGUUUCUUUUGACUCUACAAGUCUAUGAUUCUAUGAAAUUGGAAGAAAUGAAACCAGAACUGCUCUGAGGGUUUUGCUUCUGCUUUUGUAUUUUUGUAUUUAUUUAUUUUUUAACAAUCAAGCAGUAUACAGUGGUACCUCUGGUUGCGGAUGGGAUCCGUUCUGGAGGUCUGGUAGGAUCCUGAGGUUUCUGCAAGCUGAGGACCGCUUCUGCGCACGCGCAUGCAGCAAAACCCAGUAAAAUAGUUCCCGGUUUGCUGCUUUUGUAUACUGAAGUUUACGUAACCAGAGGGUUACAUAACUGGAGGUACUACUGUAUAAAUUUUAUGAAGUAAAUAAAUAACGUUUUUGUUACAAAACGUGGAGAGACCUCAGCAGGAAGUUACAGGAUAUGCUCCGAUUGAAAAGGAAGCAGAGUGAACACUCCAGAACUUUUGCAGACACAAACAGUAUUGGAAUUGCCUGUGACCACCCCAAUAGCACCAUGAACAUAAAUACCGUAAUUGUGAAUGCGCAAUGGAAAGAACAUUUGGAGGAGCCCUAGCACUCAGUGGAGUUUUGCUUGUGUUGGUGGAAGAGGACAGGAAGUUGCUUCUGCCGAUUUCCCCCUGACCCGCCCCCCUCAGGGUUAGAAGAGUCUGCAGGACAGGCUGAAAAGUGGUGUUGGGGGCUGUAGGAGUAAUGAGGGAUUGGCCCCAAAAUCAGUUUCUCGGCCCUUUCCUUCAGCAACAAGCUUCAGUCAGGUCCAGGUUCCAUGCAUAAAUGAAAGGAGCCUCUCCGUUCACUGUGGAGCAAGUCUGAAUCAAACCCUGUUCACUCUCUUUGGUUUUUUAAUGUCUGCUGCUUAAAAUAUGGUGGCAAGAGCAUUCGCUGCUCUAAAGAUGUCUGUUCCAAAAGGUCCCCUUAAAGCAGUGGGGGGUUAGCCAUCUCUCGUGGCUGCCAUCUCUCGUUGGUGACAGAAGCAGUUGUUAUCUGACCACAAAAGUUUCCUCUCUCUCUCUUUCUGCUUCUCUCUCUCUCUCUCUCUCUCUCUCUCUCUCUCAGCAACUGGAAUGGAGCAUGUUUUCUUAGCAGCUCAGAGAGCGCUAUUGUCAUAUGUCAAAUGGGAGUUUGGGGGAAGGUGGUGCGGGGAGAGAAGGCCUUUGAACCUUAGCCAAAAUCAGACCAUGGUGGAAAAAGAUGUGGUAGAGAAACAAUACAACUGGCAAAUCUUUCUGCAGAUUUAUAGUUGUAAUCGUGCCAUAACAUGGGAACGUGCUCACCUCCUCCUGAACUUGGUGAGAGGAAAUGACUAAUGCAAGGAGAUAGUUGAUACAGUAUUUAUAUUGGACAAAAGAUCUAAACUAUCUUAAAGCUAGUUCUACACCACAGGAAGUGGAGUCUCUGCUCAGUUUCCUACCAAAAAGUUGUUAAAACGCUUCUUAACAGUUUAAAUCAUUUUAUACGCAAACAUCUAUCUCAACUAAUGCCAGGGAUCUUUUUAUUUUAGAGUGGGUUUUUUUUCCCUGGCCUCUCUCAGAGUUGGAAGUUUACAUCGUCCUGUGUUUACAUUGACAGUUGACCCUUUUGCAGAAAUAGGUUGAAAGCCACAGCUGAACAACAAUAUGGCAUCCAGCAGUUCUUCAAAAGCUUUGGCCAUGAUCCCAACACAGUUUUGAGCAGCUGCAAGGCCAUUGGCUUCAGUGGGCAACUUAAGCAUGCUUAUGUUGGUUUUGGGUUGCAACCAUGGGACAUCGUGGCCCUGCAGAAACUUGCAGGCUGGGCUCAGAUUACAAAAGAUUUGGCCAGAGAGCUACACUUCAAGCUGCUAAAAGAGACAUCAUUGUUCAAAACUGAUCUCUGCCAUGCAGCGCAAGAUAGGAAGUUGCCUUGGCUCUGUUAAGGAUUGGGCAUAGAGAGUUCCACCCAUCAGUAUUUAUUGAAAAGGGAGGCCUAACAAAUUCCGCCUACUUUGUAGUCUUCCCAAAGUGCUCAUGAUUCUUAACUGCAUGAUGGGUCUUUCACGGUAUCUGGUUCCUUGCUCCAAAUUCAGCCUCCACUCUUGAUGGUGAUGUUGAGCUAUAAGCUUUAUUUGUGCUCCUGAACUAUUUGGCUGCCCUCUUUCUUAGACUUUUUGAAUGAAUUGGGGUAGAGGCAGGCAUGCUACCGAUAUGAACUAGCUACUGCUGGGCUGUAAACUGCAAUACGUACCUACGAUCUCAUCUAGCAGAUUGGCAAGAAUAUACUACCUAAGAAUUUGUUUUUAAGCAGAAGCUUUAAGGUUGUAGCCAGUGCUAGUCCUACUAAGAGUAAACCUGCUAAAGUUAAUGGGCAUGACUCACUUAAGGUUCAUUAAUUUAAAUGGGUUACCUCUUAGUAGGAUUCGCAUUGGCUACAACUCUUAGUCUCAGGCUGGCUCCCUCUUAGCCAGGAAAUCUACACAGGAGAAAGCAGACGGGUUGCUUACUCGUGAGCAUUUUUCUGCUGUUGCAGACCAGUCAGUUAAAUUUGACUAAACAUGUUGUUGUUGUUUGUCGUUUAAUCGUGUCCGACUCUUCGUGACCCCAUGGACCAGAGCACGCCAGACACUCCUGUCUUCCACUGCCUCCCGCAGUUUGGUCAAACUCAUGCUGGUAGCUUCGAGAACACUGUCCAACCAUCUCGCCCUCUGUCGUCCCCUUCUCCUUGUGCCCUCCAUCUUUCCCAAUAUCAGGGUCUUUUCCAGGGAGUCUUCUCUUCUCAUGAGGUGGCCAAAGUAUUGGAGUCUCAGCUUCAGGAUCUGUCCUUCCAGUGAGCACUCAGGGCUGAUUUCCUUAAGAAUGGAGAGGUUUGAUCUUCUUGCAGUCCAUGGGACUCUCAAGUCUAAACAUCACCCAGUCCAAAUUUGACUAAACAUAACCCAGUCCAAAUUUGAAACUCAGAAGUUUUCAAAAUGUUCCGAAACCUUAUAUUUUGGCUCUAACAUUCAGCGAAUACAGAUUUGUGGGGUGAGAUUGGAUUUCCAGAAUCUGUUGGAGUUGAGGUGGGGUUUUUUUAAGUGAGUAAAACCUUACAUGAAGUGGAGAGUGGGGUAUUAUUCCGUAUGACAGUCUAUCAACCAGCAGAAUUAAUUAUUAUGACUUUUUUCUUUACAUCCCCAAAGUACGAGGGCAUGGGGAAAGAUUCUUCACACAUCUGGGGGGGGGGGGAAUUGUGAGGGGAGGAAGGGGUUUCUCUUUCAAGGAAUGAGACAAGGUGGCACCAGUUUGCACUAUCUCACCUCAAGAUUCAGGUCCAUUCAGAUUUAAUCAGAACAGAUGUGCAUCUUUCUCAUUUAUUUUGGUGAUUUAACAUUUGCCAGUUUUGAAUGUGAACAUAUGAAAAGGAAAUUAAUGUUGUAGUUAAUCUGUAUUAAGCUAAAAAUGAGUUGGUUGUAAUGUUUUUUUCUGCUCAGCAUGAGAAUGAUUGGAAUGAGUAUCACCUGUUGCUAACAAAGGCCUGGUUCCCACAAACAGAAGAUGAGAGUUGCUAAACCUGUUUCUUCAUUGCACUGCUUGGGGCUUCUGGGAGUUGUGGGCUCACGUCAGUGAGUUCUCUGUCAUUCGAAACAAAUGCCUCAUCCAUAGAAAGAUAGCAUGUCAGGGAGAAGUCUAGGCCUUCCCUUUGAUGUGCUAGUUUUGCAUAGGUAGGGGAUUAAUUGUAUUGUAUGGAGGAGCACUGAGUCAUCUGAGCACCCUCCUGCAAUCUCAAUUGGUACAGCAGAAAAAAACUACUCCAUUUAAUGAUGCUUGUUAGUACUAACCCCUAGAAACUGUGGGUGGACUGGGCUGCAUGCCAUCCUAAGCCAAACCAUGCCUUAGCUCAAAUGUAUGGGCUCUGGGAGAAGAGAUUGUGUUUGCUUUGCUCCUCUUCAGUUGUUCUGAUGCUGUGCUGUUGCAAGCCAUGGUUUGACUUAGCAUGUCAUCUGAACUUAGGUCCCUGGUUUACCUUUCCCCCCCCAAACCCCAUGACCUGCAAAUCAUAGGACAAACCUUGGUUAUAGCUUGUGGUUGGUGUAGAGAGAGCUAAACCACCACGAUCCCAGGUUCAGACAACCAUGGAUUAGCAGUAGCACUGGAACAGAUAAUCUAUGAACCAUUUCUCUCUCUUUCUUUCUUUCUCUCUCUCUCUCCUAGGAUGAAUCUACAGGGGAAAUAACCUUCUACAUGAAAGGGGCUGAUGUGGUGAUGGCAGGAAUUGUUCAAUACAAUGACUGGCUAGAGGAAGAGGUAUGGAAAUGCACCAGUGGGAAGCCACACUUGGUGCAAUGACUGUCAAGUGGUACAGGGAUCACGGGGCACACCAUUGCCUUGGGAGGUAAUAACUGAGGCUGUGACUUAGCUAUUAUAGCUGCUUCUCAAAACAAUGAGUUGUGUUAAGAAGCGAUAGUAGCAACAAUGAGAAGCUAUAGUAGCAAUAUUGCAGCCUUCUGGAACUUGAUGCCCUCCAGACAUUUUGGACCACACCCCCCAUGGGGAAGGCUGCAAAACAUGACACAGUUCAGUGAAAGAACAGAAUUAUGAAAUCUAAACUGCCAUCUCCUCCUAUCUUGGCCAUGGGGAACUCUCACUUAGGACUCUAAUUUUACUCUUCUCCACCAGCCAUGCCCACCUGGCCCACAUCUCAAGCCAAAAAGGGAAUAGGUAAAACUGUGGCUGCGAAGGAGCAGCCAAGAGCCUUAGAGGGCAUUCCCAAUUCUUCCUUGGAAGAUGAAUGACCUCGUGUCAAAGUAAUGGACAGGUGGAAGUGACCCACAGACCCACAAAGUGGAUCUGUCCCACAAACAUUUUAACUAAAUAAGGAUCUCUGAUAUGCAAUCCCUAGCUUCAGAUGUGACCUGACCAAGUUUGCAAUUUCUCCUCAACAGUGUGGCAAUAUGGCAAGGGAAGGGCUGAGGGUCCUUGUAGUAGCAAAGAAAUCCCUGACUGAGGAACAAUAUCAAGACUUUGAGGUAAGCCAGUUUUGUUUACCUCUGGUAUCGUGUCGUCUUACUUGCUUGCCUAUAGGUUUUAGGUCCCAAUUCAAGGUGCCGGUUCUUACUUUUAAAAUUAUGGAUGUUCUGGGACCCUGUUGACUUAAGGACCAUCUUAUCCUGCAUAUUCCCCCCUGUUUACUCCCUAACUUGUUGGAUGGCCAUGAGAGACAAGACCUUCCUGGUUGUCGCACCAUUGUUGUGGAAAAGUUCAGGCAGGCCCUGCUGGCAAAACCAUCGCUGUUAAGAUUUUGCUGUUCAGAAAUGAAGCCGUUCCAGUAAGCUUUAGGUUGUGGGUAUCUGAUGACGUAUGUUUUGAUUAUUUGCCAUUUCUAUUUAAUAGUAUUUCAAAUCCUUUAUUUGGUAUUCCAGGCAAAUACACGUUCUACGUUUUAAGAACUGCCCCAGAAGUAUCCUCACUUUAUUUUCCCCAAACAUAAUUGUUUCUCUGCAGGAGUCAGGCUCUGAAGGGGCAAACAGAUUUGCUAGUUUGAACCAGGAGCCUGCAGUAGGCAGCUCUGAUCAAUUUCCCCUACCCACCCACUGCAUUAUAAUAAAGAAACUCCUGCAAAAUCCCACAGUGAAUGAGCUGGUGACCACAUGAACAUUUCAUCCACAUGGCACAUUUAAAAAAUCAUAUGCAGGCUGCCUUCUUCAAGCUUUGUCUGCUUCUGUGCCUUCCUUUCUUAUCAGUUGUGAAACUGGAAGGAAGCUAGUUUCACACCCGCAACUUGAUAAUUUGCUGUGAGCUGUUUUUACAUUUUGUCAGCUAUAAUCAUUGGCCUUUUAAGAGAGGAACAUUGUCACUUGCACAGCAGUUUUCAAAAGCCUUCCCCCCCCCAUGUGUUUUCAUGCUUGACGCAUCCCAAUGAAGCUAGUCUCUGGCAGUGUUUGGAUGUUCAUCUACAGCAGUGGUUGUUCUCAAACUUUUUUGGGCUGCUUCCCCCUUGGUACCAUAAACUCAACCCCAGAGCCUCCUACCUUACAAAAAGCAUUGUUCUUAUAAAAUAACCAUUUGCAUUCCCCACUAUGGAAGAUAGUGGACAGUACAGGACAGAUACAGGACGACAAUACAAAACAGUAAUGAUCAAUUGCACAUUCAUUCAAAAUCCAGUGAAAACUAUCUAGUUUAAUGCAACAAAAUUGAUGAAAUUUACCCAGCCAUACCAGCUUUUUAAUGCCUGAUAGUCAUUUACACCUCCCCUUCUGCUGCCCCCUAGGUAAUCCCACCACCUUCCAGGGUAUGGUACCAUCCACCUUGGGAAUGACUGAGCUGCAGCUUUGUCAAGCAUGAUGUGUGGAGUUGUGGAGGCGGCUGGGUGUUCUUCCUCUCCUUACUAUCCUGACUUACUAGCUUGUUUUGUUCAUGGACAUUUAAGCCAGAGUUCCUUGAUUCAGACACAAGAAGUUGCAACAGCAACUGGAGGGCCACAGGUUCCUCAUCCCUGAUGCAGAAGCUGGAAGGAAGGAUGAGAAAAGGGGGUGAGAGAGAGAGAGAGAAAGAGUGAGAUCUACCUUCAACAUACAGACAUACAAAGCUGCCUUAUAUCGAGUCAGACUAUUGAUACAUCGAGCUCAGCAUUGAGCUCUACUUUUGACAAUAGGCAUGCAGUUGGGAAUGCAGGGUUUCAGGCAAGUAUCAAGCCUAACUUGGAGAGGCAAAUUUCUAGCCGCUCCAAACAAUGGCUUAUGUAGCUAUAAAUAUCCUUGAAGGCACUCCUCCGACAACAAGGGUGUGUACAAGGCCAGCAGCGUUUUGCAAAUUCGGCUGCCAAUGUUCACAUGAGAAAAGGAUGCACCAGCCCACACCACAUCCUGUUACCUUUCACUUUUUUCAUCCCACUUUCUCAUUAUUAUUAUUUUUCUCAGGUACAAUUUUAGUAGUACUUGGUGAAAGAGGUACAAGAUCUUGUCUGCAGAGAAGUUUUUAGCUGCCCCGUUCCUUUAUUACCAGGGUAGUCCAGGGGUGUUUGGGGUGUUAGGAAAGGGGUAGGCCCUCUGGUGGGGGGCAUGUCUUGCUCCUUCUGGCAUAGCUUGCCCCCUUCUUGGACCCCACCUUGCACUUAGCUCUCAACUGUGGCUCUUGGAAGAUGUCAGCAUGUGAUAGUAGCGGCAGCACCCUGGGAACAUCUUUGACUGGCCCGCUAAACCAGUUGAGGGUAGCCGAUGGGUCUUAACCCUUGGUGAGUUAGAGACUUACCCUGCUUGUGAAGACACCGAUAGUGGGCGCAGUGGUCAAGAAAGCAGUUUCAUCACGUGCUGUGGCAGGAAGUGAGAGGCAGGUGAGACUCAUCAACCUGGGAAGGUAGCCUUGCGGGAUAUCUUCGGGAGAAGAAAUGGUCAAGGAGUAAGGUAAAGGUAAAGGGACCCCUGACCAUUAGGUCCAGUUGUGACUGACUCUGGGGUUGCGGUGCUCAUCUCGCUUUAUUGGCCAAAGGAGCCGGCGUACAGCUUCCGGGUCAUGUGGCCAGCAUGACUAAGCCGCUUCUGGCGAACCAGAGCAGCACACGGAAAUGCUGUUUACCUUCUACUUGCCCUUUGACGUGCUUUCGAACUGCUAGGUUGGCAGGAGCAGGGACCGAACAACGGGAGCUCACCCCGUCGCGGGGAUUCGAACCACCGACCUUCUGAUCAGCAAGUCCUAGGCUCUGUGGUUUAGACCACAGUGCCGCCCGCGUCCCUAGGUCAAGGAGUAGGCCUUACCCAAAUCUGGAGUCGAGCCCCUAAGGCGGAUGGAUGGCAUCUUGUACGCCUCCUUCUGGGAACUCCUGCAGCCAAACCAAUGCCAAACAUAUUGCUCUGCUUUCCUUAGGACCACAUCAGGGAGGCAGAGAGGGAGGACUGGAAUACUGCUAAGUCAUAAGAAAUGCAUCAACACGGUUUACAGCAAUAAAACCGUAAAACCAUGCAAUUAAAAGCCAUAAAAGAGUUAGAGGCAGACAUCAAUUAACUGUUGUGCAAGGAGGUGCCCUUUAUUGCCUGCAUCAGCCUGGCAGAAAAGAAAAAGUUUUCAUCAGGCAUUUAGAAGUUGGCAUAGAAGGUGCCCUCUCUUCUUUCUCUUGGCUCUCCCUUUUUCCCAUCCCCUUGAUGUCUCUGUCUUCCUGCAUUGCCUUCUAUGCUCCCAUCGCUGAUGGUAUUAUACAAUUUAAUCCAGGGCACUGGAGGACAAAGAUGAAAUAAAAAUGAAAUAUGACCAAGAGGUGCUGGUCUGGCAGUGCUCUUAGUCUGUAGCAAAAGCAGCCAUCUGGCAGCCUGGGGGCCACAUCAACUCGUGGAUGGCAGCCAGUUGGCUCACCACCCACCCAUCUUCUUUGAGAUAAAGAAUCUCACGACACGGGCCUAGCCAGUCUCUACGCAUCUGGCUUUGGGAGGGAGGGGAAAUUGCUAAAAGCACAUCGGCUACCCCACCCAAUGUAUUUCCUGCAGUGUUCCUCCUGCAUGUUGACAUAGGCCAAGUGAGUAACGGGAUGGAGGGAAACAAUUUCCCACCCUGUUCUUUCAGGGGUUGUCCAGUCCGUCCAAUGCAGGGGUCGGGAGCCUCAGGCCUGGGAGCUGAAUGUGUCCCUCAGGGCCUCUCUGUCUGGCUCUUGAGACUCUUCCCAGGCCAGCCCCUCAGUGGCCCUAUCUUGCACUUUGAGUGCUUUUUGCCUGGCUGGAAUGUGUCCUUGAGCUCUGAUAAUACACCUUCUUUGUCUUAAUGGGUGGCACUGUGGGUUAAACCACAGAGCCUAGGACUUGCUGAUCAGAAGGUCGGCGGUUCGAAUCCCCACGACGGGGUGAGCUGUUGCUCAUUCCCUGCUCCUGCCAACCUAGCAGUUCAAAAGCAUGUCAAAGUGCAAGUAGAUAAAUAGGUACCGCUCUGGCGGGAAGGUAAAUGGCAUUUCCAUGCGCUGCUCUGGUUCAUCAGAAGCAGCUUAGUCAUGCUGGCCACAUGACCCGGAAGCUGUACGCCGGCUCCCUUGGCCAGUAAAGCGAGAUGAGUGCCGCAACCCCAGAGUUGGUCACGACUGGACCUAAUGGUCAGGGGCCCUUUACCUUUAAGGAGCAUAUGAGUAUACAGUGGUACCCUCUGGUUACGAACUUAAUUCAUUCCAUAGGUCCAUUCUUAACCUGAAACCGUUCUUAACCUGAGGUACCACUUUAGCUAAUAGGGUCUCCCGCUGCUGCCUGCCACCGUGCGAUUUCUGUUCUCAUCCUGAGGUAAAGUUCUUAACUUCCCGGUUAGCGGAGUCUGUAACCUGAAGUGUUUGUAACCCGAGGUGUUUGUAACGCGAGGUACCACUGUAUAUAGAAACGAGCUUACUGUACAAAAGUAUCAUUUGCACUUGUCACUCCGCCCACUUUUGCCUCUGCCCCCCCCCAUGUGGCCCCUGAAAGGUUCCCCAGAAUGGACCAGCCUAAGACAUUUUGGCACCUGAGGCAAACCACAGAAUGGCACACGUCCCUCCCUGCCAGGGAAUAAGGGGUGAGUGAAGAUCUAUGUCAGGAACAAGGGGGCAAUAAAGAUCUACAUUGGGAUCUGCCGCCCCUGCAGAUCCUGCUGCCUGAGGCAGUCGCCUCAACUUGCCUCAUGAGUGGGCCAGCCCUGCCUUGGACUGAAAAAAGUUCCCUGCCUGAAUCAAAUGAAUGGCCUCAGGUCUUCUGGGAAGUUUUGAGCUAUAUCUGGGGCUGAGUGGUAUCUGGUUUUCAACCUUGUGAUAUAUCUCCAUCUAAACGUAGAUCAGUUUAUCACCAGAUACAAGAAGGCAAAAUACACUAAAAAAUAAUAAAUGGAAGUGCAAAGUGAUUGAUCUCGUACUGACUGGCUAUGUCUCUCUCGGGUCCUUGCCAGGCACGCUAUGUCCAAGCAAAGCUCAGCGUCCAUGACCGUUCCCUGAAGGUAGCAACUGUGAUCGAGAGCCUGGAGAUGGAGAUGGAGUUGCUCUGUCUGACUGGAGUGGAGGAUCAGCUGCAGGCAGAUGUCAGGCCUACUCUGGAAACACUGAGAAAUGCCGGCAUGAAGGUAUGGCUAAACCGCAAAUGGAAAGCAUCAUUGGUUCACCUCCCCUCCCCAAUCUGACAGUGCAGUGGCAAGAGAAAGUGAGAGAUACUAUAGCAUCAUUUUGUGGAAAAAAGGGGGCAUUUCCCCAGCAAUUAGAACACUGCAUUUUGUGGCUGAAAAAGCUGGCAGCAUAUUAUGAUAUGCAGGGAUUUAUGAUAUGUAAAAUGAACCAUGGGAAGUCCUUGAUAUCUUAAGGAUGUAAAAAAAUGAGUAUUGUAAAUUGUAAAACAGAAAAUUUAAUUAAAAAAUUAUACACACACACACACACACACACACUGAACUUUGGGAGCUGUGAAAAAUGAGGCAUCCUGACAACCAAAUGUUUGGAUCAAAUAACAACUGUUUUUAUCAGACACAUACAAAAAUAGCUUCCUGUAAAUGCUUGAAGAGUUAUCAUUUUUAGCCUCUCACUUUGAUACCCAGGAGAGCGUUUGGUUCUUAAGUUUGGAAAUUUUCCAAGUAUGUGAGUUCAGAAGUAAAAAAAAAAAAAGUAGGACGAGUGUUCGUUGGUUGGUUGGUUUUAAGAUGCAUUGCCUGCUGUUCAGUUAAAUUAUCUGAGUGGCUUACAAUAAAAUUAAAGUACAGGCAACCCCCCACUUUAUGCAGGGAUUGCAUUCUGGUCAUGUCGGCAGAAUGCACAUAAACCUGUUACACCCUGUUAUGCCCUUGUCCUGACGCCGUCAUGCCCUCUUCUGGGUCCAAAGACCCACAUGCACGGUAGAGCAUUUUUUUGAAUUCACACAAAAUGGGAGGCGCCUGUACAUAAAAAUUAGCUGAAGCAGCACAUCUGUAAAAGCGGAAUUAAAAGUUCCAAGGUUGGAUAAAACAGAAGAAAUGAUAAAGGUCUGGCAGCAGAAAGACUUCAAAGUAUUUGAUAGGUAAACCUCCCUGGAGAGAGUUAUCCAAAGCUAGGGUGCCACCAAUGAAAAGGCCCUUUCAUGGAACCCACCUGUCAAUGGUGGAGAAACCAGAGAAGGAUCACAACCUAUGAUCUUGGAGACCCAUGUGGUUUGGGGGCUGUUUUGUUGCACACAGGAAAGCAAGGCAAAGAUUGUGUGAUCAAGUUUGCUUUAGUGAUCAAAGCAAACGCGACCACUUUGCCCUGCCUUCGGUGCACUUAUGAAAUCUGGGCAACACUGAAUCCUUACCUAGCACAAUUCUUCUCUUGAGGCUCCCGGGGUGGUGUAUGAAAUAAUUUUUUUUAAAAAAAGUCUGAAACAGUGAAUUGUAUUGAAUUGGCCACCAGAGGGAGCAGAAUUGAAAACAAAACAAAUCAUGAGCUGAUAAGUUAUAGUGUACUUACUUUACCAUUUACCAUUAGUUUUUGAUGAGCAUGACUGGAUGGGUAGUGAAGGGGUUAAGAAAGCAUUAUCUGUUUUUAGCCUGUUUUUAACUGGAGAUGGAUUGUGUACCCUGUGCCUACAUACAUUAAAUUAACUUUUUGAUAGUUACCUUUGAGGUUUGGGGAGAAAAGGAUAGGCUAAAAAUGUUCAGUCUCAGUUCUGAGCUAUGCCCAGGGCUGCCAUCUUACCAUAUCUGUAUCUGGAAUGCCUGUUGUUCUGCCCACACAGAGCCUGUAACACUGACUAAACUGCUAUCUCUGUCUGCCCAAUGUAGGCUAGACAUCUGUUAUCAAAUUGAAUCCCCAUCUGUUGUUUACCCCUCACAGAGCUAUAAUUCUCAGUACCCUCAACAAACUAUAGUUCCUGGGAUUCUUUGGAGGGGGAGCCACAUGUUUUCAAUGUAUAGUGUGGGUGAUGAAUACAGUCUCUUUCAUUUUAGUAGAAAUUAUACGUAUUUUAACUAAAGGCCUAUGCGUGUAUUCUAUUCCAUUAAGUUACUUUAAACUUCUCCGCAUGAUGGCUGUCUCCUCAAGGACUACAAGCGACUCACUACGCAGAUGGGGCCAUUUUUCACCCUGCCACCACAAACUUUCCUUGCUGUGUCUCCUAUACACAAGGAGGCUGCUGUAUGAAGUCAGUAGCCACAGGGAACAAUUUAAAAUGGCCUUUGUAGAAUGCCUGGAUCACAGGUGCCAACACCUUUUACAUUUCUAAAAACGUCAUUGGGUUGACUCCUGAUUUAUUUGUUUCUAAAAUUGCGCAGAUCCCAGUAUGAUAUAGAAAUCCCUCACCCUUAAAGAAGCUUGCUAACUACAUUGAUGGAGCUUUUUCACAUGCAAAUGCAUUGAAAAAUGUGUACACACACCCUCAGCUCCACAUUGUGAAGUGGUACAGCUCCCAAGUUCUGCAGCCUCACACUGUGUAAUGUGUAGCUCAGCUAUUGUAUCCAAUUAAAAUAAAAAUCCAUUUUUAAAUGAGACUGUUGCUCAAACUGAUUCAUUUAAUGUAAAAACAAAGUAGCUCAAACACACACACACACACACACACACACACACACACCAAUUUUCCUGGAUUCCAGUACAAAUAUAAAAAUAGGGUAUCUGAUAAACCUCCUACAAACUAAGCAUUUUGUCGAAUGCCUUUUUGUAUCAUUGUUGAUUCCAGGAUAUUAAAUGGUGCUUUUUUAUUGUAGGUAUGGAUGCUCACAGGGGACAAACUAGAAACAGCCACGUGUACAGCUAAGAAUGCACAUCUGGUAACCAGGACCCAGGACAUUCAUAUAUUUAGACUGGUGAGUAAUAUGAAUAAAACUAGCUUACUUAGCACUUGUCCAUGGAGCUACAUUAUGAAUCAAGGGGAAUAAUUUACACCAGCCCCAAUGUGCAGUUAGAAUAAAAUAUGAGUAUAUUAUGCAGACCUAAUCUUCCUCUGACUAUCGUUGCAUUUACACAACACCUAGACCCAUCUGAUGAAUACAUCGAAGUUGGACAUUAAUAGUGGAAAAAGAACGUUCCGAAAAAAGUCUCCCUCGUUUCCUCCUUUGUUUAUCCCUCUUGGGAUAAAAUGAUUUCUUUCCUGCAGGCACGGUUGACAUAGUGAAUUUGGAUAACAACUUAAGAGGCAAAAUACAGAGCAAUAGGUUUGCUAACUAGUGACCAGUGUAAAUAUGGUUGAGAAUUCCUGUCUUCAUUAAUCUUACUCAGCUCCAGCUCUUUGAGGAAAUGCUCUGUGAACAUGCUUUUCUGAGGAUGCUCAGAAAAACGACAGGUUAUGAGAUUCAAAAGGAGAAGCCAAUACUGGUCCUGUGUUCUGAUAUUUUAGGGCUCCUCCAAUUUAUUUGAUUUGCUUCCACAAAGUGUACACAAAGGGUAGAUUAUAUCUGGUCAUUAUUGAGCAUUUGUUCUGAUUUGCUUUGGGGUUGGAGUGUUAUACAACAAUGAGCAUUCAUCCUGACAUGCUUAUUGUUAAGUUGUGGGUGAACAUAUCAGAUGACACAGCGAUUUUUCAAAUAGCUCUUGUUUAUUCAGAGGCCAGAACAGAACUGAACUGAAGGGUUCAGUCAGCCUGCUUAUAUAGAGCUCCAGUACAACGUAACUGUAACAAUUUUCUAAAACUAUCCAAUCACUGAACAUCACUUUCGAUCCCUUAUUUGCAUAACUAUCUACAGUAUCCCCCUGCUGGCCCAGGGUGAGAACUUCAGUACAUAACACUUAUGAGGUGCUUUUCCAUCUUCCUGUUAAUCAUUCAUUCAUUCAUUCCUGUUAAUUAAUUCAAUAAUUCAUUUCAAUGCAUUUUCCCAUUACUUUCCUAGUGACACAAAGUCCAUUUCCUUUUCUUAAAAUGUAGAUUUGCUGUACUAGGGCAGGUGUGGGGAACCUCUGACCCUCCAGAUGUUUCUGAACUACAACUCCCAUCAGUCCCAGUAAGCAUGGCCAACGAGAGUUGUCAUUCAGCAAUGUCCGGAGGGCCAAAAGUUCACCAUACCAAGCUUGGAAUCCCUCCUACAAAAUACUGACAGUCUGGAGGAGACCUGACUAGUAGAGACAGACCGGGGUGCCCAAACCUUUUUCAAAGAGGGCCAGAUUUGAUGAAGUGAACAUGUGUGAGGGCCAACCAAAGUUGUUGACCUUUCUUAGGAUUGAAGUUGGUGAGCUUUUUUUAAAUGAUUUUACCCCAGAGUUGUUGUGCUUUUUUUACAAUUUUACCUCAAAGUUCUUGAGCUUUUGGGGGGAUUUUACCCCAAGAAAUAAACUGCCACAGGGGCUGGAUUAAGCCGACAACCGACCGGCUGGCCGGAUUAGGCCCCCAAAACGGACUUGGACAUGCCUUAGAUAGACGUAUUUGUCAGUUUCAGCUCUCUCUCUCUCAAGUCUCUCACAAUGAAUUCAGUUCUCAACAUUUUCCCAGCAGCUUGCGAUUUUAUUCCUCAGGAAAAUUCAUCAGCAUUUUACUGCGAAUUCCUAGAGUUCACAUCACUUGCUACUUGUUCCUUUUCAACUUGAGAUGCAGAAUGGGACCUUCUGCAUGAAAAGCCAUCUCAUGGCAUUUCUACACUGCCAUCUUUAACUGGCUUAAUAGGUACUCUCGCUUUCCACAGAGCGCUGGGGAUUGUAAUUCUGUGAGGGGAAAGUUGAGAAGCUCCCAAGAGAAUUCUCAGCUCAGCAUGCUGCAAUUCUCAGGGUUCUUUGGAGGAAAUCAAUGCCUGUUGAAAGUGUUAUUGGUUUGUAGUGUGGCUAUUACCUUAGAAGAAUUUCUCCUCAGCAGCUCGAGUCCUCAAGUUGUUCAAUGCAAUAUUGACUUACGGAAUAGUCUGACUAAUCCAUUUCAACGGCCUGAUCCUGUGCAUGUUUAUGAUUAUUAUUUAUGAUGAUGAUUAUUAUGUGAAUUUCUUUGGGGGGGGGAGUCCCGAAGCAACUUACAGAAAGUAAAAAUAAAAAACUAAAAAACUAAAACCAAGAAAAAUAUACAGAAUACUAAAAGUAUCCCUGCUUCAAAUAAAGUCCUGCUAAUUUCAGUGGAACAUACUUAGGAGUAAGUGUUCAUUGAAAUAGAGCCUAUGAAUGUUUAGGGAAGGGUGAUGCAGAAGUUGUGAUCCAAAUGACUUCCUGGCCAUGCAAUUUUGCAUAGCAUCUAUUUUUUUAAAAAAUAAUCUUGAUUUUCAAGUUAAUUUUAGAAAUCUGCUUGGAAUGAUUUUGAGUGCCUGUGGUUAUCUGUUUGCUCUUCCCCAGGUCACCAACCGUGGAGAAGCUCACUUGGAACUCAAUGCCUUCCGCCGCAAGCACGACUGUGCCCUAGUGAUUUCUGGCGAUUCCUUGGAGGUGAGAAUGUGGUUAUCGUGGUAGCCAUUGCAGCAGGUGAGCUGCUGUUGGUGGUGGUGGGGAAAUGUUUAUAUCCAUGUAACUAUUUUAUCUGUUUUGUGGAACAGGUGUGCUUGAAAUACUACGAGUAUGAGUUUAUGGAAUUGGCUUGCCAGUGCCCAGCUGUGGUCUGUUGCAGAUGUGCCCCAACACAGAAGGCUCAGAUUGUACGCUUGCUCCAGGAGAGAACUGGGAAGCUGACCUGUGCUGUGGGUAGGUCAUUUCCAGCUUCGUUUUCCAGCUGGGCAUCUUUGGGUGGUUUUAUUUUUACCUGUCUUCAUUGGAGAGAUUGAGAGACAGAGUGGCUGUGAUCUAAAUGCCAUAUUUCUGGGGGCUCUCGGUUUACACCUUCUGGUUGCACCCACCUGGCUCCCCUUGAAAUCCCCUACAAUGGUCAGAUACCUUCUGGAACAGCACCCCAAGAGGUGUGAGAGAUACUGCCAGAGGUCCCCAUCAGCCAUGCACAUCCACUCAGGCCUACCUAGCUCUCUGCACACACAAACAGGCACCUCCCAACAUAGACUACAUAAAUAAAAGCCAUUCUCCCUUGGGUGCUGAAUGUCUCCAAGGAGGUUUGGCUCCCUCUACCGCUUGAAAGCAGAAGAUGCUGUAACUUCAAAGGAAGUCGUUGUCUCUACCUCCCUUUGAGGCUUCAGUUCUGUGGCCCCCCCCCCCAAUAUUUCACCAUAUUCUAGCAUGAUCAAGAAGGUUUGGCAAGAGCGGGCUUGAUUCUCAGUGGCUGGGUUUAUAAGGGCAAGGAGGUUUACCGCAGACAUCAUGCAUAGGUCACUGAUAAUAUACAAAUUUGUGCAUCUGCCCCCUGCUGCCAUGGGCAUUUCAAACUUGCGUAUCCUGCUGCAAAGCGAUAUAUGCAAGUUUCUCUAUAACUUGCUAACUGGAAGCACAGAAAUCAUUACCCUGGGUCACUUGCCUUUGCUUUAUUAGCCAGACAAUAUGAGAUAAACUCAUUGAUCCUGCAUCAAAGCAAGGAAUCCAUCUCUAGCACCAGCGCUUGCACUCUCCUGCUAUAAAAAAAUGCUGCAACGCACCUUUAGCACAUUAAUAACGGAAUGGAGGCUCUUUUGUGAUCAAGCUGAACAGCCCUGCAGUCUAAUAUAAGCUGCAAGUAAAGAUUGGUGUUCCAUCAAGAUCCUCAAUGGUCUUUUUCUCUGUUGCCUCUUGCAGGUGAUGGUGGGAAUGAUGUCAGUAUGAUUCAAGAGGCAGAUUGUGGUGUUGGGGUUGAAGGAAAGGUAAGUUUCUUUCUCUCUCUCUCUCUCUCUCUCUCUCUCUGGCAACAUUUUAGUUUUAAGCCAACAAUUAUAUCGAUAGCUAAUGCACACACAGGGAACCUGUUUUGCUAAAAGGGAUGAAAUGAGUGUCUGACCUAGCCUACGCGAUGAAAUCCUUACUGAAUAAGUUGGUAUAUGCACAAGCUCCAUGAACCCAGCACAGCUCCUUCACUCCCUGCUUGCGUACCUGUGGAGACACAGGCCAGGAAGCCACAGUUAACCAUAGUUUCUUGUUAUGUGCAAACCAGGAAACUGUGGUUAACGGCUUCCAAACAAGCCAUGGUUUGGAAUGGUGAAAUUAUCCUCCUGACAAAGUCAGUUCUGCCCAUGGUGAUGUAUGUUUCCCACAUUAAGAUACCACUUGGUAAAUGUGCAACCCUAGAACAUUUUAUGACCUGCCAAGAGUUUGUGGAUGCAAACAAGGAACAAAAGCAAGAGGUCUGUUCUGCUCUGGCGAGCUGCUGUGCUUGAUUGCUGGCUUGGCAGCAAUUUUGGUAUAGUUCAGCUUGGUAGAUCACAAGUUGUGCAGGCCUGAUCUCCUUUUCUGGGUGGUUGUGAGGUUGAAAGGGUAAAAUGAUGUGUACCGACCUAAUCUCUUUGGAAGCGGGGUAGACUAAAAUAUCUAACCAUAAAACAAAGCAGUAAAUAACUGUGAAAAAUGGACCAAUCACUAAUAAGGCUGUAAUUAUGUGCAUGCUUACCUGGGAGUAAGCCCCACUGAAUACAGUUUGACUUACUUCUGAGUAAACAGACAUAGGCUUACACAGCACAUUAGACAUAUAUCUGCAAUUUAUUGCUUUUUAAAGUCUUACUGCCCUUUUGUAAAAGGUCCAGAGAUGACCACUUUGUUUCUCAAAGGAUGCUGUAGCAGAGUCUUGAGGCCAUUGUGAUAAAGGUUCUGAAUCUUGCUUCUAUAGCUCUAACCUCUCCUAAUGAGGGCAUAUGAAGCAGGGCUUAAGCACCUGACCACAGCUGGUACUCCCACUGAGUAAGGGAGAGGCAGGUGCCACAGAAUUAGGAUUGUAUCUAUUUCCCUAUGGCAGGAUAUAUUUUCCUGCUAUCUUGUGGUCUGAUAGGUUGUUGCUUUUCUUAAUUAUUUCUUGGUGUACCUAGGAAGGAAAGCAAGCUUCCCUUGCAGCAGACUUCUCCAUCACUCAGUUUAAGCAUCUGGGCCGGCUACUGAUGGUGCAUGGGCGGAACAGCUACAAAAGAUCUGCAGCCCUCAGCCAGUUUGUGAUCCACAGAAGCUUGUGUAUCAGUACAAUGCAGGCAAGUAAUGCCACAGCAUCUUCACUUUUUUUCUCCCUGUUUAAGAGAGCGCGACUGAUGUCCAAAAGUUAAAAACGGUAUUUUUACAUUGCUCUAAUAUGUCAUGAAGUCGAUUCAGUGUAGUGUCUUGCUUCUGUUAAAACUGAAAAUGUGUCUUAUUUUUAUUGGAGGUUUAAAGCUUUUCAAUCGGUAACCCGAUUAAAAUCUCCAUUAGUUAAUAAAUAACAGGUUGUGGUUGGCAAAGGCUCAGGGUUGGCCCUAUCUGUUCCUAUAGUGGUGGAGCAGAGUCAUGGAUCCAUCCACCCAAUGUCAAGAUGACUGGACCAGACCAAAGGCUUACCUGGUCCAACAUCCUUUUCUCACAAGAGCCAUCCAGAUGUCCAUGGCAAGCCCACAUGUGGGACCUGGGUGCAACAGUACUGUUCCCACUUACUCUUCUCAGCAAGUGGUAUUUGCAAAGGCAUGCUGCCUGCAAGAGCAGACACAAAACAUAACCAUCAUGGCUAGUAGCCUUUGAUAGCCAUUUCCUCUGACAACUAUCUACUGUAAAUGGAUAUUUAAUUUUGUUUCCCACCUAAAAAUAAGUCCAACAAGGUAGCCUGUAAUCUAGAACAGUAAAAUCCAAGAACCAAUAGUGUAAAGGCAGACUGUAUUCCUAUACCUGCUUACCUAGGAGCAAGCUCCAGUGAAGUCAUUGGUGGAAUUCUGCUUUUUAACCAAAAACUUGAAAAUAGACAUUCCCCUCCCCCCCAUAGUACCUGAAGGCCAGCUGUGAAGGCUCUGUGUAUCUUGAUUGUAUUUGCGCCAACAGUGAGACAGAGUUUGAAUUUGGUGUCCAAAUAGUCCUGUGAAAACAUCCAUGACCUUUUUUUUGCGUCCCAAAGAAACUUCAGACCUGUUGUUCAUCAGUAUACUUGAGCAUGUGUCAGAUGAUGGGCAAUGGGAGUAAUUGCUUUUGAGGAGAGAGAGAAUAGGUAGGAUGGAACGCAGAACACAAAUCUGUAUGUUCUGGGAUUAAAGCACAGCUUGCUACCUCUCUAGCUCAGCUCACGUCGAGUCUUCUUCAUGUGGAAACAAUAGCUUUUAAAGAAUUAAGAUGGUUUGAGAGGUGCUGCUUUAAAUCCUGCACAUGAGAGCACCUUUUUCUUUGUCACCUGUGGUCUUUUCAAACAGGCAUUGUAGGUUUUUCAAACUACAUUUUUUAAAAAAGUGGAAUGAGUGUGUACGUCGGGAAAGCCAAUAUAGGAAUCCGCAGUUGUUGUUGAACUAUAAUUUCCACCAUUCCUGGCUGUUGGCCAUGCUGGCUGGCUGGCUGAUGGGAGCUGGAGUCAAACAACAUCUGGAAAGCCAUAGAUGAGAGAGAGCUCAGUUGAUAAAGCAUGAGACACUUCAUCUUGGGUUUGUGGGUUCAAGCCCCAUAUUGGGUGAAAGAUUCCCCUCACUGCAGGAGGUUGGACUAGAUGAUCCUUGUGGUCCCUUUCAGCUCUACAAUUCUGUAAAAUCGCCAUCCCUGAUUUAAAGCCCGCAGCUGACAGACUGUAAAGAAAACAUGUAGAUUAGUGUUCAUUGAAAACCAGGUACUCAGGCUGUCUGACAAAAUGCACCAAAUGCAUUUGCCAAAUAAGCAUUGUAGCUUUUUGAAACUAUAUGCAGUGCCUGUUUUGCUAGGGGAUAAAGUGGGGUGUAUUUAAAUGCCAUGAGCAGCAAUCCCUUCUGCAAAUCACUUUUAGCUCUUUGGGUGUAAUGGGGGAGGAAGCCACAUGUUUGCCUUCAGUCCCCAAGUGGCGAGUUCCAAUCUUGCUCUGCUUCUGUGAAUUGCCACAGAAUUCCUAUUGCCAUGUGAGCUAUCUGGAUGGAUCAUUGCUGUUGAACACAUCUUUGCUUCGAAGCCUAAAGAGUCUUUCCAUUUUUGUUUGUUCUGCAGGCUGUUUUUUCUUCGGUAUUCUACUUUGCAUCCGUCCCUCUCUACCAGGGCUUCCUCAUUAUUGGGUAAGAACCAAACACCCCCCCCCCAAAAAAAUAUAUGUGACCAGGAAGUCUGAAAUGCAAGGAGGCUAGUUUUGAAAUCCUCGUAUGUCUGGAAGCGUUCACAUCCUUGUGUGUCGCUGUCUACAAUGUGGACUGCCUUCCUUCCUGCUAUAGCUGCUGUUAUCAGAAUAAGAGAUGAGACUUUGAAGGCUCACAUUUUCAAAGCAGCAAUUAAUCCCGCAAUCAUGAUAAGCACGUGGAUCUUAUUAGGACCAAUUUCAGCUCUUAUGGCAACUUUUAUUUGAGGACCAGGAAGAAAAGGUUUAAUUUGCUCAGCAGUCCCUCUUUUGGAAGAAAAGCAGGUUGUAAAUUUUAAAACUAGUAAAUUAACCUGGGCAGCCAAUGCUUUUCUAACAUGAGCCCUUUUUUUUAAUUCAAGAAAGCCCAACAGAUACGUGUGUCCCACUUCACAUGUUUCUGGCCUAAGGUCUGUCAUUGUAGCAGAAGAAUUAAGACUGAGCAUUGGCUGAGCAUUGGCAAACAUUGGUUUUCAGUGUUAGGGCCUGUGUCUUAGACAACAUCACACAUUUCACGGCAGCACAACGAUAUUUCCCUUAAAGUCUGUUUUUGUCAGGGAGGAGCAGCUAGGUCUAACCCCUGAUGAGUGGCUCCAUGUGAUAUCUAUUCUUUGCAAAUGUGUUUGCCACAUUUAUGCUUUUAGAUCGCACAUAAAACACAUUGCACUUUUUUUAGAGAGAGAGAGAGAUAGAUGCAUUUCAGAUGUGAAGCAGCGCUUGGACACCAGCCUCAGGGUGGGGUUGUAGUUCAGCAGUAGGACACAUGCCUGGGAUGGAGAUGGUUGGGGGCAGGAUUCAAUCUAUGGCAUUCCCAUUUAAAGGGGUCAGGUGACAAGACAAUGGACAAGACUUCUACCUGAGACUGUAGAAAGCCAGUCAGAGUUGACAAUACUGGUAUGAGUGGCUAAAUAUUAUGAUGUGGCAAAUUCCUAUGAUAUCCUAUUUAUAACAGGAGCUUUCAUUUCACUUUUGUUUUUCCUUUCCUGAAGCAUGCACUUCCACCCCCUGGAAUAUGAAUGUUCAAGGCUGUUUAAAAACGAGAGUUUUGUGGGGUUUAAUUAUGCAUUUGUGAAAUGACACCCAUGCAUUUGUUGUGCCCUCCAAUUAUUUUAUGCAGUACACUGAUAAUAGAGACAGGGAAACUGACUAUGCAUGGGAUUGUGGAUUAGCCAGAAUUUGGGAUCCAGGCUAUUAGCCUUGCACAAAUGAAAUUAGAAAUGCAUGCCUUUGCAUGGAACUCAUAUAUAUAUAUAUAUAUAUAUAUAUAUAUAUAUAUAUAGUGGUGGCUAUUAGCUAGAAACAUUUUUAAAAGAAGCUCUGGGUGGUAUCCAAUGCACUCAUUCUGUUGGCAAAGGAGUUCUUGCUUGUACUUUGGAGCUUUUCCUCCCAUCUCCUCCCUGUGUGUGCACCCUGCUCCAGAGGGCGGGGGAACCCCCAGAACAAAUUUAGGGGGUUUGUGGGGGAGAAGGCGAGGGAAGGGAAGUUAUACUGUGCAAGUGAGAAUCCUUGUACUGCCUUAACAAGUUACUUGGUUCUGCAUUGGAUACAACCCUCUGUGGAGGGGGAGAGGUGAGAAGAGGCUUAAACUUCAUUGCUGAUCUCAUCCUGGGUCGAACCCAAACCCUUUAAGUGGCCAAUAACAUUCAAUUGCGAGAGACAGCAUAGAGAAAUGUAGAAAUCAACAAAACAACUCUCCCCAUUCUGCUUAUGUUUGCCACCCCUCAGUCCGAUUUGUCGAGGUGGGAGAGGAGGUGUUGAAUCCAUGUGGAAAUCAAUGGGGAUCUCUUCUGUUGUUGCUUUCAGGUAUUCUACACUCUAUACUAUGUUUCCAGUGUUCUCUUUAGUGCUGGACAAAGAUGUCAAAUCAGAAGUUGCCAUGCUGUACCCAGAACUCUACAAAGAUCUUCUGAAGGUUUGAUACAUCUUGUGUUGUGUUUUCAUCUUUUGUCUUCAGGUUUAUGCUCAAGAUCACAUACAGAAAUGUGCAUCAGACUGACGUUCAUUUUGUUUUCCUGUCCUCUUUCAUUUCUUUAGGGAAGGCCCUUAUCAUACAAGACAUUUUUGAUAUGGGUUUUGAUAAGCAUUUACCAAGGUAAGAGACUGUCUGUCCAGGUACCUCUCAGUGAAUUGUUUGUAAUGAAUUGUUCAAAUCUCAUAUUUUCCCAGAUUUGGUGGAAACAACAAACACUGACUUGAAUAAGCAAAUCUACUAAAUUGAAUAUUUGUGCAUAAUAAAUUCUGGUUUUUAUAGGUUUGGAAGAGAGACAAUGAGCUCUGCAGAGAAUUAUAUCUACACAAACACAUGCUCAUUCCCUGAUCACUGGAAGUCCUGCUCAGUUUCCUUCUGGCUUCUCAGAUUUCCCCAGACAUUGGCUGCAAUCCUGCUUCCUCCAUGUGCAGAGAGCAGCCUGCAGAGGGGCUGUCAGGGUGGUGGUCUGGAGACAAGAGCAGCUCAGUCUCCUGUGUCUACCUGAGCCAUGAGGCCAAGGAACCAAGCCAUGAUCAGCAGCUUUGUAGGACUGGGUAGAACCCUAUCUAGCUCUAACAUCACCUGACCUCUGUUGAGUGGUCCAUUCUAAUACAACCAUCUGGCCAUUAACAGUAAUGACAAUGCAGCUCAGCAAAGACUAAGCCAACAGGUGCCUCCUCCAGCAAACCAGUCAUAACAGCACAGAGCACACAGAGCUUACUGCUUCUGCUACAGCCUAAGUGAAUUGCUCAUGCUGCCUUUCUAUAGAGGCUCCCAUUGAACCCUACUGUGCCAUGUCCAGGUCAUCAUUAGCACUCUCCAUGCAUCCUUUCUCUACGUGGUAUAGAUGUUAGAGUGUCAGACUUGGACCUGGGAGACCAGAGUUCAAAUCCCCACUCAGCCAUGAAACUCACUGGGUGACCUUGGGUCAGUCACUCAUUCUUGGGCUACAUUGAAAGGCCUACACUGAAAGACCUAGAUUGGCUCUUAGCACGUUUCCGAGCACAAUUCAAAGUGUUGGUGCCAGUGUUCAAAACUCCCAUUGUUCGAGGCGCAUUUUGUGACAGGGAAUUUCAUUAGCGCGAGCAGUUUCUGAGCUCUGGGCUCAGUACUGCAUCUAAGAUUUCAGAUUAAAACUGCAGAGUGAAGGAAAGGAGGACCUGUUUCUGCCUCCUAUUCUCUGAAGACUGGAGAAGAGAUCCUCUUAAGAAUAUUAGGGGCGGGCAGGCAGGGAAAGGACUAGACCAUGUGAAAAAUGAACAUAAUAUUUUAGCUGCAGUUCAUUCAUUUUCAGCACUGUAUUCUUGUUAUAAAAAAGCAUGCCUAGACAUUCCGUUGUUACGCCCAUAACCUAGGAUUAAGGUGCCAUUUAGCUCCUAGUUUUCAUAUCUCAUCUCAGUUUCUAACACUGGUUGGUGCUGAUCUUUAAAGCCCCAAACGGGUUUGGCCCUGUAUAUCUGAAGGAGCAUUUUCAGCCCCAUUUUUCAUACCCGGACACUGAGGUCCAGCUCCGAGGGCCUUCUGGUGGUUCCCUCAUUGCGAGAAGUGAAGCUACAGGGAACCAGGCAAAGGGCCUUCUCAAUAGUGUCACCCACCCUGUGGAACACCCUCCCAUCAGAUAUCAAGGAGAUGAAUAACUAUAUAACCUUUAGAAGACACCUGAAGGAAGCCCUGUAUAGGGAAGGUUUUUAAGGUUUAAUAUUUUAUUAUGUUUUUAUAUAUGUUGGAAACUGCCCAGAGUGGCUGGGGCAACAAAUUCAAAUGGUCAGGAUACAAAAUAAUAAAUUAUUAUUAUUAUUAUUAUUAUUAUUAUUAUUAUUAUUAUUUUAUUUUAUUAGCUACCUCACAGAGUUGGGGGUAUGUGUUUUCUGCUCUGACCUAUUUGAAGGGAAGCUGGGAUAUAAAUGUAAGUUUGAGAAAGUACAUAACUGAUGGCUGGAUGCUUCAAUGUGAGGCUCAGGAUGGAUUUGCUGUGCGGUUAAUGCUUUAGAUGUAAUGUCACAAAAAACAUCAGUGAGUGUUGCAGGGGGGACCAUAAUGGCUUCCCAGGAAGCUGUUCUGCGCCCUUCACUCUGCAUAGCAGCCAUUGUCCAUCAGUUAACUUCACAUUCAGAGGGGCUAAGUUAUACCCAGUUCAUUGAUUGCCUUUUUAAUUGGAAAAGGAGGACCAGGAAUAUAUUACAUUUUAAGAGGGUCAGAGAAGAAUUGGAGAGUUGGCUGCAACAGCAAUUACUUUUCAAGGGCUAAAUCAAUACUACAGAGCAGUGUCUUGGCCUUCGCAGAGAUCACACAGCUCCCGGACAGUCAGAAAGAGUGAGACAUCGUGGGAAAGCUUUCCAGGCCAAGAGCCUUCUCCUGUUACAUUCUGUUGGUCAGAUGACCUCACCCCUUGAUGGAUCACACCAUGCAAUUUUGGCUAGUAGUUAUCGCUCAAGAUCAGGGAUGGCCCAAAACUGAGCAGUACCCAGAUGGUGGAAAAUUUACUCCCUGGGUCUGUGUUUUAUGGCUUGAUCUUGAGUCACUGGUAGAAUUGUUCUUCAAACAAGCAUAAUGUGAUGUCUGUGGAUUAGUCAUCAGUACAGAUGACUCAUGCUGAUGACAUGAGUUAUGUCUGCAGCUGAGGAUCUGGGACGUUGUGUAGCUAUUCUCAGAUCAGCCAGAAGUAGGAUGCAAAGUGAUUCUCAGUCUUUCUCUCCCUAACCAUUCUCAAAAAAUACGUUUCCUUGAACAUAAGUCCUACUGAGUUCAUUGAGACUUCUUAACAUGCUUAAGACUGGUAACAAAAUUAGCUUCAGAAUCUCACCACAGCCAUGAACGCACUGAGAAAUCUUGGUCAAACUCUCUCUCUCUCAGCCUAACCUGUCCCCACCUUCAGUGUGUGAAUAUUAUUACAGGUCUACCGAGUUGCAGGGCUUUUGUAAGGUUAGCCAGGAUAAUAUGUCAGAAGGGGAGAACCUGUGGCCAUCCAACCUGUUGCUGGACCAUUGACCCUAGCAGCAUGGCCCAGUGGUGAGGGAUGAUGGGAAGCGUAGUCAACAACACAUGGAGGGCCAAAGGUUCCUCGCCUCUGAUGUAUUAUGCUGGUUAAUAAUAUAAUUGGUCAUAGGAAUAAGUGUUUUGAAAACUCUACAGCUACUGUAUAAUAUUAAGAUACUGUCUAACACAGGCAUAGGCAAAUUCUGGCUCUCCAGAUGCUUGGGACUACAACUCCCAUCAUUCCUAGCCAGCAUUCACUAGUGGUCAAGGAUGAUGGGAGUUGUAGUCCAACAACAUCUGGGGACCCACAGGUUGAGAACCACUGAGCUAGAGGAAGGAAGGAAGUCUUCUGUAUUUUCUUGUUCAUGGAAGGGUCAUAGCUCUGACUAGCAAGUCCCACUGAUUUCAGGGAGACUGCUCAAAGUCUGGAUCCAACCCACUCACUGUAUUUUUUACAUUUUUGUAAUUUAUUUAACCCCUCCUUUCUCUUUCAUCCACUUGCAGGCAGCAUCAUUAUGUAUGGCGCAUUGCUGCUCUUUGAAUCUGAGUUUGUCCACAUUGUGGCUAUUUCCUUCACAUCCUUGAUCCUCACUGAGCUGUUGAUGGUGGCGCUGACAAUCCAGACGUGGCAUUGGCUCAUGAUAGUGGCAGAACUACUCAGCCUUUCCUGCUACAUUGCCUCGCUGGUCUUCUUGCACGAGUUUAUUGGUAAUAGCCGUUGCUCUGAAUUUCUCAAAACAUCUUCGGUCAAAUGUAAAGCCAGGGCUAGUUUGGGAAGCCAAGGUACUUCUGGAAGUGGAUUUAGGGCACGGGCUCUAGGGCAGCUAGAAUUAAAGAACUGACCGUCUUCAAUAUUGAAAGCAAGCGGGCUGCCAUGUGGAUUUUCCAUCCCAUACUCCAAAUGUUCAACUGCAAACCCAUGAAUUGUAAUGGGCAAAGAAAGUGAUGAAUUGGUGUUAGAGCAGAUGUAGAAAACCUGUGAUCUACAAGGCUGCCAAGACAGUUAAUUUCAUUCAUUAGCCCAUUGAUAGGUCAAGAUGGUGGUGGGCAGUUACAAGCUACUGUUGUAAGUUUUUGCAAAGGAGUCACCCCUAUCCUAUAAAAACAUUAGCAUAAGUAAAGCCCUCUUGUAUCAGUCCAAGAGGUCUGUCCCUCACAGUAGCCAACAUAUUUUAUUCAUUUGCUUACUAUGAAUGAAGGCCACCCUUCAUUCACAAGGUGCCAAAAUACAGGCAGUUAAAAUUAAAAAAUAAUAUUUAAAAGCAGCAAACACAAUUUCCAUACAAGUAAAACGGCAGCCACAAUAGAAAUCCAAUCCGAUCUACCUCUCCCUUACCCAAGAGCCUGAGCAAAGAGGCAAGUCUUUGGCUGAUGAUGAAAUGACAACUGGGUCAUGCUGAGACACACUUCAGAGGGAAGGCUGUUCCCAAGGCUUGGGGCCGCCACCAUGAGAAUUCACCGCAGAUCUUAGAGAUGGCUAACAAUAGCCCUCUCCUUGUAGUAAUAUAGAAAAGCCUGCUAAGGUCUCUUUUUUUGCAUCCAUUAUUAGUCUAAUCUUUCAGUGGAAAUGGAAAAAAAGGAAGUCAUGGAAGGGCUGACAGAACAGGGGGAAACGUAAGGAAAAUAACUGCUAAUUUGCAGAGCGGUCUAAAAUUGCAAUGAAACAAUAUAUCUACCUCCAUUCCAAAAUAUGCAGCUGUCAAUGCUGAAUUAAAAGUUGUGUUUCCAGAACUUCAACUUUGAAGAUUCAUUUCCCCCCUUUGAAGACCUUAGUGUGAUGCUCUUGUCAGUUUACUUUCAACUUUAAGUGUUUGCUUUCUGCAAAGAUUGAAAACUUGCUACUAGUUACCCACUUUCAUUUAGAAAUUCAAAGCAUAAGUAACAUUGUUGUCAUAUUUUAGCAAUCGCAUUUUAAAUAUGGAAGCUUGAUUUUUUUUUUUAAUUGUAUACUGUAUUUUAGUAUGAUUCCAUUGCUGUUUUAAGAGGAUCCAGUUCCUCUUUUACAGCUAACCUGAAAUUAUUUUAUUGAAACGGCACUUUAGGCAGUUAGCUACUUCAUCAGAGUGGAACUGAUGAAAUUCGUUCAUGGAAUGUUUACACCCAGUUUUAAUUUUUUUUAAGGGCAUUUAAGUAUGCUUUGAAAAGGGGCUGUGCUUUCUUCUCAAAUUUGUGUUAUAAAAAAGCUAAGAAAAGUACUUCUGAUACUGUAUUCUAACAGUACAAUCUUAUACAUGUCUACUCAGAAGUGAGCCCUGUUCCUAUCAAUGGGACUUCCAGGAAAAUGUGGCAUUUUCCAAUGUUAAGUUCAUAAUAUACAUAAAUGUCCCUUCAAAGUUGGAGGAAAACUGAGUGUGAGCAUUCCAUUACUUUAUUCUUUUCUUUGAACUUGUAUUUGCUUUAAAAAAUAAUAUAUUUAGCAGAACAAUACAUUUAACAAACCAUGCUACACAUGGAAAUUUUGAAAAGUAAUUAUUUAAGGGUCAAAAAAUAGCAACCUUUAAACAUCCCAACAAUAAACACACGAAAUGCUGUAUUGAAGCAGCAGCAACACUGUAAUAAAUAUGCUGGAGCCCUCAAUGUGUUCCUUUUUAUAUCUGCAUGUAUUAAAAAAACAAUUCCUGGCCCACAUUGAACACUUGUGCUUGCGGGGGGGGGGGGGCGCAAUUUUGGUGGCUUCUUAUUAACAUUUCUAAGUUGCACCUCACAGUUGUACUCCAGUUAAGCUGCCAAAGUAGAGGAACCACCUGCAAAAGCCCAUCUUACUUUUGGGUAGUAAAAUGAUUUCAGUUAGCUUUAAAUGUACAGCUGGACUCCUUGAAGUAAGCAUGUUUCUUAAAUAGGGACACGGGGGCGCUGUGGUCUAAACCACUGAGCCUCUGGGGCUUGCCGACCAGAAGGUCACCGGUUUGAAUCCAUAAGCUCCCGUUUCUCUCUCCAAGCUUCUGCCAACCUAGCAGUUUGAAAGCACACCAGUGCAAGUAGAUAAAUAGGUACCACUGCAGCGGGAAGGUAAAUGGCGUUUUUGUGCGCUCUGGCACUUGUCAUGGUGUCUCAUUGCGCCAGAAGCGGUUUAGUUAUGCUGGCAGCAUGACCCGGAAACAGGGCCGGAUUUAGGUUUGAUGGGGCCCAUUAUAUGUCCAGCUGUCCUUUGCCAGCAACAAAUUGUCACUGUUUUUUGUGUUGAAUAAAUGCUAUAUGGUAAUUUAUGGGCCUAAUAGGUAUCUAAAGCCAUUUGCGCAUAACAAAAUAUGUAUUUUAUCAAAGUAAUUGUUGAACUGAAAUACAAUUUCAGUUUAGAAGUAUAUUAAUAGUGAAAUACAAUGAAGAAGAAGUAUAUUUUUGGUGGGGGGGCAAGAGAGUGGGGCCCUAAGCUUUAUCUUGUUUAGCUUAUAGGUAAAUCUGCCCAGAAAGCUGUCUGCAAACACCGGCCCCCUCAGCCUGAAAUGAGCGUCACACCCCAUAGUCGCUUUUGACUGGACUUAACUGUCCAGGGGUCCUUUACCUUUUUAUUACAUAUUAUUAAAUAAAUAAAUAAAGUUGCAUGGCUUGCUAUUUAGUUAGGGUGCAUGCAUACGGCUCUGUUCUGUUGAACAUAUUUUGAUGUGUGUUUUUCUUCUCCUUCCUCCCCCUCAACAUGCCUCCUAUACGAACCAUUCUCUCUUUCUUCUCUUGCAGAUGUUUACUUCAUUGCAACCUUAUCGUUCUUGUGGAAGGUGACAGUAAUCACUCUGGUCAGCUGUCUUCCCCUCUACUUCCUAAAGUAUCUGAGGCGAAGAUUUUCUCCCCCAAGCUAUUCAAAACUCACUUCGUAGGUGGUUCUACCAGUGGAGCAGAGACUACUUCUCGCCCCCCCCACCCUCUUUUUCUUUUUGCACAAAAUAAAUGUGUGUUCCUCAUAGUAACGGUUAUGUCCGAUGGUUGCAAAUGGAUCAUGCACUGGCUAGAGAAUGUUUCCGAAAGACUGAAAUAACUGGCAGUGCAGCAGAAACAGCCAAGUAAACCGGAGAACUUACAUAUGUGAUCCAGGUUUUGUUUUUUUGUGUCAACUUUAUAUUUAUUUUAACUGAUAAUAAAUGCAUGUAACUGGAAAGAAGAGUUGGCUUCCAGUGGGCAAUUACUGGAAUGGGUUUACUUGGGAAGUACUAUGUAAGCUAUUGAUGUGACAAAUUUUUCAAACGAAUUUCCCCCCCCCCUUUUUUUUAAAUUUCCUCAUGUCAUUUUUAUAUUACUAUUUAUCUUUUUAGUUCAGGUCCUAGUUUAUAAGCAUUUUUUAUAUCUCGGGAAAUACUUUAGAAUGGGUGAAACCACAUGCUCACAGGCAACUUUAGCCAUGCUGACCUCUUUUGAUGUGUUCCAAUGCAAACCAGAGCUCCAAAUUUCAGCUAAGAUUUCUUUAAUCUGCAAAACGGAAACAAACAAAAAAGCCACAGUGCGUCUUUUCUGCUCUGAAGUUGUCCAAUUAUUUUUAACGGGGAUUGACGCUGGUAAAAGAGAGGUUCUGUUUUAUUAAAUGGUACCAUUUUCUUGGGAGAAUACUUUUGUGUCAUCCAAACUGCCGGUGCGUCGUUAACGUUAUAACAACCAGAACUAAGGCAAACAUGGGGUUCCCACCCCAUAUUCACAUAAUUAAUGCUUAUGACCAAGGGUGCCAAUUUGAAUAAAAUAUUGGGGAGGAGGGGGCUUGUAAGCCCCUCCCUGCGUGAUCAAUCAUGACAAGGUGCACACACAGGAUUUGAAUGGCAGUGCCCAUCCACUUUGUGGUGGUGCAGCCCCUUCAAAUAUUUUCUUGCCGGGGCUGAAGUCUCCAGGGCCCCUGGGAGUUGGCUUCUGUGUGUGAGACUACCACUAACCUUGGGCUCCAGGUGGGCAGCCUUUGCUGUACACUGCGGCCGCAGCACAGUUUGAGGAAGGAGUGGGCAGGUGCUUCCUGCAUGGCCGAUGGGGUUGGGGAAGAGAUGUUUGACACCUCCCCUUCCUGACCAUGCCAGUAUGCUGGCUGGAUCCUGUCCUAUGGGGGGGGCAAGGCGGGCAUUCCCCCACUGUCUUUAAGGGGGUGGCCUGCUGUGGGUCACCAUGAGAGUGGAAGGUCUUUUGCAGGGAGAAUCGGGGAUGCAAUACCUAACCAUGUUAGACACAUUCCUCCAGCCACCGUCACCCCCCUCCUCCUGUUUUCACCUAGCGGGGAGCAGGUGAUGGAGAGAACGAGACCUGCAGAAAUAAAGACUUUGCAGAAGGGACUGAAAAGGAGAAUUGACACAUGGGGGAAAGGGUUAAGCACUCUCUCCUUCCUCCUGCUGAUUCUCCCCUGCAAAUGUUCACCACAGAGCUCCCACGUUACCACUAACUAGCAAAUAUAUACUUGCUGAGAUCAUACAGAUUCCAUUCUCACAUGCAGGUUUCGUUUGGCUCAUCCAAUGGAGCGAACCAGUGUUUCUUCCUGCUCUGUGCAAAUGUACACAGCAGGUGACUGCCCCAGAUGGGGCUAGCAAUAUGAGUAUCACUGUUGUAUCAGAAUAAACACCUUAACCUUCAUCAACGUUUUGGAAGGAAACCAGCUGCUAAUUGCCCCCUUUGAAAAAUAUCUGAAAUGUUAUUCUGCAGAAGUGUAACAGAUGUAUCGGAUUGUAAUAGAGAUGUAACAGGAUCACAAGGGAAAGUUCAUGGGAUACUGGUUAUUUUCUGUAAAGCUUUUUAAAAGUUUCUUAUUAGCACUGAACUGCACGUUUUAUAUUUUUCACCGGACUGUACCACUUUGGACUGCAGAUGUGGACUUGUGCUUGGAUGUUCUUUUCCAUGUAAAAACAACAGUGGCUUUCAGCAUGCAAAGCUCAUCCACACUUCUCUUUCCCCUGUGAUUUCCAGGCAUGGGUCCAAGAGGUUUUUCUUCUGUCCUGCCACUUUCCCCAUAAAAAAAACCCUUGUUUACUGCUGAAUCGGAACAAACGUCAUGCCGCAGAAAAUCCGAUUGUUCCGAUUCAGCAGUAAAUGUGACGUGUAAAAGGGAAGUGUAUCUGCAGGUGAGAAGGUUAUUCAUUUCUACAUUCGGUUCAGAGUUGUGUACAGUCAUACCUUGGUUUUUCAAACAGCUUAGUUCUGGCUUCCGAACGCCGCAAACCCGGAAGUGACUGUUCUGGUUUGCGAACUAUUUUUGGGAGCCGAAGGUCCGAUGCAGCUUCCGAUUGAGUUGCCAGAAGCUCCUGCAGCCAAUCAGAAGCUGUGCCCUGGUUUUCGAACGUUUUUGGAAGUCAAAUGGACUUCUAGAAUGGAUUCCGUUUGAGAACCAAAGUACAACUGUGCUUCAAGAUCCUUGGGCCAUUUAAGAGAAGUCCAAUCAAAUUAGUGGGUGUUCAGCACCGCAGUAACACAUAUAAGUCCAUUUGAAAUGCAUUUCUGUGGGACUUGAGCAUGUCUAACUCUGGGUUGUACAGAUUUUUUCUUUUGGGGAGGAUUCCAUAAAUACAGCAUGGCCCGUAAAUUUAUAUUCAGUUACUAUAUCCUCCUUCAACUUCUUUUAUGGGUUGUCUUUGUCUAGAAAAUAACACCUCCCUGAGUGUAUAAGAGUGUCCUACAAGAAAACUGUGGUCACAGCCCCUGUGCAGCCCCUGUUUAGAUUUAAUCGUUAUUGUGCAAGACCAUGUUAGUAGACUUUAUAGAUUUUUGGGGUUGUGUGUGUGUUUUUUUUAAUCAGUGAAGUUUACACUAAAUAAUGAUCACUGGGCCAUUAAUGGCCAUGUUAACAAAGCCAGCAAAAAAGGGAACAAAUUCUAAUUAAGUUCAGUAAUAUUUAUUGGACUAAUGACGUAAGAAACUAUUUUAUUUAGUGGCAGUAAUGUAACUAUUAAUGCUUUUUGUAAGACAUGGAAUCUCUUUGACCUGUUGUUAUUCUGUAGAUAACAUCUUAGACAAGGUUGUAAUCUGUGAAGUGUUUCUGAGUGGGCGCGAUUUAAUUUUGUGAGCGUGUCUUAAAAAAAAAAAAUCACUGUUCAAAACAGCCUCUUGUACAACAAACUAGUAGCACCAGUUGAUUUGUUUAUUAUUAUUAUUAUAGCUUGAUAGGAUCUCCACAAAAUUACCUUGGUUUUGGGGGGGAUUGGAGCACAAAUUGCACAAAUUAAUAAUUCCGCUGAGAUCAGAACUUUUCUUCCCUUUUCUUUCUUUCUCCCCCCCCAACCUAAAAAAAAUUAUGUGUCAUUAUGACAAGGGAAAUGGAAUUAUCCUUUCCUAAGCUAUCCUUUCCUAAGCCUGGCAAUCAUACUUUGUGGCAUGCAAUCUGCUGGGAAUGCCGGCACAAUGUGAGUGUACUGAAAUGGAAAUUCUACAAAGGCACAGCUUGGAAUGAAUUGUUUCAAUUGGGUUUACACUGGCAAACAUCCCUAUAGAUUGUGUGUUCUAUGUAGUAUGAUACAAGUCAGUUUGGCAGUUUUCCUUAAAAUGGAGAAAGUGGUGCAUUAUGUAGAUUGCUGAUAAAUACUCUUUCUCUUUGCAGCUGGUUACUAAAAACACUUACUUAUUUUUGCACUGAUGUGAUGAUCCUCUCCUCAUGUUGCCAUUUCAUUAAAUGGAGAUACAGCAUCCGUUUUGUUUCUGAUACUUUGUUGGUUAUUCUCCCACUUCUGAAUCAUAUGUUUGCCUGUAUUCCUACAGCCUUUUUUCAGACAAGAAUACAAGGUUGCAGUGCUGUGCAAACAUAUCUGGGAGUAAGUCCAACUGCAUUCAGCGGGACCAUUAUCUGAAUAAAUGUGGAUAAGAUUUGGGCUAUUAGCUACAUUUUCAUAUUGGCACUAUACUCCUGCUUGAAGCACCCAAAGGUAAUAGGAUCAUAGCCUACCCCCAAAUAAUGGAAAAUGCUGGAAUAAGGGCCUGCAAAGUGAGGGCUGUGGCUGGGUUGUGGUUACUGCUUUGAUUAUACCCAUACUUGAAUGCCCAAACUCUUUAAAAAAAAUAAGUAAACUUGAAGUUCAGGAAUUGGUACAGGCUUUGCAUAGAAGAAUUGCAAUACUAAUCACCCAUUACGUCAGACAUUAUCCGUGAGGUGCCUAUAGCAAAGGUGCAGCCAUAUUGCACACAGCAUUAGAUGAGACAGCCGCAAAGAUACUGCAUUUUCUCAGCAACAAGGUAUUGUGGCUUGUGGCACUGAGCAAUUUUGAUAUUUGCAGGCAUUGGGAAGUUGUUGAGGUUUCGCAUGACAAAUGAUUUAAGGGAAACGAUCACACGUGAAGCUCCCUGACGGAUUAUAUCUGUCGCCAGAAUUGCCCUUCUUCUGUUCAUGUUGGGGCAAAUGUUCUCAUACGUCACAAUUGUUGCAUUGGGCCUCCUCAGAAAAUAGAGGAUGAAAAGACAGAAAUGCUCACCUAAAUCUUCUGCCCAACAUCUGUUGAAUACUACACAGAACGUCUGACAUAUAAUAUCGGAUAUGGAACAUUCUAUCUGAAAAUUUAGAAGGCUUUUCAUGCACAGAAAAUCCUUUUAAAUUCUGGGCUUAAUGUCCUCACUUUCUGUCUACAGCUUAUGGGGCCAGUCUUUCGGUGUUCUCACCAUUGCUUCUCCUUCUGCAAAAGGCAGCUCAUGACAUCUCAGAUACCCUGUUUCCUUAAGAUAUGGCACAUAAAUGCAUGAGCAAUACCAUAAUGAAAUCUUAUAGCCUGGUCUUCAGUGUCAGGAGCCAGCAGGGACACAAAGUAUACUGGAACGAGUGUUGACCUAAAGCAGAGGGUAGGGUUAACAUGCCCAGCAGUUGCAAUUACCAUAGUGUAAAUUAAAAAGCAGGCUUUCUAAGAUUACUGUUUCAGGAUGUGGGUGAGGGUAUUGCCUGCUAGCUUUUUGCUACAGAGAGUAAACCCCCAUUCCUGGGCAUUCUCCAUGGAACAAUGCUAGGAAGGCUAUACCACAUUUCCCCUCAACAUUUGAACUGGCUCUCAGAUACUCCAAAGUGUUUGUCAACUGUGAUCAAGUUGGUUACUGUCACCUAAUAAAGUAUGUAUUUCCAUACCUUUGGAUGUGAAGCAGGGGGGGAAUAACAUGUUUUCCUGUGUUGGGGAAUAUGGAUUCUCUUGUCAAACUAUUUGUGAUGCUAAUGUUUUGUACCUGUCCUCUUGUUAAUUAAGAUGUGCAUAUUCUUGAUGCAAGAGAAAUAUAAAAGCAAAUUAUUGUCGUGUGCAGUUCUGUGUCGCAGAUGUGUAUGAACUUUCAAAAAGGGAAUGGUAUAAAAACAGGUUUAAAAGAAAUAAAAUUUUAUGCAACUUCAUAUCUAA